CGUGAUUCGUUGCUCCCACAGCUUUGCCGGCAAGCGAGGGAGACGCGUCGGGCUGCUUUCGAGUGUUGCGCGCCGCGCCGCCUUUUUUAACGCCGCAGUCUCUGCCGCUAGCCGAAGAAUCCGGGAGGCUGUCCAUGGCUCGGCGGCGCCUCUGAUCCGGACGCCGGGUCCCUUCGUUGCUGCAGCGCCGCAGGGUUGCCGGGUUGGAGGCGGGCGGGGAAAGACCUGACCUCGAGGGACCGCCUCCCGGAGCGCAGGCUGAGCGAGGUGAGUCGGUUUCGCCGGAUAGGAGACCGAGGGUCGCUGCGCGUUUGGAAGGGUGAUUCCCCCCCCCCCCCAUCGCUGCGGCAAAAGCACAAGGAGAAAAGUGCCGCCGCCACAAGCUUGCAGAUCUCCGGGAUCGUGGGCGGGUAAUUUGCAUGUAAAAUGUGCCGGAAAGGAAGAGUUUUGUUUCGUCCUUCCCAAGGAUGAGCGGAGGGAAGUCUCCCAGGUUUAAAAGCCAGAGCAUGAGACUCUUAAUCUCAGGGUGGUGGGUUCGAGUGCCGCUUUGGGCGAAAGAUUCCUGCAUUGCAGGGGGUUGGACUAGAUGACCGUUGGGGUGCCUUGCCACUCUACGGUUCUAUGAUUGUCAGGCAGAAAAGGACAGCGAGAGAAAGAGUGAAAAAGGAGACGCACUUCCUGGAAGGGGGUCCUUCUUUUGCGUGUGAGGGACCUCUUUGCAGCAACAACACCACAAAACUGCAAGCUUACAUAUCUUGCUUAUUAUUUUUAUCGAUUGCAUUUAUGCCUCACCUUUUCCCUCCUGCUCCUCAUUUAAUCUGCACAGCAAUCCUGCGAGGUAGGUUAGUUUGAGAGACAGCAGCUGGCCCAAGGUGACCCGGCAAGCUUCAUGGCCGAGCGAGGAUUUGAACACUGGUCUCCCAGGUCCUGGUCAGGAACGCUCACUAUUAUGUCUGCUCAGAAGUACGUUCAUUGGGACAGGAUCGCAGCCGCUGAGGAGGCAGGUGCAGGAAGGUGUGGUGGGUGGGUGUAUAUUUUGAAGCUUUUCGCUCCUCUCCAGGGUAGAAGAGGUUGAGGGAGUUAGUUGCAGAGAGGUUGGCGUCUUCUGCUCUUUCGUCGAAAGCAUCUCCUGGCACCUUUAAAGGCUGUUAGAUUUAUGGGGGUAGAAGCUUUUGAGGCUCUCAGGAAGUGGGCAGACGUCCACCAAAGCUGGUGCUUCUGUUGGACUAUAAAAUGGCUCGGUAUUCUCCCCAGCCGCACACCCACAAAUCUGGGAUUCAGCAACGGAUCUCCCUCAUCUGUUACCUGCGUGGCUCAUUCGCAAAGCAGAGCCACCUGGGCUGUUUAGGAAUCCUGGCUUCUCAAUCUUAGGAACUUUUUCCACCCGCCAAGGCAAUGUUGGGCUGCUAGGACUGGAGAGACUGGGAGCCCCUCCAGACUGUGUUUUUUUUGGGGGGGGGAUGAUGCAACGAUAGUGGUGGAUUUUGGUACUUAUUUUCUUUUUGAAUUGCAUUUAUAUACCAGCGUUUCCUCCAAGGAACCUCCAAUGUGGUUCUCCUUACUCUCCAUUUUAUCAUCACAACAACCUGCAAGGUAGGUUCGGGGUUGAGAGACUGGGACUGGCUCAAGGUCACCCAGUAAGCUUCGUGGCUGAGUGUGGAUUCGAAUCCUGGUCUCCCAGGUCCUGAUCCAGCAAUCAGAGCACCAACUGGACCAUCCAAACUUCAGUCGGUUUUAUCUGUUCUUCUGAGAUGCUUCUCCGAUGUCAUGUCAUUAUUGCUAUAGAGGCAACGAAAGUGUUAACAAAAGCCGGACAAAAACCAAAGGAACGUUUAUGGUCUUUAAAAGUUGUGGAAAUUCUGCAGGAAGUUACGGGACGUGCACUGAUUUGGGAAUGAAACAGUAUGUCCGCCCUAAAACUUUUGCAGGUGCAAACAAUAUUGAUGGUGGUUUGCACAUGACCACCCUGAUACCAUGAGUUCAAAUCAGCAUGGAUGCACAAUAAAAAGGGUAUCUUGGAAGGGCCCUGAGGUUCAGUUCCACUUCUGCAGCUCCAUAAGUCACUGGGUGACUUUAAACUAGUCCCCCCCCCCUCUCUCUUAACAUACCACCUACACUGCAGGGUUGUUGUGAUGUUAAAAGGAGGGAGAACUAGCUAUGCUGCCCUGAAUUCUUUGGAAGAAGGGUGGGUUAUAAAUGAAUGGUGAAGGUACUCUGCAUGUGUUCAGAGGUACAGUUUUCUUUUCUUUUUCUUAAAAGAAGUUCACGUUACAGUGGUACCUCGGGUUAAGUACUUAAUUCGUUCCAGAGGUCCGUUCUCAACCUGAAACUGUUCUUAACCUGAAGCACCACUUUAGCUAAUGGGGUCUCCUGCUGCUGCUGCCGCGCUGCUGGAGCACGAUUUCUGUUGUCAUCCUGAAGCAAAGUUCUUAACUUGAAGCACUAUUUCUGGGUUAGCGGAGUCGGUAACCUGAAGUGUAUGUAACCUGAAGUGUAUGUAACCCGAGGUACCACUGUAUAUGUUUCCACCACCAAAAUCUAGGUCAGAGUUUAAUUUACCUUGCUUGGGAGCAUGGCUGCUCAGAAGUCCUGCACUCUCACUGCAUGCCCAGGCCAAAUGUAGAUAUUUGGGGAUCAGCUGUGGCUAUCUCAAUGCUCUGAGAAAGGUGCUCUUGCACAUGCUUGGAGGGCACGGACCUCCAUCCUUAAUUCAUGUAUUUUCAGGGUGAUCUUAGUGGCACAGAAAACUUGUUCUAUUUCAAGCUCAAUAAUCUGAACUACCAGUAUAGUAUUCCAGGCUUUGGCAAAUCACCCUUCUGGGGAGGGGGGGAACCUUACAUAAGCUAAAAGUGUCCGGGGGCCAAAACGCUUGAGAUCAUUUGGUAGCUCAGGAGCUACCAAAGAGCUAUGCUAGUGUGUCAGUUUGGUACAGCUGAAGGUUACUUUUUGUCGUCUUCUUUUUUUAAAUAAAAACUUGUAAUUGUUUUGAUUUAGACCAUAAGACGCUUUGUAAUUAUAGACCAAACAUCCCUUCCCUCUUGGUAUGCCUUAUUAUGGACUUGGUAAAUCACAAAACUGUAUCCUAUACUUUUGUUUGCUGGCAAUUGUGACAACUUUCCCUUUUUAAAAAUUAACUUUUCUUUCAUUUCUUUUCCUUUUUUAAAAAAAAAACUUGUUUGUUAUCAAAAUAAAGUAAAUGGAGCAGCAUGUUAUUUUUUAGGGGGAAAAUCUGUCCUGCCUUAUUUUCAAAAACGGAACUCAAGGGGGGCAAGAAUCACAGUACAAUUUUUGAAAAUAGUAUAUCAUGCCCACCUUUCAGGCAAAGUUUUUGUUCCAAAAUAAGCCCUGAACAGCAGCAGCACUUUUUAGUUUUACACCUGCUGCUUUUUUAAUAGUCUCCCUAUCAGGUUCCAUGAGUUGUUCAUCUGUGCUUUUCUUUUGCCUCUGAGGUUAGCAAUUGGUGGGGCAGAUUUAUACCCAGGGUUGCCAGUUGUUGACUCUUACUUUCUGGAUGAUCAGAAGCACUUUCAUCAGGACACCUUGUCAAUGCUGCGUUUCUCUGGCAUACUGACUGUCUCCAAGAAACAAGGCUGCACAGUAGCCAAGACAGGAAAUAGAUGCAUAUGCCUGCUUUGUUUACGUGUGGCUUUUAAAAAUAGCUUUCCAAGGAUGAAUGAAAGCUCCUGCUUUGUUUAAUUUAGCAUGAAAAUGUUUUUCUCUGGAAUAGGAUACUCUACUCUAAACCUAAAAGAUGUACCACAGUAUUAUCUCUUACUAGAACAGUUCCAAUACAUCGGAAGAGCUGCCAGCUUUUGACUUUCACAGAGCUCCUUGUCAGAUUUUUUCUGUUACUUUUGCAAAGCUCAAGAACAUUUCCUUCAUUCUUUUUGCUAACGUCACCUUACCAACUUCUCUGCCUCCUUCCCCCCCCCAUCUCCUUGCAAAUAUUAUCAGUGUUCAAGUGUCUUUGACUCUUGUUCAGGCACACAAAAGGUUUUAAUAAUAAUAAUAAUAAUUUAUUAUUCAUACCCCACCCAUCUGGCUGGGCCUCCCCAGCCACUCUGAGUGGCUUCCAACAAAAUAUUAAAAUACCGUAAUACAUCAAACAUUAAAAGCUUCCCUAAACAGGGCUGCCUUCAGAUGUCUUCUAAAAGUCUGGUAGUUGUUGUUCUCUUUGACAUCUGGUGGGAGGGCGUUCCACAGAGCGGGUGCCACUACCAAGAAGGCCCUCUGCCUGGUUCCCUGUAACUUGGCUUCUCGCAGUGAGGGAACCGCCAGAAGGCCCUUGGCGCUCGAUCUCAGUGUCCGGGUAGAACAAUGGGGGUGGAGAUGCUCCUUUUAGAAAUCCGCAAGAUGCAAUGAAUAAUAGAGAGGCAAUCUUCUGUACGGGAUGGCUGUCUUCCAGCUUUGGACAUCUUGAGCUGGAGACUGACCAGUUUCAGAGGUGGGGCAGGUGUGGAAUAUAAUAUGUGUUCUUUGUGGUGGAUCUCUGCAACAUGCAAUAGGCAUAAGGAGAGCUUUGCUAGAUCAGACCAAAGGGCUAUGUAGCCUAGCAUCCUGUCCCCACAGUGAAACAACCAGAUUCCUGCGGGAAGCCCACAAGGAGGGUAUAACAGCCCUUACCUCUAUUCUGAUUCCCCAAAACUGGUCUUCAGAGGCAUGCUGUCUCUGAUACUUAAGGUAACACUGAUCGCUCUCUGACUAUUAACCAUUGAUAGCCAGCAACUUGGAUGGCUUUAAAAGGGGUUAACCAAAUCAAGUGAAAACAAAAGCUAUUAUCACAUCUUGUGGUAGUGAAGGUCAUCGCUUUAACUAUGGGCUCGUCCACACUUCCGCCACUUUCCCCCAGAAAACUUGUUAUUUGCUGCCAAAUUGGAACAAGCGUAAAAGCGGAUUGACGUUUGUUCCAAUUGAGCGAUAAACGGCAGGUUUUCCUGGGGAAAGUGGUGGGUCCAACAAAAAGUCUCUCAGACCCAUGCCUAGAAAGUACAGGACAAGCGGAAAACCUCAGUUUCUAGGCCUAGGAGAAGCAAAAGUAUGGUCAUUAGAUGACCCUGAGUUCCAGUAUUUUGAGAGAAGCCUACCAACUUUUCCCCUCCCCACUGUGUACACUUUGUAUUCCUCUGUUGCAUUCUCCCUUGCUCACCGUUUUUCUACCCCAAAAAGCUCCAAGUGUUGUAAUCUUUCCUCACAGGGGAGUUGCGCUGUCUCCUUGAUUAUUUGGCUUGCUCUUUUCUAAACCUUUUUGCAGCUCUACCUCACCUUUUUUGAGGUGAGGAUACAGAGCUGUUCAUGACAUUGCAAGUGUGGCCGUGCCACAGAUUUGCACAAAGGAAUUAUGAUAAUUGGCAGCUUUAUUUUCAAUCCCUUUCGUUAUGACCCAUGACAUAGAAGUUUCCUUUUUCACAGCUUUUACACUUUGGGGAGACGUUUUCGGAGAGUAGAGUGUUGGUUUGUUUUUACUUGUAUCUUUCUCACCGGCCUUUUGGCCUACUGAGGCCUUCGGUAGAUUAUUAUUUUUUGCCAGUAUUAUAAACACCCCUGAGCCAACAAGAUAGCUCUGGGAACAAAGUUAUGAUGAAAAAGAGCUCCAAAGGCAUCAGCUGCAAUCCAGAACAGAAUUAAACAUGUUUAAACCAAAUUAUUUCAGUGAGCUGAAUUUACUGGAUGGUGGUCACCGUGUUGUCUGACUGCAAAGUCCUGGAUCCUGGAUUCAUAGAGGUGGAAUGGACUAUGAGGUUCAGUCGAAACCUCUUUGCAUUGCAGGAAUCUUUUACCCAACAUGGGGCUUAAACCCUCGACCCCUGAGAUUAAGAAUCUCAUGUUCUACAGACUGAGGUAUGCCAUCAGAGUGCUAAGCUUGGAGAGCCCAACUAUGUGCUUCUUACACAUAAAAAAAUGAAUUCUAAAUUCUGUUCCAAGCAAAGUUGGAUUUAUUUACUUAUUGCCAGCCCAAUAAAUCAGGCAAGAGCAGUGUUAGAAACUUACUUAAAGUGAAAUAAGUCAGUGUUUAGUGAAAUAACUUGGCACCGAGCACUAAAGUCUGCAUUUGUGCAAGAACAUUCAAUUACCUCUCAAAAAAACCCCCAGUGGAAUCACUUCACAUGCCCAGCUGUCAGUCCUCAAGUCAAAUAAUGGUUGCUUGGCCAUAGUAUGGGUGAAAAGGAUCUCAGGGCUGUAGUUGAUCAUUAACAGUGUGAUGCAGCUGCAAAAAUAAGAAAAGAGCCAGUGUGGUUUAGUGGUUAGAGUGCUGGUCCAGGAUCUGAGAGAUCAGGCUUCAAAUCCCCAGUCAGCCAUGAAGCCAACUGGGUAGUCACCAGCUCUCAAUGACUCUGAAUAGAAAUCACAUUUUAAAAAUGUAAAUUAGAACACAGAUGUGGAAACAAUGAGGAAACUAAGGUUCCCCUCCUCUCUCUCUCUCUCUCUCUCUCUCUCUCUCUCUCUCUCACACACACACACACACACACACACACACUUUUGCCCCCUUAGUAUAAAUGCAGAUGCAGUAUCUCUGAGCAUGUGGCAUGUUCCUGUAGCAAUAGCUACCCAACAGCUGUAUCUCAGUGGGUAAAACAUCUGCUUUGCAUGCCAGAAGGUCUCAGAUUUGGUCUCUAGCGUCUCCCAGAAGACUGGGCAGUGGAAGAGAUAACUGUUUGGUACCCUGGAAAGCUGAUGCCAGUCAAUUUAGAGACUAGAUGGAUCAGGGGGUCCAACUCUACAUACGUUUGUUUCUGUGUUUUCCCACAUAACUGAUGUCAUUUGUAGCCACCCUGUGAAAAUAGAGGCUGAUGAAGAAUACUCUCUACAGUUGCUUGUCAAUUGUUAGCAUAGCAAAAUAAUAAUAAUAAGUCUUGUUACGAUGGCUUUAAAUGACACUCCAGGCCAGAGUCUUUUUAGAAUCAUAGAAUCAUAGAGUUGGAAGAGACCACAAGGGCCAUCGAGUCCAACCCCCUGCCAAGCAGGAAACACCAUCAGAGCACUCCUGACAUAUGGUUGUCAAGCCUCUGCUUAAAGACCUCCAAAGAAGGAGACUCCACCACACUCCUUGGCAGCAAAUUCCACUGUCGAACAGCUCUUACUGUCAGGAAGUUCUUCCUAAUGUUUAGGUGGAAUCUUCUUUCUUGUAGUUUGGAUCCAUUGCUCCGUGUCUGCAGAUAUGCUCUGUAACACAACAACAACAACAACAACAACUUUUUUAUUUGUACCCCGUCCACUCUGGCCAUUUUCCAACAAAGUAUUAAAAGCGCAAUAAAACACCAAACAUUUAAAACUUCCUUAUACAGGGCUGCCUUCAGAUGUCUUCUAAAAGUCAUAUAGUUAUUUAUCUGUUUGACAUUUGAUGGGAGGCCACUACUGAGAAGGCCCUCUGCUUGGUUCCCUGUAACUUCCCUUCUCGCAGUGAGGGAACUGCCGGAAGGCCCUCAGAGCUGGACCUCAGGCUGAACAAUGGGGGUGAAGACACUCCUUCAGGUAUUCAGGGUCAAAGCCAUUUAGGGCUUUAAAAGUCAGCAUCAACAUUUUGGAUUGUGCUCCGAAACAUACUGGGAGCCUGCGUCAUUGAUUACUUAUAACUGCCCCAAUAUUAUCAUGAGCACAAAUUAUUGUGGGUGCACAAUAAUAAGGACAUCUGGAGGGACCCUUGAUUUUGGGCAAAGCAUCUCUGCGUAGUUGAAGAUUACUCACACCCUCUUCCAAAAACGGCCACACUUUUCCUCACAGUUGUCAGUUGUCUUAUGCUUUUCUGGGGUGGGCAACUGAGAAGGGUGAGGGGGUCAGUGUUGGUCCACUCCACCUCUUAGCAUUUCUCACAGAGAACUCCUCCAUCAAGCUGAUGAGUGAGAUGAGAUGGGGCAGGGUGGGGAAAGCUUUUCCGAGCCCUAUAAUAAAACACCUUUUAAGCCUUGCCUAACCCUGAACUCUGCCCCUGAUGCAGAAUGCACAAAGGGCUUCUGAGCACUUAAAAGCACAGAGGUUUGUUUAGGGGGAAAUGUUGAGAAGCAUACCUUUCCCAACUGGUGUGGGUUUCAUAGCAAUUCCUGAGGACCAAUAAAGGGAGUUACAGUAGGCUGUGGGGAGCUGACUCCACAACGGCGUUAAUGGGUUUUUCGUACAUUCAGAAACGUAAAAACCUGUAUUGGAAGUUAGUUGUCAAGGCCAACUGCUGGCAAUAAUAAUUGCAGCUAUCUUGGCUGGGGUAGAAAUGGGACUUUUUCAGUAUUUUGAGCCUAUUAUAUUGAAGAAUGUCGAGACUUUAUUCAGCGGUUGUGUGUCCUAUGGUAUCUAUUAACUGUUAGGUAAUUUUGCCAAACAUGACGUUGACAUUCUCUGUUAUGCAAGCAAGACAGAAAAGCCCCACAUUAAAGCUCCCCUAAAAACAGGAAAGCACAGAGUUGCACCCUCAAAAACAGUCUGAAUCUGGAUUGGCAGAUCAUUUUUCAAACAAGGGCCAUACUUUGAAAUGAUUAAUUGUUGACAGCUAGUAACGGGCUGCUUAACCCUUUCCUCCCAAUUGUAAUAGAAGUUUGUGCAGAGUAAUUUUCUGAUUAUGCCCUUUAAAGCAUGUUUUUAAGGCAAACUGUUUUGUGCUUUUGUUUUUUUGAAGUGACCAGCCAUUGUGCGUAAUGAGGCAUGGGCUCUGCUCAAGCUGUGAUGCCCCCGCACAGGAGGAAUUGCUAAAGAUAGCUUUGACUGUGUUGUCCUCAAAUGUGAUUGAAGAGCAGAAGGGAGGUGAGGUCUUGGGUUUGUGGGUGAUGCUUGGAGCCAGGGAGGGAGGGGGCUGAAACAAGGACCUACAAGGACCAAAUGGAGGGACUGGUUGUCCAUACCAUGGGUUGCUGGAAGCUGCACUCCUCCAUCUGCUUUGCUGCACAACUUCUUUUUCCUGAAACUCAUCUGCACAGGAACUGGCAGAAGAUGCAUGUGUUGUAGUACCAAUGGCUUCUGCUGUUGCACCAAGGCUUGAGUUGGUUGUGGUGCAGAUGCAAAAUGGAUUGAUCCAUUAAGGCCACAUUGGGGCCUUAGCACUUAAUCUGUGUUCCCUGCUUCACGCAACAGCACAUUAGAUUGUACUAUUUAGUAUGUUAGUCCUAUAAAAAGAAAUUGGGGGGGGGGUGUACAGGAAUAAUGCAAAGGUCACUCCAGAUGCAUUGUGUUGUUGAUGCACAGGCCUAAAUUUUGCCCAUUAACAUUAACCUAAAUUCUGUGUCCUUGUGUCUUCAUUCUCCUGGGAGUGGCUUAGGGGUCUUGAAGCGCAGCCAGUUGCUGGGAAUCACAAGUGAGCUGUGGCUUUUCUUGGAUCCUGCUUUUGGACUUCCACCAGGUAUCUGGUUGGCUAGUGUGAGAACGAGAUGCUGGGAUAGAUGGGCCUUUGGCCUGAUCCAGCAAAGCUUUUAUCAUGAAGUUAUGUGGAAAGGUAGCAUCUCAGGGAAUAGGGUUCUUGCCAAGAUUUCCACAUGAUUUGCACAUCUUUUGUAUGCAAGCUUAUACACACACACACACACACACACACACAGUGGUACCUUGGGUUACAUACGCUUCAGGUUACAUAUGCUUCAGGUUACAGACUCUGCUAACCCAGAAAUAGUACCUCAGGUUAAGAACUUUGCUUCAGGAUGAGAACAGAAAUUGUGCUCUGUCGGUGCGGUGGCAACAGGAGGCCCCAUUAGCUAAAGUGGUGCUUCAGGUUAAGAACAGUUUCCGGUUAAGUGCGGACCUCCGGAACGAAUUAAGUACUUAACCCGAGGUACCACUGUAUACAGAGAGAGAGAGAGAGAGUCAUACCUCGGGUUACAGACGCUUCAGGUUGCGUUUUUUCGGGUUGCGAACUGCCAAAACCCAGAAGUACCAGAACUUCCGGGUUACUUCCGGGUUUUGGCGGUCACACAUGCGCAGAAGCGCCGAAUCGCAACCCACACGUGCGCAGACGCACUGCUGUGGGUUGCAAACGCUGCAUCCGGAGCAUCCACUGUGUGUGUGUGUGUGUGUGUGUGUGUAUAUAUAUAUAUGGGAUCAUUCAGGAAGGGAGUCAAGUCCGUCCAUCGCCCCAGCUGUGAUCUGAAGAGAGGGGGCUGUAACAUGUGAUUCUUCUGAACAGAGCCAUCAUGAUGCAGUGGUUUAGAGUGCCAGCCUUGGACCUGGGAGACCAGGGGUCAAAUGCCUGCUCAGCCAUGGAACUCACUGGGUGACUUUAGGCUAGUCACUCUCUCUCAGCCUAGCCUAGGUAAAUGUAAUACGCAAUAUAAAGAAAUAGAGCUUUUGCUCUUUUUCUUCUUCCCCCAUGCCCGAAGACAGAGAACCACCCCCUGAGCUUUUAGAAAGGAGAUUGGUUCUAGGUUCAUGGCUUAUCGUUUGAGGGCUGCGUCUGACGAAAAGCUCUCCCUGUGGGUCCUUGCGAAACAGGACACACCUCAACCCUCUGCUGAGACCUUGGCAGUGGCUGGCAGCACCCCUGUUCACCUGCUCAUUCCUUCUCUUUGGUGGGUCUUUUCCCAUUAGGCCCUGCUUGAAAAUCACAAUGGCACGGUAAGGUGGAAGAAAGGACUUUGCCAUUCAUCCUUCGUGCCAGUUUGGUUCAGCCAGCGACGUUUCCGCCAUCCUCCAUUUUCUCCCCGCCAUGGCUAAGAGUGCAGAAGUGAAACUGGCCAUCUUUGGCCGAGCCGGAGUGGGAAAGUCAGGUAUGUCUGCUUUCUCUUCCAUUGCUCCUUAUUCGGCUUUGUUUUCUUGUGUUUUCAAGAUGUAUUUUUGCACACAAACACACACACACAGCAGAGUUCUGAUCCAGCUAAGGCCUCUCACACCCGUAAUUCUGUGUUAUUUUUUAAAAGGUUGGAACAUUUAAGCCACUUUAGGUGCAUUAAAUAAACUCUGAAGCUGUUGCUGCACACCGAAAAGGUCACAAGAAUUGACCUGAGCCAAGAUGUGGGAGUUUCUUUUAAAACAGGCGUCGCACUGUGAUUGUUUUGGUGACCAAACCCGACCACCCACCAUGGUCUCACUGAGUCUUCUGGAACAGCAUAUAGGGGCAACAGGAGAGGGUCUCAGGCACCUUCAGGGUCCGUGGACUGUCUUCACCCUUCUGUGGAAUAAAAAUUUGGCCACUAGGACAAACCUGUGUAGGGUAGCUUGGUUGACUAGCCUUUCCUGGAAGAUAGGUGAAAAAACCUCAGGUCACAGGUGUAGAAGCAGCCGGUCAGGCCUGUCUUGGUCUGGUCUUUAGGACUCUUCCCAGGCCAUACCCCUCCUGAAGCCACUCCCCCUGCCCUAGGCCACACCCCCUCAGUGGCCCUGCACUGUGUCCUCCUUGAGCAAUCUUUUUCUUGAAUUGUGAUAAUGCCUGUUGUCUGCCUGGAUGGAGAAUAAAGAGAUGCGUAUGUAGAAACCUCCUGAUUUUACUUCACAGGGGUAAGAGGUACACCUCUGGCCCUCACCACCUCUGGCCUGCGGCCCCUGGAAGGUUUCCCAUGGGAAGAAUGUGGCCCUGGAGCUGCUAAAGGCUCCCUCUCCUGUCAUAGAAAGUCAGUGGUAAACAAAUGAAAUGUUUCAUCAGAGGAGGUCAGCAUGACUUUUUGGAAGGACCCAGCUUUGCUGCAAUUUACUUCAUUCAAAGCAUUAGUGCUUUGGAACGGGGGCUGCGUGGAGGGAAAAGCUGCCAGCCUGCUGCUUAACCGAUUCCCUCCCUUAUGGUCUCCACUUAAAAAUUAGCAGUUUGCCAGUUUUUGUCCUCUGACUGGAAGAAUUGUUCAGGUUCAAGCGUAUUGAGGGGAUGGGUGUGAAAGCAAAUCAGUUGCUGCUGCGGAAAAUGGUAAAAUGUCAACGCCUGGUUCUGAAUGCUAAUACAUAGUCUGCAUAUAGCACAUUCCAAGUCCUUUGCAGACAUCGUCAGUACAAUAUCCCUGAGAGGCAGGCUGUGAGGAUCCCAAUUUUGUAGAUAAAUGGGAAUGAACGACUGAAAGCAUUGUUUUGGCUAGCAUUUUCAGCCCCGCCUCAUUUCCAGGGAGCAAUGUUGGGGGAGGAGCCUGAGUUCAGUGUCUGCUUUGCUUGCAGGUGGUUCCUGGUUCAGUUCUCAGCAUCUCCAGGUAGGGCUGGCAGAGACCUCUACCUGAAUUUCAGUGUCUGUGUAUUGACUACAUGCCACUGUCAGUGGAGACAGUGCUGAGCUAGAUGCACCAAGGGUCUAACUCAGUAUAAGACAGCUCCAACUGGGCUCUAAUUAAAGUGCUGGCACCUGGGGAGGCUGCAAAGUGCAGAACACUGGUGUGAUGAUUUGUAAAGUAGGAGGAAGGUUCAAUACCUGUACCCAAAGCAUGAGAAUGUAACUGAAAUCUUCUCUCCCCUUUGAUAAUUUGCAAGUACAGUUUCUUGAUGGAUAGUUGAGUGGGGAGGUGAGGAACUGCUGGAUGAUUUGGGGGGGCAUGGCACUAGAAGAAAUGCACAAAGAGGGACUGGUUCAAGAUCACCCAGGAAGCUCUGAGAUUGGGUAUUUUUUUUUUAACCCAAAUCACCCUGCACAAAUGCCAACAAUUUAGAAACCAGAUGUAUGUUGUGCUAUUUGGUGUUCGUUUAUUACAUAUGCUGAAGUACCGGUUUACAAAAUACCUUAUUUCCAGCAUUGAAUGCCAUGAUUAUAUUUCUACUCUGAACUUUGUGCUUGGGUAUCAGUCUCUUCUGGCCAAUGAAAACAGUGACAUUGUCCUGAUGAUAUGCCCUGCAAAGUCCCUGCAAGAGCAGCACAAAAAAUGAUGGAUGUAGGCAACAAUACAUAAUACAUAAGAAAAAUACAUUAAGAAUUCAUUCAAUACAUUAGAAUGAAUAAGAUCACUUUCCUGGCUUCUAGCAUAGAGGGGAGGGAGGUAUGGUUGUUUGUUUUUGUAUUUCUUGUUACAUUCAGUUUCUAUUUUCUGACUUCAUACAGUGCAUUUAUCACUGAAAAGCUGAUAAAAAUUAUUAGCAUGUCCAGCAUUUUAGCCACAACAGUAUGCUAGCUCAGCCUCUCUGAAGCAGGGGUUUCUCAGACACCACACCAUGCCAUCGCCCUCCUCCUUUUUCUGCUCUGCAGAUGGUUUUCUUGGCAAAGUGUGGUGCUCGCUUUGCAAAAGGGGAAGUCUCUGGACUCUAGCACAGCCACUGGGUUUUCUGCUUGGAGCAGCCUGGCCUUGAUGGAUGUGCUCAACUCUCAGUUCAAGUAGAUAGUUGCCUAAUGGAUGAGCUUCUCCUUCUCCAGAUCUGCAGGGUUUCGCACCAUCAAAGGGAGGCCGCUGCUGAAUGCAAAGCUGCCAGGACGAAAGUCUAUCCAGCAUUAUGACUUAUGUGGCAGUUCUUUGCACUGCCUGCUUUACUCGACAGGGCUGGCCAGACAGCUGGAGGCCCUUGCCAAGCAGUGUAAUCCAAAAACGUUAGCCAAGAUCCCGGAGGAGGAGGCCUUGAUCCACUAUAAAGAGAAAAGUGCAUGCAACAGUAAAUAAGAUGACCGGGACUGCCAGGAGUCCCUGACAGUUGUUCUAUCACUGGUGCGGCUCAUAGUUUCUAACCAACAGCCAGACACUAGACUUAAACACUUAUGGUCUUCCAAAGUUCAGAUCUGGCUCCAAGAUUUGGGGUCCCCAGUUCAUUUGCCCUUGGGGUCAUGGACUGGUUGGAUGCAGAGGAAUGGUGGAAGUCACCAGCUGGGGAACCCCCAAGAGAAGAAGGCUUAGAGCCCGGGGAAUGGUGGUGGGAUGAUGAUGAGCGGUCAGAGUGAGAAGAGGGAGCAGACAGAGCGGAGGAGGUGUUGGAACCUGAAGAGGUAAUAGGAUUUAGUGAGCAGAAAGGGUCUGUGGCUGAGAGAAGCCCAGAAUGAAAGGCAGAAGCUGAAGCAGGAGAGGAAGGAAGCCAAGAAGCAAAGAUGGGUCAGGGAGAGGCAUGGGUGUCUCCUCAUCCUGCUGCAACAAGCUCCCUUCCCUUCUGGUCUCCCAGAACAAGGAGAGGCAUGAAACAGGAGGAGCAAAGGCAGGCAUGCAGGUGCAGUCUCCGAUUGCUUAGGGGAAAAAAACCUCUGGAUAGGAGGAGACAUAGAUGGCUGUGGAGGGUGGGGACCUUUAGUCUCUGCUUCAUGGGGCAAGACCUACCAGAGAUGGGUUGCUCUGCUCAUUAGGCCUGACACUCAGCCAAAUCUGUGAAGAUCGUGUUUUUGCUAAUAAAGAGUGAACUCCAACUUGCUUGGUGUGAUUUCCUGCUGGCUCGCUCCUGUCACUUGGGGGGUCCCCGGUGCUUGCUCAUGGUGGUGGCAGCUGUGCUGAUCACAGUGCACACACAUUCCCUGGCGAUGCUGGUUUUUGCCAUCCACACCCUGAAGGGUCCUUGCCUUCAGGAAGAAGGCUGGCACUAUUAAGCUGAUGGCCCCAGGUAGUCUGCACAUGUGACCCAGUGCCGAGAGCGGCACAAUGCUACACCCUCAGGUAGCCUCAGGUAGCAAGGACCCAGAAGGGGCCCAGCAGUGGUGCAGAUCAGAACUCCAGCCUAUGUACACAAACUCCCUGCCUCCACCAGCUUGAAUAGCACCCGCCUCACCCUCAAACAUAGGCAUGGCAGGGAACAUAGGAAGCUGCCCUGUACUUUGGCCUUUGUCUCAUCUAACUAAGUAUUGUCCGCAAUGACUGGAAGCAGCUUUCCUGGCUUUCAGACAGGAGAUAUGGAUAUGGUGGGGAUUGAACCUGGGACCUUCUGCAUGCAAAGCAGAUGCUCUGUCACUGAGCCACAGCCCUUCCCCAAUCAUUGUUGGCCUAAUUAAGCUGGUGUUGAUGGGGAAUUUGCACGCAUGGCUGAUUGCUCUGGUCAGUUCCCUGCCAUCCCCUAGCCCUUCUUGCCAGCCCAGGAGUGGUGGUAGUGGCAGUGUCAGCAGGAGUGGUUUGGGACCUGGCAGGCAGUAGUGGCAAUGGGCUUUGCCAGGGCCUCUGGGUUCUAGCAUGUAUCUCAAUAUAUGCCAUAUGCUGGCUUUCCAAAGAUGAAUAUAUGGAAUACAAGAUAGUAAAACAGUUUAAUUCCUCAGGUUGGUACUGCAAUAAGUUUCACAAUGGACCCACUGAAGAAAAACCUGAAAAAAGAGACAAGGCGCGUACUUUUAUAACCUAAGAAAAUCUUUAAUUUAUUUAAUUUUUGAAGUGGACCCACUGAAAUUAGUGAACAUUAAGUUUGGGCCAUUAAUUUCAGCAAGUCUGCUCUGAGUAAAACUUACUAGACUAUCACCCUUUGUUCCUUCCCACCUCCCCCAAGAUCACAGCCACACCCUACAUAACUUCCCCAAAGAAUCCCAGGAGCGGUGACGGUACAAAUGUUCUUUGAAGGUGUGGUGACCCAAGAAAGGAUGCUUUGAGGAAUCUCAGUGCACUCUUAACCUUUAACCCAGAAACAUGGGUGCCAUUGAAGGAGGUCCUUCCUGCAUCUCUGGGCCAGGGAUCCUAAGGAGAGAUUUCUUUAGGGUGUAUUCAGCAAGCUUUCUUUCCCUUUCCAGCGCCUUGAUUAAAGGCUUCCUCGCAAAGCUAAAAACAGGCUGGCGAAACUAGUGCUGGGAAGCCUCAGAAGAUAAACCAAGAGAAACGGGCCUGUCAAGUGGUCAGUCUGGAAUUUCCGUAGCGCUUUCAAAUAACUCGUUUGAAAGUUGGUUAGGUUGCAAGCCUUGUUCAGAUGCUUGGUAAACCUUUGCUACUAGCAACAACUCUUUUUGCGUGUGCAAAAUGGGCCCCUGAGCCACUUCUGCAUCUGUUAUGUAGAAGAAGUCUGAAGAUGCGUCCGUGUGCAAUGCAUGUUUGCCAGAGAGUUGUGGCUUAUUGCAGCUCUUCUUGUAAAGAAGACCCUCCUGAAAAGUGACCAUCCUAAGGGAGAUGUAGCAGUCACAUUUCCUACUUCAGGAAACGACAAUUCUCUGAAGGAGUUGCCACCACACCAUGCAGGUUUGGGGAUCUGGGUUAGUCAGACGGCAAUGACAGCAUGUGAGGAGUGGGGUUGGGAAGAAAAUUGAUCCCAGCUGAAUCUGUCAGAUUUGCACUUUUCUGAAACAGUAUGUGAACAGAAGCACAGCAAGCCUUUGAAAUUUGCACUUCUGCAAAUUUUGCUAUGCAGUUCGCUGACCAAACAAGGUUUACAAAAACGGUGAAAGUGUGCAUAAAGAUGGAUAUGUUAGUAAAAAUGACACAAAAAUGCAUUGUGUUAGGGGAAAUCAUUUACAAAAAUGUGCAAGGGUUAGACUGCAUAUAACAAUGUGUUCUAUUAGGAAGAAUCUGCACUAAAAUGCUGCUGAAUUUUCAUGAGGUUUUCUUAAUUUUUUUAUUUUAAUCACAUUUAUAUGCCACUUUUUUUCUUCCAAAGAGCUCAUGGUGGUGUACCUUGAGUGUCCCCAUUUCAUCUUCACAACAACCUUGUGAGGUAGGUUACGCUGAGAGACAAUGACCAGCCCCAGUUCACCCAGUGAACGUCAUGACUGAGCGAGGAUUUUUAAUUUUUAAAAAGUCACAAAUUGCUGCAAAAUGUGGAGAACUGAAUUUAAGAUUAGAAAAAAAUAAACUGACAUAACUCAAACUCACAGGUCCUAUCAUCCCUAGUGAAAAGCAAUAUAUAGAAGAAGGUAAAUUACCCAAGUGUAGGGAUUGGGGAAAUUUUGAUUCAGUCCACAUUUGAAUACAAAUCUCCCUUUUUCGCACUUACCACACAGCUUAACUCACAAACCAAAACAGCCAUUCUUCAAGAGUUACACUUUUCUGAAUUUUAAGAUGCCUUUCUCCUGCCAACUGACAUGUGUGUUUUUAAAAAAGAGAAGAAGUAUAAGCUAGGGUAAAGUUGGAUAAAAUGCAUAUAGUUUUGACUAUUUGUUGUUGUUUAGUCGUGUCCGACUCUUCGUGACCCCAUGGACCAGAGGACGCCAGGCACUUCUGUCUUCCACUGUCUCCCGCACUUUGGUCAGAUUCACGUUUGUAGCUUUGAGAACACUGUCCAACCAUCUCGUCCUCUGUCGUCCCCUUCUCCUUGUGCCCUCCAUCUUUCCCAACAUCAGGGUCUUUUCCAGGGAGUCUUCUCUUCUCAUGAGGUGGCCAAAGUACUGGAGCCUCAGCUUCACGAUCUGUCCUUCCAGUGAGCACUCAGGGCUAAUUUCCUUCAGAAUGGAUAGGUUUGAUCUUCUUGCAGUCCAUGGUACUCUCAAGAGUCUCCUCCAGCACCAUAAUUCAAAAGCAUCAAUUCUUCGGCGAUCAGCCUUCUUUAUGGUCCAGCUCUCACUUCCGUACAUCACUACUGGGAAAACCAUAGCUUUAACUAUAUGGACCUUCGUUGGCAAGGUGAUGUCUCUAUACAAUAAAUUGUUACAUUAGAGAACUUAGGCUUUGCAAAAAUGUGCAUAUUAGGCAAAAUUGCAUACAAACAUUGGAGAAAUUAGCACUAAAAGGUUGAUGGCUUUUCAUGUGGACUUGGAAACAAUUGCAAAUUGAUGUGGAAAUGUGGGUAACUAGGCUGAAAACUGGAAAAAUGAGAAAGCAUCACUGACAGAUUUUUGGACCCCUAUCCAGGUCCCAUAAGGAACAUAACGGACAAUGAGACAGGUCUGCAUCCUGUUCUCCUUUUCUCAAAUGGCACUCUGUCCCUGAUUUUUCUUGCCGAACUGAAAGCCAAGAGCAGGAAUGCUGUGAGCCCAAAGGCCUCCAGUUGCCGAUCUCGAGUUUCAGAGCUGGUCCCAGAGCUGAUGCAGUAGGAAAGAUAAUAAAUGGCAAAUUGGCCUGAAAGAGCCUUUUAAGUGAGUUGAAUUUCCAUAGAACUGCAUGCCAGGGAUUAAUGGGAGGGAGAGCAAGAGAACGAAAAGGAAAGUGUGCAAAAGGCAGCGCGAGUUGAGUUUCUGCAUCGAGAUAAUUGGUUUCAUUAUUCCGUAAACACACAUUUGCUUCACUGCUAGGGAGAGAACUGGCUGCAACAACCAUUUAUUUAGUUAUUUGCUAAUUACAUUAUGUGGGUGCAGGAGUGCUAUUUCUUCCGUCGCUUUGCGAGUAAGCACAGUCUAUCUCUUAAUCAAUCUCUUAAUUACAUAGAUUUUUUGCCUUUUGUGCAAGAAGGUGGUCAACGGAGGGUUUUGUAUCUGGAAGAACCCAUGCUCUCUUGCUCCUGAGGACCACUUGCUCGUUCCAACACUUUGGCCUCGUUGAACUUCCUUAAUUAAGUCGGACUUGCCUUAAUGGCAUUCUUGGCAAUCUGUUGCACGACGUUGCGCAACAACCGGCUGGUAGCACAAUAGACUUGUUUGAUUUACUCAUCGGACCAUUUCCUUUGGUUAAAAAAAGGGGAAUCGUUGCUGAUAAAAUUCUGUCUGAAGAGCCAUUCAUUCGAAAGAAGCCUGCAAAAAGCUGGCAGAAAGGAGUUAUGGGGGAGAGAAUGGGGAAGCAACAGAUUCAGGCACUGCAAACAACAACAACAACUUUAUUUAUACUCCGCCCAUCUGGCUGGGUUUCCCCAGCCACUCUAGGAAGCUUAUAGCACAUAUAAAAACAUAAUAAAGCAUCGAACAUUAAAAACUUCCUGAUACUGUGCUGCUACGGUGUUUGGUGUGCCAUUGGAGCAAUAGGUUAGACUGUGUGCAAACCUUUUGCCCUCCAGAUGUUGCUCCCAUCAGUGCCAGCAAGCAUGGUCAGUGAUCAGGGAUGUUUGGAGUUGAAGUUCAGCAAUAUCUGGAUGCGCAGAAGUUCCCCACAGGCAGUGAAAGAGGAGUUAGAAACCUUGUUCAGCCCAAGUUCCCUAUGGGCGGACUUUUGGGUUGUCAUAGUUACUGCUGGUGAUGCCUCUGCCUCUCACCUCUGGUGCUUAAAGGAUUGCAAGGCAGCCACUGUUGCAAUUGCCCAUAUGGUGAGUGCAUGGCGCUCAUCAUAGGUUUGUCACCAGCACCAUUUUUUUCUCCUACAAUGGUAAACCUACAUCUGUGUCUGGGUGGAAAUAAAAAGGAAGAAGUGAGGGGUUGCCCACUAACACCUCUUCCAGAAAAAUAGAAAGAGAAAGUUUGCAAAAGUCACCUCUUUUGUUCUGUCUGCCUACAAAUGUUCUGAUGGCAGAUGGAUGUCUUUCAUGGACUAGAAAGCCAAAAAUCACGAUCCCAGUGUUGGGCUGUCUGUUGGGCAGAAGAUGUCAUUCCAGUUUGCCACUGUAUUAAUCUCAUGAAGGGCCACUAUCUCUGCAAAGUACCGUAUUUUUCGUCCCAUAGGACGCUCCGUCCCACAGGACGCACCUAGUUUUUUGGGGGGGAAAUAAAGGAAAAAUUGUUUUCCUUUAUUUCCCCCCCAAAACCAGGUCGGGGAAACCGAACCAGGUCGAGGAACAGCGGGAUGGCGGCGCUGCGCCUCCUUGCUGUCCCCCGAGCUUGUGGGGCUGACCGAUGUCUGUCCGGUGGGCGGGGCGCUCUGCUUCAGGGCGCCCUUCGCGCCGGGCGGCAGGCUGCUAUCCGCAGCAUGGGGAGCCCUGCGGGAACUCCCGCAGGGCUCCAAUACGCUGUGGAUGUCUGUCCGGCGGGUGGGGCGCUCUGCUUCAGGGCGCCCCUCGCGCUGGGCGGCAGGCUGCUAUCCGCAGCGUGGGGAGCCCUGCGGGGAACUCCCGCAGGGCUCCAACACGCUGCGGAUGUCUGCCUGGCGCGAGGGGCGCUCUGCUUCAGGGUGCCCCUUGCACCGGGCGGCAGGCUGCUAUCCACAGCGUAGGGAGCCGUGUGGGAACUCCCGCAGGGCUGCCUAGGCUGCGGAUGUGUUCCCGAAGCGCCGUGCACUCUGCUUUCAGGGCACCCAAUGCUCCAGGAAGCAGGCUGCUAUCCACAGCCUAGACAGCCCUGCGGGACCUCCCGCAGGGCUGCCUAGGCUGCAGAUGUGUUCCCGAAGCGCCAGGCGCUCUGCUUUCAGGGCGCCCGACGCUCCAGGAAGCAGGCUGCUAUCCGCAGCCUAGACAGCCCUGCGGGAAGUCCCGCAGGGCUGCUUAGGCUGCAGAUGUGUUCCUGAAGCCUGGAGAGUGAGAGGGGUCGGUGCACACCGACCACUCUCGCUGUCCAAGCUUCAGCGAAAGCCUGCAUUCGCCCCAUAGGACGCACCCAGAUUUCCCCUUCAUUUUUGGAAGGCAAAAAGUGCGUCCUAUAGGGCGAAAAAUACGGUACACUUGUGAUAGCCAGGCACCAUGUAUUCUAACGUCAUUGCAGCAGGGGCAAACUUCCUAAGUGUGGGUUCCUCAGCUGACUGCCCAGAGUUUAGAGAUUUCAAAAUCACAAAUUGCUUUUGCAAGGCUGGACUUAGCUAAUACAGAACAUUUUGUUCAGCUGUUUUGAUUUCCACUAAAUCAGAUAUUUUUCUAUCCAAGUCUGGUCUAAGCUGGGUGGCAGCUAGUAAAGCUGUGUUUCCAUGUCUCCUAUCCAGUGCUAUGGAUUUUCUGGAAUAUUUUCGAUUGGGAACUUUUGGGGGGAAAGUUUACUAUGCAAAACUUUCCCAGGGGUUAUUUCAGCAUACCAUAGGAUAAUUUGCAUAGGGACAUUUCCAGUUUGAAUGGGGAAAUUAUCUGAUGCCUGAGUGAUCUGAUUUAGCAUGUUUAUUUUCCUUCUGUUUAGGAAAUAAAGCUAAAAAACAUUGAAUCUGCCAAGCUUGCCUACUGUUCUGGUGUUCUCUUUUUUUGGCCGUUGGCAUCCAUCUACCAUUAACAAUGAAUUAAUGUUAUUCGUUUCCACAGAAAAACAAAGCGCUAUAAAUUGUUCCAUCCCACAUCGCUGCUUCUUUCUGUAUAUGUUUUGCUAAGCCAGUCUUUAACACCUGGCCCUGAAGGGAAGGAUGCCAAGCUUCAAGGACUGCAUCUGUUCUGCAAAAAACCGAGUGUUUGGCUGACUGUUAUGAUGACUUCCUCCAUCAUAUCUCCCUCCAACAUAUUUCUGCAGGGAUUGCUGAGAAUUGUUGUUUAUUGCUUGCAAUGUGUCUGAAGUUUGAGCUAAUCUGCUCAUACAGAUUCUGAGAAUUGUCACAUGAUACAAGACUAUUGAGACUGUACCAUCUGACAACGCAAAUGGAGGAUUAAAUAUGUUUGCAUAUUCCUUUUGUGUCUUAAAAAAACCAUGACACUCUUAAUGUAGAAAACUGAUAGGCUAGUUCUCAACAGAGAACAGUAUGUGAGAACCUCCAUGUGAAGGAACAUUCCAAGGUGCAAACCCUCCACCUGCAGUGUGCAAUGGUACAGUCCCUGCACUGAAACUGUACAGACAACUUAUUUAUUCUGGGGUAUUUCCAUAACUGGGCAGUAAAUUACGGUAACCUUUCCAGCCCCCCCAGUUUGUUUUUCUUUCCUCUGACACAUGGGAUUUGACUCACUUGCUCAAAUCUUCCAAGAGGCAUUUCCACUGCAAACACCUUUUGUAGAGUACAGGGUUUUUUUCUGCAGGUUGUUUGGAUUGUGUUUGUGGAAUGAUAAUUCUGGGAUUGGCAGGAGCCAAACUAUAUAUGGUUUAUUUCAUUGUUUGGCACCUAAAAAGUAUAUGAUUGCAUUAAGGCUGUAAAGUUGCGAUUUACUCCAUUUUAUUACCAGGUUAAGAAGUUGCUUCCCUUUCUUGUUACCUUUUGUACACAAGGUAUUUCAAGUAAAAUUUGCAGGGUUUUGCCCCGACGUCUUGCCUUCUGCCUUUGAGUGGUCAGGAAAUUCUUUCUCUUUUUCUUCUGCCCUGUUUUCAAAAGACCCCUAGGGAGUGGUUCAAGAUAUAGAAGCAAAGAUUGCAGACUGGUUUGUAAGAAAGAACCUUCAUUGGCUCGCACACCGGAUUGGGCUGUGUGGACACAUAGAUCACUUAGUCAGGUCAUGAGGCAGCUUUGCCAGACUGGUUUAAAAGGGCAGCAGUGGAUCCAUUUACAUUGCUUUCAACUCUGUGUUUGCAACGGGGAGAAAUUAAUAGGGAAAGCUUUGAAUAAAUAGGCUUUUGUGAAAAGCAGCCCAGAGCCUUUGCUGACAAUUUAUAGGCUUGCUCCUCGACAGAAUAGAGUUUAUGGGGACAUAGUGCUCGUUUCCCCAUCACUGUGGUAUGCGUGUAGAUGGAUGAAGUUGCAGUCUAAUUAUUAGUUGCACAGAAGAAGAGAAGAGAAAGACAGAGGCACACGUACACACUCUCACAAAAUGGGACAGGAAAGCGUAAGGAGCUUCCAGUGCUGGCUCCAGAUUUUGACCUUUGACUCCCUCAGUGGGCCCACUCCCCCAGUGAAUCUAGUUCAGUGGGGAGGAACCUGUACCCUCCAUCAUUCCCCUGAUGAAAAUCAGAAGGUGAGAGCUAGCUGACUCGUACGACAGUGUGGCUGAGACACGGGUUGCGCUAUGGUCUAAACCACUGAGCUUCUUGGGCUAGCCAAUCAGAAUGUCAGCGGUUUGAAUCCCCACGAUGGGGAUUUACUCUGUUCCAGCUCCUGCCAACCUAGCAGUUCAAAAGCACACUAGUGCAAGUAGAUAAAUAGGUAUUGCUGUGGCAGGAAGGUGAAUGGCAUUUCCAUGCGCUCUGGUUUCCGUCAUGGUGUUCCGUUGUGCCAGAAGCGGUUUAGUCAUGCUGGCCACAUGACCCAGAAAGCUGUCUAUGGACAAAUGCCAGCCCCCUUGGCCUGAAAGCGAGAUGAGCACCGUACCCCAUAGUCGCUUUUGACUGGACUUAAUCAUCCAGGGGUCCUUUACCUUUUACCUUUUUACGAGUGUGUGGCACUGGCUAAUUCCCGGGACAUUCCGGGAUCAAUUCAGAAGCUGGGAUGGCUUCUGUACUUCCAGGACAGUUGGAGGGUAUUGGAACCUCUGCACACACACACCCCGGCCAUUUUAGCCAAGUCAUGUCCACCUGCCAUCAUGGAUUGUGUCCAUGCAGCCGGGAAAAUGAGAGUUUUCAGGCCCUGGUGUCUGAUGGCAUAAAAAUUGCAACUUAUUAAAGCAAACCUACAACUUCCUAAGGAUUCAGUAUGUUGGGUUCUCCUAGCUGUUAUGAAUUUAUGAAUUGCAUUUUACAUGCAUAUGUCUCAAGGCAAUUUAGCUGUAUCAUAGGAAUGGCUAAAGUAGUCUUUUAAACAGUACAAACCUGAAAAUAGGUUUAAAAACAAUUCAGAAUUCACACCUAAGGCAGCAUUCCUCAAGAGUGGCUGUUCUAAUUCAAGGCACUUUCUAUAUAUACUCAGCUCACCUAGAAGCCGGAGGUUCCCUGGACUGAGAGGUAAAUGAAAGUGAAAGCUUCAUUUCAAUUAUGAUUACCUUUUGAAACAUGGUUUGAAUUAUGGUUUAUUGCCCCCAAAGCAGGUUUACACUGACAUGUGCUAUAGCAAUGAACAUUCAUUAUUUUCAGGUUCGAUCCCCCUAUAGGACAGCUGCAUAUUCCUGCAUUGCAGGGGGUUGGACUAGGGUUCCCAUCCAACUCUACAAUUCUGUGAUUCCAUGAUCAUAUUUGUUCGUGUGGCAUUCACACAUAUUCCUGUUAGCCAUUCGUUCUUCCUCUGCCUUUCAUUCUUCAUCACAUUCCUAACUGCAAACAAGUCCUUUAAAAUACAAGUAGUAUUUGUUAUGCUGAGGUGAAAGAGCAGUUUACAGGUGCAACCCAAAUUUACAGCGUGUGUUUGAAUCCUUCCUGCAAAAUGCUGAAAGUCUGGAGGUGAUCCUCCUUUGUUGGUUCAGAUGCAAAGGGCAACUUCCCACCCUGAACUCCAUUUGUGCUGGAGCACAAAAUCCAGCAAGGAAGCUGGAAAUAAUUCAUGCUGGUGUCACUACCCAGGGUUCUUGACAUGCAGCUCAAAAAGCGAUCGAGACAUGAAGAAUGAAGCCCAGAGGAAGGCAGCUGAUAUAUGGACACAUACGAAAUGUGAAUUUCUGCAAGAGGACGCUCUCAGAUGCCAUCUGGAAUCCCAGAAAUGUUAAAGACGGUAGCCGAUGGAGGGGAAAGCCGAAAAUGUGCAGAAAACAUCAGGCCUCCUUUUGACAGAGUACGAAAUCCCCGAGUGCUCGUAGGUCACUGAUUCCAUUUCCAUGCUGGAAUUGUAAAGGAAGCGGGUGGAGAUGAAAGAGCAGGAGCUUGUGGCAGAAUUAAUGUGGAAAAAUGUUCUUCCCAGAAGCUGAAAGGAGGCUUUGUACUGUCCCAACCCCGAAUCGGCUGCAGGGGACAUGGAAAAGGAUUCAUAAGAACGCAGAGGUUGCCUUAGAAUUAGGACCCAAAGGGUCAUCUAGUCCAACCCCCUGCAAUGCAGGUGGCCCAUAUGGGGAUUGAACCUGUGACCUUUGCAUUAUCAGCACCACGUUCUAAUCAACUGAGCUAACCGAUGAUGCUUUAGGCUGGGGGCUAGGUAAGCUUUAACCAGCCUAGUUCUCUGUGGACUACAACUCACAUCAGCUCCAGCCAGCAGAAAACUUCAGAAUGAUCUUCUGAAAUUUGCUGAAAUUUAAAUAGAACUACAUCUCGCCAUCCAUAGCAGGUAAGGCUGAGGCCAGGUAAUGUGUGUUUCUAGGUGUGAACUGUUGAUGGGCCACAUCCAGACUCCAGCUCUCUCCCAUCUUUAUCAUUAAACUGGACCCAAGAGUCCUUAAAACAGAACAGGGGCAGGCCGUUCAGAUGUUGUUGGACUCCAGUUCCAACUAACCAGUGCUCCCAGUGGGUCUGGGAUGAGGGGAAUUGUACACCAGCAAUAUCUGGAGCAUCACAGGUUCCCCAUCCCUGAAAUAAGAGGCUUAUUCACCAACAGACCUUCAAAUAUGUGACUGUGCCCUGCUCGCAGUAGGAGACAUUAUUACUACCCCUUAAUUCUGUCUGUCUGGUGAUACCCAGGUCACAUGCUUUCCCCAGCCACAUCCAUCCUUUCUCUGCAUCCUCUUUGAGUGUGGUUGCCUGGCUGGAAUAUGUCCAUGGGCUCUAUUAAUGCCUCCUGCUUGCCUGGGUGGAAUGGAGAGAGGAGAAACUAGCCUUCUGCACAAAGGUAACAUUUGCAUUCAUGGCUGUACCCAAUUGUGCCUCCAUCCCUGUCCUCCAUUUGCGUGUGGCCCCUGGAAGCCUGCCGAGAAGGGAAUGCGGCUCUCGCUACCUGAAUUAGUUUGCGUCAGCUAAUGGUCUGGCUUAAAAACAAUAAAUGCACUGGGCCAGAGUCAAGCUGACUUCAGUAGAAGGUCCCUUCAGGGCAUUGUGGUUUGUGGGUCAAGGAAAGCAUGUGUUCUCUCUCUCUCUCUCUCUCUCUCUCUCUCUCUCUCUCUCUCUCUCUCUCUCUCUCCUCUCUCUCUCUCUCUCUCUCUCACACACACAGAUUUCAUCUUAAUUCCACAUGGUGAUAAAUGUAUUCCUCAAAGCACAUGGAUUUUGUGCCCUUGUGACUUUUAUCAUACUAAGUGCAACUGCAGAUGUAGCUCUUAUUCAUAUUCAUAUAUAAUCCCUUUUGGGGUGUUUUUAAAACACACACACACACAAACACACAGCAACCAAAUGAGCACACACUGUUUGUAAAAAUAGCUAGCCCAGGAGUCCAGCGUGCAUCCAGUUGAGAGAGAGAUAUAAUCUUGUAAAUAGCCCUGCUGACUGCAAAGCACAGCUGGAAGAAAUGGAAAUGUGGGGAAAAGGGAAACAAACUAGACCCUGGUUACUUAGCAUGCAAUGUUUUUAAAAAGUUUGGUUUGGUUUUUUCUAAUGUAUGUAAAAAAUAAAUAGUAAUGUGAGGUUUGCGGUUGCAGAACUGGGGGAAACUUACGGCUGGGGGGAGGUGAGCCUUUGUGUGUCUCCGGAAUGUGAAUUAAGCAAAUGCUAAAGCUCUGUCCUUGACAAGUAUAAUCUGUUAUGUUUCCGUUCUGCUUUUCCUUCAAGGAACUUGGGGUAUGGUGCACAGUUCUUUCCCCCCUCUGUACCUCUUCUUAUGCCUUGUGAGGUGGGUUAGGCUGAGACAGAGGGUGAAUGACUCAACAUCAUCUGGAUAGCAGAACAGGGAUUUGAACCCAGGGGUAGGUUGGCCCUACUGUUAGGUAAAGUGAGUCAGCUGCCUCUGGUGGCUGAUACUGGCAGUGCACAGCAGUGGCAAGUGAUCGGAAGACAGAGCGGUUUGUGCCAUGUGGCUUGCUAGUUUGCUGUCCUGAGGUGCCGAGGAGUAUGGUCAUGUUGGAAUAAGAUAUAACUGCCAAUCUAGUUGACUUCUGGUUGGACUGGGGCUGGGUGUUAUCCUGUCCUAUGCCUCGGACAGCAAAAUGUCUUGGACAGACCCUGCUCAAGCUUUCUCUAAUCUUACACAACAUUGGGCCAGUUUCUUCCCCAUCUCCAUCUGCAGUAGCACCAGGUAUAAAAAAUUGCACCUAUAUUUAUUGUGUGAAGGACUAUAAACUCCCUCAGGAGGAAAUUAUGGAAUACAUAAAAAGGGCCCACCAAUUUCUUUUAGACCUGUUAGCACAUGUGGACUUUUGAGCAAAUGCACUUUGUGUGUGUGUGUGUGUGUGUGUGUGUGUGUGUGUGUGUGUUACUAUAGACUCACGCAGAAUGUAACUUUUGUAUCCAAUCUAUAAAUAAAAAUAUAUUGCAGUUCCGAAGGAAGUUGUUAUAAUCCAUUAGCUGGGAGCUUUAAGAUAUUUAUCACCGCAUGCCCCAAUCACUUCCAAGGAUUUUAUUUCGGUCACAAUCCUUUCACAUCACACUACCGUCCUGCAGUGUGAAAAAUGCUUUCUUUCAUGUGAGACAAAAGGCGUGUGAGGCUUCUGUGGCUGCUUCAGAUUCGUCUAUUCGACACUUCAGAUGAUACAUUUAGACUCUGAACAAAGGGUCUUUUGAUAUCAGUGGUUUUCCUGACACCUCCAAUGACCCAGUUUGUUUGGUGAGGUUUUUUUCUUUUGUUUUGUUAUACUUCUUAAAGCACCCUGAGCUUCUGUGGCUUUGUCUUUCUAUGUGAUCCUUUCAUACAGACUGAUGGGGCUUCUGCCGCUGCUACCUGCCCCCUGGAUAGGAAUGUUUGUCCCAUGGGGUGAGAGGCCAGGGAGUAGGAGAAAGAUAGCUGCUUUUAAUGAUAUUCAGCACAGGUCAGCUGAUGCCAUCCGUAGAGCUGAAAUAGUCGUGCAAAAUCCACCAGGAAUAGCCACAAUAUCUGCAUACCCGCCAACAUUUAUCCAAUGAAAAUAGGGACGUCUUAUUCUAUAAUAAUAUUGAUAAUAAUAUAUUAUUUAUACCCUAUUCAUCUAGCAGGGUUACCCCAGCCACUCUGGGCAGCUUCCGACAUACAUAAAAACAUAAUAAAACAUUUUAAAAAAAUUUUUUUAAAGAAAACUUCCCUAUACUGGGCUGCCUUCAUAUGCCUUCUAAAGCUUGUAUAGUUACUUAUUUCCUUGGCUCGGUCGUCACAUAACUCCAUACCCUCUAACACCUCUCUGAUGAAAAUAGGGAUGUCCUAAGGAAAAGCGGGACAUUCCAGGACUAAAUCAGAAACUGGGAUGGCUUCUGUAAAUCCAGGACUGUCCCUGGAAAAUAGGGACACUUGAAGGAGCAUCCCCCCUCCCAUCGUUCAGCCUGGACACUGAGGUCCAGUGCUGAGGGCCUUUUGGCGGUUCCCUCACUGCAAGAAGUGAGGUUACAGGGAACCAGGCAGAGGGCCUUCUCGGUAGUGGCGCCCGCCCUGUGGAAUGCCGUCCCAUCAGAUGUCAAAGAAAUAAACAACUAUCAGACUUUUAGAAGACAUCUGAAGGCAGCCCUGUAUCGGGAAGUUUUUAAUGUUUGAUGUUUUAUUGUGUUUUUAAUAUUCUGUUGGAAGCUGCUCAGAGUGGCUGGGGAAACCUAGCCAGAUGGGUGGGGUGUAAGUAAUAAGUUAUUAUUACUUGGAGGGUCUGUAUCUGCCUGUGCAUCUUCCUUUAAUCCUAAGCUUGCUAAACCUGAGCCGAAAGUGAGAGCGUUCCCCAUUCGUAAGGGCCACAACUCCACAGCUGAACAGAUGCUUUUCCGUGCAGAAGGUUCCAGGUUCAAUCCUCAGCAUCUCCAAGGAAAGCUUGGAGACUCACUACCAGUCAGUGUCAACAUUAUGGAGCUAGAUCAGGCUUCCUCAGCCUCGGCCCUCCAGAUGUUUUUGGCCUACAACUCCCAUGAUCCCUAGCUAGCAGGACCAGUGGUCAGGGAUGAUGAGAAUUGUAGUCUCAAAACAUCUGGAGGGCCGAGGUUGAGGAAGCGUGAGCUAGAUGAACCAGUGAUCUGACCUGGCCCAAGACAGCUUUGUCUAGCCUGUGAUUUGAGGAGAGCUCCAUGCAGGUGCGCAGCUCCCUCACAUUCUUUGGAGUAGAUUUGCAUUUUGGCUACAGAGUUAGGGAGGGAGGGGGCAGCAAAGCAAGCAAGAUACAAGACUGUAGAGUUGGUCCUGGGGUUGCCUCCCCACACCCGUCCAUCCCAGGUAUGCCUGUCCCAGCUGGGAACCACCUACGGAGGAAGAUGUGAUUCUCUGCUAAGGUUGGCUUGCGUUAGUGGAGAGAGUCCUGCUGCUGGAAAAUGGGAGAUUUGGGGUCAGUUUUCAACGCGGCCAAAGGAAGCCGCGCAGCUUUCUGUGUGGCCUCAGGUCUCUAAUUAUUUUGCUUAAAAUGGGAAUAGUAGGCCUAUUCCCCACAAGGGAAGAUGCACGCCCUUCAUUACUGAGUACGAGGUGUGGGCUGUUGACUUGUACGGCGCCAAGAAAACUGGAUUAAUUUGUUCCAUGCUGUCUCACACUUCGGAAGAGUCCUGUUUUGGAAGAAGAGCUGUCAUGGUGGAGAGAGUGUGUGCCAGCUCUGGGUGUGUCAGUAUUACCAGGAUUUGGUUUUGUCUUGUUUUUUAUGAGGAACUGGUGUGGUUUCUGUAAAACAUUGGCACUCCCGGAGGCAAACAUAGUGUCAUUGUUCUUAAGAUAAGUGCACACACACAACACAAGAUAUAAAUGGCCAUGUUGCUGAAUUACCACUGCAGGCAGAGGGAUUGGAUUAAAAAUACUACUAAACAUGGAACUGACCAUCGUAUCACAGCUUACUAGGGUUCCCAUUCAAGUUCUUUGCAACCCAGUACGCCUUAGCAUUGUUCGGUUAACUCCGAAGUACACUGAAUCUUCAGGCAGAGAAAGGAGGCAAAAUAGGACUCGCUUUACUGAGUGUUUCAUUAGUUACAGCGGAGCUUCUAACAUUGUGUGGUUUUGAACAACUUCCAAGUGUUUGGAAGCGAUUUGGCUCUCUUGGCUUUGCCUUUCAACUUCCUUUUUACCAAUCCCCUCCAUCACUGGGGGAAAAUUUCCUCUUUGGAAGUCAAAAUUGACCAUGCUGGAUUUUCUUGGCGAUUGGCCAAUACUGAAUUUGAUAGCCCUAUCGCUGCUGUUCCCAAGUGAUUCAACCACACUACGUCCCGGGUACCAUUUAAAAGCAAGUCCUGGGUUACCUUCCCUCUGAUUGAGUGUACGACCUGCUGUUUUAGGGCACAGUUGUCUAGGGUUAUCAAUAACUUUUCUCUCUUUAUCAUGAUAGGAAAACCCUCUGUGUGAGGGCGGUUGGUCACUCAUAACUACAACAUCUAUUUUGGAUGCUCCCCUGAUCCCAUUUCCAUCUCAAGAGCUCCCUGAGCAUUUUGAUACAGGGGACAACAGCACAUUCCCAGUUUCAAAUUGCUUUUGGAGCCAGGCAUCACCACCCAUAAUAAUUCGGUGGAGGAAUCUGCCUCUUUGGGGAGUUCUGGCUCAUUCAGUUCAAUGCCCUCCCACCAGAUGUCAAAGAGAACAAGAACUACCAGACUUUUAGAAGACAUCUGAAGGCAGCCCUGUUUAGGGAAGCUUUUAAUGUUUGAUGCAUUACUGUAUUUUAAUAUGUUGUUGCAAGCUGCCCAGAGUGGCUGGGGAAGCCCAGCCAGAUGGGCGGGGUAUAAAUAAUAAAUUAUUAUUAUUAUUAUUAUUAUUAUUAUUAUUAUUAUCAUCUACAGAGCAAUGCCACUUGCAGUACACCCUUCCUCGUGCUUCCUGCAGAGUUUGUCUCCCUUUGGUUCUUUCCAAUCCACCAGGUCAGGGUUUCCCCAAAGUUGGGUCUCCAGCUGGACUACAGUUCCCACCAUCCCUGACCCCUGGUCCUGCUAGCUAGGGAUGAUGGGAGUUGUAGUCCAAAAACAGCUGGAGACUCAAGUUUGGGAAUCCCUGCACCAGGUCUCCGGUAACACCUACCACAUCAAUGCUGUUCUCUUAACACCAAGUGCUCCAGUUCACCCAUCUUGGAUUAGAAGCUUCUGAGCAUUAGCGUAUAAACACUUAUAUACCAUGUUUCUUUCCAGCUGUCUUGGGCGCUUGCAUUUUGACCUGAGGUGCUUUGUUAUCUCUGAGUUGCUAUCCCAUGCCUCUGCUCUCAUAAUGCCGAGUUCUAGACUGCCUUUGGUAGCUCGAAAAGAACAGGAGGUCUUCUGUGGGCUUGUUUUUUUAAAAGGCUGAUUCAGUUGAAAAGCUUUUUAAAAAAUAAAUAAAUCCCAAAGUCUCGCACAGCCGUCAAGCUCAUAAGAUAUUUCUUAUCACUUCAACAGCCAAAAUAAGUACCUUUCACAUUCAAGACAUGUACAAAAAAGCACACAAAACCCUUUUUGUGAUCUACAUUUAGAUUCUUUUCACGGCGGGAGCCGAAAAAUUAGUUUUGGCUUCUUUUCUGCCUUGCAAUGCUUGGACGUUUCCAGCAAUAUUUCCUCACUACGUUGAAACUGACAGAUAACUGGAAAGCAAAAGCCACUUCCAUCACAUUCAUGGGGCCCGAGGCCAUCCCCUCCUUAUGGGAGGUCUACAAAAAAGAAGGGGAGAGAAAAUGAAAGGAAAGAAAGAAAGGCCUCAAGAGGGGAACAUGGCAUGUGCUGUGUAGUUCCUUAAAUUUUAUUUUCAAGAAAGUCCUUCAAAUAACAGUAUUCACAAGAGGAGUGCCGCGAUCACAAGAUUCAUCUUGUAUCUGUAUUUGUAGCAUUUGGUAGCAAACUGAUCUGGUUCAGAUUUUCUGUGUGCCAUUCCAAUUCAAUUCUUUAUUUGCAUCCAACUCUGACCAGCUAAAUCCAAAACUCUGUUUUGCUCCUGUUGCAUGUAUGUAUUUGAAUAUGUAUACAUAACAACCCCCCCACACACAUAAAUGGAUAAAAUCUGCAGGCAGAGUAGCACCUCCAAGCGGAUUGUGCCUGUCAAAUUUCUGACAGAUCCAUUCACAUCAUGUCCUGUGAUCAUGACUACAAACCUCCAUUGGAUGCAAACUGCCCUCAGAUCUUCUGUAUUAGCUACUCCUAAAGCCUUUAGAAAAUGAUAUCCUCUUGGCCUAUUUCCAGACUAGUCCUGGCAGCAAAGACAGUUGAUUAGAGAUACACCUUCAAAACCAUGUUCCCCCAUUAGUGAAAUUUAUUGGAUUCAACCUCGUCUAAAAGAGUGCGUAAAUAUUCGUUAUUGCAUUUAUUAAAAGUGUUUUUAGCCCACGCUUCAGCUAAAAAUGGUUUCCAGGGUCACUUACCAAGCUCAGUGAUAAGAGACUCCUUUUUCUUGGGUUUAUUGACUAAAAGGUACCAAGUUAAAGGAAAAAGUUUUGUGUUUUGCAUCCAUGAAAGAUGGCCAUCCAAUAAGUAAGCCCAGACACCAAUUUUUAGUUACAAAGUUGUUGCAGUGGCCAGCUGGAAUGGAAUGACACAGAGAAGAGGAGCACAAAGUCGCUGGCUUUUCAGCAGAGCAAUCUCCUUUCUCUCCCUCUCCUAUAUAACCUGAUGGAAUAGUUGCUGGUUAGAUGGGAGACGGCUUCUGAAAUGAGAAAACACAGGUUAGAUGAAAGCCUCUUGGUACACACUGGGGCACGCGGCUGCUUUUCGCACCUGCCUUAUAGCAAAUGCCAUAAUUGCUUUCUGGAAGCAGCAAAAUAUCAGAGCAAAAUUUCAGAGCCAAAAUCCUGUUGGCCGAGGAGCAGCUAACAUGCAUCACAGUUAAUGAUUACUCCUUUUGUGGCAUUUUCGUUUGGAAUAUUGACAGAGGGAAGUGGCAGGGGGCCUACAGGCUACCCUUUGCAAUAUGCUGGAUCUGAGUGAUUAACUCAAGGAUGGUUCGCACAGAGAGAGAUGCUUCCUAUUAAUUUAAUAACUUAGAAAUAGUGGUUAUCUCAGCACAGAACACCCAGGUAUUUCCGCCGCUCCCUCCUCCAACAGGAAAACUGUUAUCAUCAGUGAUGCUAGCGUGUGUUUUUGUUGAGUGUGGCCUUUGGAUCAAUGAGAACUCCUUGCCUUAUGUCUGUUUUAUUUUACAGCAUGAUGAAUUGGUGUGGGGGGGGGAGGGGAAGCUCAUUGUCAGCCCCUGUUGUUCUGCACUAUUUAGACAUCCUCAGACCUGUGAAAACCAGCUGGGUCAGAAAGAACAUCAAUACAUGCUGCUCAAGCUUUGCUCAGCAAGGCUGGGUGAGCUUUGGGGGAAGGAGUGGCUGCAAAAACUCUGAAACUUGGGGCAUUCCCAAAUCACUGAUUCCCCCCCACCCCAGGUGGGAUUUAAUCACAUGCCAGCAAAUUACAAAAAAGGAGAGUCCGACUAAACGUCAGGAAAAACUUUCUAAUGGCAAGAGCUGUUUGACAGUGGUCUCCCUCAGGAGCUCCUUCCUGAAUUUCAUAGAAUCAUAAAAUUGUUUGGAUCUGGAUUUGAUAUCCCGCUUUAUCACUACCCUAAGGAGUCUCAAAGCGGCUAGCAAUCUCCUUUCCCUUCCUCCCCCACAACAAACACUCUGUGAGGUGAGUGGGGCUGAGAGACUUCAAAGAAGUGUGACUAGCCCAAGGUCACCCAGCAGCUGCAUGUGGAGGAGCGGGGAAGCGAACCCGGUUCACCAGAUUAUGAGACUCUUAACACUGGCUCUGAAUUGUAGAGUUGGAAGGGACCCUGAGGGUCAUCUAGUCCAACCCCCUGCAAUUCAGGAAUCUCAGCGAAAGCAUCCAUGACAGAUGGCCAUCCAACCUCUGCUUAAAAACCUCCGAGGAAGGAGACUCCACAACCUCCCAAGGCAGUCCGUUUCCACUGUCGAACUGCUGUUACUGUCAAAGUUCUCCCUGAUGUUAGUUUGAAUGCUCUGGAGCUGAUGGUAUAGAAUUGCCCUGUUUGUGUUCAAGUCACAGAUUCCACCCACUGGCACAAAUAUAUUGCUUAAACCAGCACAUCUUCUUUCUCCCCCCCGCCAUUGGCGUAGCAUUUUGCUCCACCGCUGCAAGGUGGUCUGGGAGUGAUCCUAGUGGGUGUAACUCAAGCAUAUGAUUGCUCAGUUUGUUCACUGACUGAACGCUUUCUUACCAAAGAAGUGUAAGCCCAGGAACAUUCUAUUAAUAGGACCAUGUUGCUCUUCAGCCUGGCCACGGUUAAUCAUUUUUUUGCUCUUACUUAACAAAUGUGGUAUGUGAGGCAGAACUCCCUCAACGGUUUGGGUCAGUGAGGUUGGGCACAGAUUCUCAGCCGCAUUGUUUCCUGUGAAGUCAUUAGGCAGUUGACUUAUUUUCCCCCCUUUGCAAAAUAUUUCACCCUUUGUGAAAUGUGCACUGGCAGAUCUGGCAGGAGUUGUGUGGAUCCACUGGAUUGAAAGUCAGACCUUUUUCUGAUUCUGGAGCAAUUGAUUGAUGUGUCCAUGGAAAUAAAUGGCAUGGCACAAAGUUCCUGGGUCAAACACACGAGAUGCUUUUAAAGACCAGUGUAUUUAUCCAGACUUCUUGUGACUGCUGAAUUUUGGUUACUGAACCUGAGCAAUUGCCAGAGUUGGCAAUUCUGAUUUGUGUUUCAUCUGUUGUUAUAACAAUGUGGUGCUUAAUGAUUAUAUGUUGUUGUUACAUGAUGAGUUUUGCACACUGCUAAGGGAGGUUUCUUUAAUAUUAAGUGAGUCCUUAAGUAAAUAAUGUCAAAGUGCAAGUGGAAGACUUAAGUCUGAAUGUUCUUCCACAUCAGAAGUUCCCUUCCCAUGGAAAACUAGCAUUUUUUAUGCCUUAUUGGCCUUCAGUCUCAGGUCCUCUGGAAUGGCACAAAACCAGGGCUAGCCCUCUAGAUGCUGUUUGGCUCCAGCAUCAGCCCCAGCCAAUGUUUAGGGAUGAUGGGGGUUGUACUCUAACAACACCCAGAAUCCCACAUUUGCAAAAGCAGCAACAUUUGGCGCUCUCUUUUAUUAGAAAAAUGGUGUGCAAGUGGGCAGGAGGUAUGAUAGAGAUGUAUAGAGUUAUGCAUGGCGUAGAGCAGGGAUAGGGAACGUUUGGUACUCCAGCUGCUGCAGAACUAUAGCUCCCAUCAUCCCCAGCAAUCGUGGCCAGGGAUGAUGGGUAUUGCAGUUCAGCAACAUCUGGAGGACCAAAGGUUCCUCAUACCUGGUAUAGAAACAGUGGAUAGGGAGGUGGUCUUCUCUCAAACUUUGGGCCAUUCAGUUAAGCUGAGCGUUGGGAAGAUUCCAGAUAGACAGAAAGAAAAUGCUUCCUCUGCAUGGCCAGUCAUCAGGGAUCAUGGGGGCUGUAGUCAGUGGCAUGUAGAAGAUGCCACCCCUGAUUUAAUGGGCCUUUCCACUUCCUAGCAAAUGACCUCAGGUGUUGGUGGGCUCCUCUUUGAAGGAGAUACUUAAGCAGUGGCAGCACAGCCAAUGUAGCUCCAUCUUGCAUUGUAGGGGAGGGAUGAACGAGAUGUUCUCAUCAGUCUCUUCCGGUUCUAUGAUUCAAAGUACAGAGGCAGUGGGUAGCUGACUGCCUAAAGCUGGAAACAUAAGAUGGGAAGGAUUAUUGCUUCCCCAGAGGCACAGUCAUGGCUACCCCUGGCCUAUAAAUGUGGGGGCUCAAGCCAUGGUUUGUUUUGUAAACCAUGAUUAGCACAAACUGUGCCUGAAAUGAGCUAAUGAGUUAAGGUUUCCAACCUGCAGGAGCCUACGUUAUAAAUAGAAUACUAAUCUGAAAGAUUGUUCCCAAGCAAACACGUAAGCUAACAGUGUGAUAAAACAGUCAAGGCAACUCAUUUCAGGGACCUCUGUUGGCUGCCAUUCACAAGUAGCUCAAGAUGUACUUUUUCCAGUUCCUGACAUCAGGAAGGCUGGUGCAAGCAGGCAUUUAUACUAAUCUCCUCAAGGCAGCAAUCAAGUCCAGUACAUAGCUCCAUUAUCUUGGAUGGUCUUCUGUCGAGAACAGCAAGAGUUAUUCUCAGCAGUGAUGCUAUGCUUUGUCUAUGGAAAACAGUGUUUCUUCCCCUGCCCUCACCCCCUUGUAAAAACACAAAAAAAGACUUCUUUUUAGUAGAUUGUCUUCAUGAUGCAUUUCAGCAGAGAGAAAUGAAUGCAUUCAGAGAAAGGGAAGGAUUUCCUUGCCCUUCCACACAAACAUGAUCCCGCUUUGCACACCCGUUGAGAUCUAGAAGAAGCUACCAUGUUUCUGCCUUUCAAGGCUCUGUCACAGUUUGAUGCCGCAGCGCAACACCCUAGAGCCACUGUGGUGUAGUGGCUAAUCUGUUGGACUAAGACUGGGCCAUGCCAGGUUAAAAUUCCAAUUUGAUGUUUAUAGAAUUAUGGAUGACAUGGACAAACAAAUAAAAGAAAGUACCGUAUUUUUCGCUCUAUAAGACGCACCAGACCACAAGACACACCUAGUUUUUGGAGGAGGAAAACAAGAAAAAAAAUAUUCUGAAUCUCAGAAGCCAGAACAGCAAGAGGGAUCGCUGCGCAGUGAAAGCAGCAAUCCCUCUUGCUGUUCUGGCUUCUGGGAUAGCUGCGCAGCCUGCAUUCGCUCCAUAAGACGCACACACAUUUCCCCUUACUUUUUAGGAGGGAAAAAGUGAGUCUUAUAGAGCAAGAAAUACGGUACUUUUUCACACAGCCCGUCGUUAAACUCUGGAACUCAUUGCCACAGGAGGCAGUGACAGCCAGCAACCUAGAAUGGCUUUGAAAGAGGAUUAGACAAAUUCAUGGACAAGAGGGCUAUCAGUGGCUCCCAUCUAUGAUGGCUAUGCUCUGCCUACCAGAGGCAAUAAUGCUUCUGAAUACAUGUUGCUGUAAAGUACAGGAAGGGAGAAUACUUUGUGCUCAGUUCCUGCUGGUGGAUUUCCCACAGACAUCUGGUUGACCACUGUGAGAUCAGGAUGCUGCAGUAGACGGGCCCCUGGCCUGCUCCAGAAGGCUUUUCUGAUCUUUUUACCUGGUGGCAGAUUUCGCAAGAAGGGGUGUGAAGGAGUUGCCCUCCUCUCUUGUUGAUGUCUGGGGUGGUUUUGACACCUUUGCCAUUCCUUGGAAGCACUCCUCUUGCCCUGCCCCAAAUCAGAUCCAGUAGCAAAACAUGGGGAAAUGUCCAGGUCAGAAGGACUGGGGGCCCUGAUAACUUUUGAGUCAAAGGGGAAGGUGUGGAAUGACCCAUAGAAGACAUAGGGAACAAGGUGGUUAGUUAGAUGCUAGGAAGCCCGAUAUUCUCAUGCGUUGUGUAACCCUUAGAAACAGAAUAACAUUUUUAUUGGAUGGAGGCCUCUGGCAGGCAUUCAAAGCCAAAACCCAACAAAAAUACAGAAUAUUAUUAAACUGCCAAGAGCUGAAUUUUUGCCAUGGAACAUUUCCCUCCUCCCUCUACCUAGCAAGGUUACUCAACAUGAUUUAGGGAUGAGAGAUUCUGUCAAUUUUGGUUUCUCUCAUCUUCUCAUUUUUCAUAUCUCCAGUUCAGUUCCUCGCAUUUCCACAUCAGUUUCCAGAUUCUUUGUUUCCAAGUCCUCAUGAAAAUUCAUCAUUGAAUGUCUCCUAAUAGGCACAUGGUCAUAUUGCUACCUAAAAACACACAUUCUUGAGAAGCAAUUCCCUGCAUUCUAAAUGUUAUUUUCACUGAUAUGUGCAUUAUUAUGGACAGUUUACCCUUGUAUAUGCAUCUCUGGGGACAUCACUGGGCUGGAGAACUGCCUUGCAAAAUUCAGAGUGAAGUGGGAAUUUCAAAGGUUAGCUUUGUUUCAGUUUGUGAAUUCUUUGGGAAAGUAAAAAUUAGGUAGGUUUGCAUUUAGAUGUGAAUUGUAUCAAAUUUAUCUCCCAUUCCUGGUGUGUUUCCAUUUCCUUAUGCUCAGUGGUAUCAAUAGUAAGGUAAAAAGUAAAGGAAAAUGACCCCUGGAUGGUUAAGUCCAGUCAAAGGCAACUAUGGGGUUGCGGUGCUCAUCUUGCUUUCAGGCCGAGGGAGCUGGCAUUUGUCCACAGACAGUUUUCCAGGUCAUGUGGCCAGCAUGACCAAACCGCUUCUGGCACAAUGGAACACCAUGAUAGAAACCAGAGGGCACAGAAACGCCAUUUACAUUCCUACCACCUAUUUAUCUACUUGCGCUAGUGUGCUUUCGAACUGCAAGGUUGGCAGAAGCUGGGACAGAGCAACAGGAGCUUACCCCGUCGCAAUAGUAUUUCCGCUGGAGAACCUUAAUAGCAAGUACUGAAUCACCAAGCCAAAAACAAGGAUUCCCUUUACACUUGGGCAGAGAUACCAUUUCACCUAAAAUCACUCUGCCCGCCCACCCCCACCCCAACCCCCACGAAGUGUGGAAUUGUAAUUGAUGUGAUGGUGAAUUGAUUUAUGUUGGAGCCAGGAAGUUUGUGCAACAGUGGAGAAAAAUUGCAAGGGGAAAACUUCUAAACUUGCUCCUAAUUUUUUGCCAUGCGCUAUCGGGAAACUGCAUUUCCCAGCUUACCAGGUGCCAGGGAGAAGGAAAGGGAAGGAACCUCAGCUUUGGGACCAUUGGCAGCCAACAGCAGAACAGCAGCUGGUGGGUAAUUGGGAGGGAAAGGGAAAAUGGUUCUCUGGUUUGGAUUAAUAUGUGAGUUUUGAUACCCACUGUGUUUCGUGGCAAGCUCAAAUUGCCACACUUUCUUUCGCACAAUCUCAGUGGCAUUCCAUAAGCUGACAAGGCAUUGCAUCCGGCCUCUCUGUUUUUUAAAAAAAUUCUGGUUGUUGGCCACCCCGUUGCAAUACCUUGUAUUGUCUUGGCAGAUGAACAUCCCACCCAGCCACCCGCCAGUCACCAGACAUCACAGCAAUAUCUAGCCGCAGUCAGUGCAGCCUGGUGACAGUAACUGAUGGGAGUUGGAGUCGCAAACAUCUGGACUCCUGGCUGGCAAAGGAUGCCUUAGAGGCCAGGUGGAUUUCCUGUUCCAGAAACCUGUUCCAGAAGCCAGACUCCUUGUUUUUCUCUUCUGUCUGUUUUAACAGAAUCUAACAAUAGCUGGUUUUAUUGGCGAUAUAUCAUACCAGGGUAGGAGAGAUCAUUUUUUCCACAUUAUCUGUCAGAUUACUCUUUAAACAAACUUGAUUAUCUCGUAAAACAUGUUUCAACAGGGCUCAGACACUGAAAGAAGCAAGUAAAUUAAGGCCCACUUGAUGCAGUUCAGGUGGGGGCAGAAUCUGGUUUAAUUCUACGGAAAUGUCAAAGCCCAAAGACGCAGAGAAUUUCAGACACCCCUUUGCUAAUCUCCCACCGAAAUUGGCAAGGACGUCAUGGCUGGCAUGAAGCAGGCACUUCGAUACAUCCAAUUUUCUGUGUGCGUGUGACAUGCAGGAAAUAUUUUAAGCCACCGAAAUAAACCUCCCUAGAGAGGGUCAGAAAGCUGGCUUGGAAUUGCUUUGCAGGAGGUCAUUUGAAGACUGCUUUGUUCCGGUGAGCCUUUGGAGACACUUAAACCUACCUCUCUAUUUUCAGAUUUAACUGAGGGGUGUUGUUUUUCUGAAUUGCUGCUACUAAGAAUUGUUACUUUAGUGGGUUUCUUUUUAAAUGGUGUCCUACUUCUUUUAAGAAAAAGUAUACAGUUGUACCUUGGUUGUCGAACGCCUUGCGACUCUAACGUUUUGGCUCCUGAAUGCCGUAAUCCCGGAAGUGAGUGUUCCGGUUUGCGAACAUUCUUUGGAACCCGAACAUCCGACACUGCUUCCACAGCUUCCGAUUGAGUGCAGGAAGCUCCUGCAGCCAAUCAGAAGUUGCACCUUGGUUUUCGAACGUUUUUGAAAGUCGAGCAGACUUCCAUAACGGAUUCCGUUUGAGAACCAAGGUACGACUGUACUUCCUUGUGCAAGGUGGUGUUAGUGUAAAGUGCAAUAAAUUAAAUGAGAUUAUUGGAGGUCUUUGGUAUUCAAUACUGCUGCAUAUCCAUAUUCACUAUGCAUAUUCAUGUAUGCAGCAUCAAAGCAACUGCUUUAAGCAUUUAAAUGCAUGGAAUUUAGCUUCAGAUCCCUGAUCGGCCUUCUAGCUCAGUCAAAGCGCUAGGAAGCUGCUUACACCAAGUCAGUCUUUUGGCCCAUCCAGCUCAGUACUGCAUAAGUAUAGAAUGGUGGCAGCCCUCUGAGAUUUCAGACAGGGAAUCUGAGAUCUUCUGCAUGUUAAACUUGAGUUUCACCUCUGAGCUCUACCUCCGAGCUGCAACCUAACCUCCAGAUAGGCAGUGCUUGAUUUCUAAUGUUGCUAUGGUGAAGCAUUCCCAGAGGAUUCCCUCCUUUGGGGUUUGUAGAGUGGCUUUCAGAGAGGAGGUAUUUAGUGACAAGUUCCUUAUAACCAUCAUGGCUAAUAGCCAUGGGGUUGAGUCUAAAAGUGUCCUUUGACUCAUGGAAAACUGUUCCCCAACUAAGCACAAGCUUCUUGCCUGACAAACUGGAUCUGAAAUCUGGGGACGUACAGGAGAUGUCGCAUUUGUUUAAUGCUUUCUCACUGUUGCAAUCUUCUUUUCACUGCCUUUUAUUCUGUUUGUUGAUUUUAAUCAUGAUAUAUUGCAUUUUAUUUUAGCAUUGCUUUGUUUGUAAACUGUCUGGGAAAUAUUUACUGGCAAGUGGCUAUAUAAAUUCAGUUUAUCAUCCUCUUCAUAAUCUCUUGUGCAAGAUCUUGCCGGGGCCGGCCCUUUCCUUAGACAGGAUGAGGCAAGCACAUCAGGCAACUGAUGCUGAAGGGCAGGGGACAGUGGCAAGGUGUUGUCAGGCAGGGCUGUGCAUGCCACAUGGCUUGAUGUUCACUCGUAAGCUAGGCUGCCACUAUCAGCUACACUGAAGGGUGCUAUCUGGCCACCAGUGGGAAAGAUGGUUCAGUCGCCAGUCUGGUCAGCUCCUGUGCAUGAAAUGGGGAACCACCCUGAUAAAUUUUAUGAAAGGUGUAGAUUCUACUAUCUGGCUCCCUCACAAGGUCUCAGGGUGCAUUCUUGUGCAAUGCCUGCGUAUUUUGAAGUCUUCCAGGAGCUCUUGCAUAGCAGUUUGCAGGAUAGCACCCCAACAAGCGUUCUUCUUGUUGAGUCGCUGAAUCCAAUCUGUGAUAUUUUUAAUAACUCCAGAGCAAAGAUGUCAAACCAGUCGACUGGUUCCAACUGCCAGAGAAACUUUCAUCUGGCCCUGAAUGCUAAUCAAAAUUCAGUUUUUAAAAUUUGCUCAUGGUGUCACUGGGGAGGGAAAGAAGCAAUAAGUCUCUGUGUACAUUAGAUAAUCUUUGUGUGUUUAUUUUGGAGAUCCGAAGGACCACCACCAAUCUGGUCUCUGAAACAAUCUUCAUUACCCAGCCAAGUGUGUGUGCUGUGUUGCCAAUGAAGCCUAUUUUGCAAACUAUUUCAGGCUGUCAUCAUUCUAGAGAAUAAAAGGGUUGCCAUCCUUGCUCUGUGGGAGAAGUUGGGUUGACAAGAGAGCCAUAGUGGUGCAGUGGUUAGAGUGUUGGACUAGAACCUGGGAGACCCAGGUUUGAAUCCCCACUCAGCCUCUAUGAAGCACACUGGGUGAUUUUGGGCCAGGCACUGUCUCUCAGCCAAACCUACCUCACUGGGUUGUUGUAGCAUUAAAGGGAGCAAAAAUAACUCCUUGGAGGAAAAACAGGAUAUAAAUGUGCUGAUGAGCAAACAAAACAUCCUUUGGAAGAUCUUGAUUUUUAGAGCUUGUAUUUUCUGUGAGAGUUUUAUGAACCACCACAUUCACCAUCUACCAUGCAAUUAAUACACACACCUCUGCAAUCCCUAGUCUAACCGACUAAUCAUUAAUCAUGUAUAUUUAUUUUAUUCUGGUUUUCGGUUUUAUAUUCUGUAAAAGUCAUUUUCAGCUGCUAGAAAUUAAAAAGCAGAGGGGGUUAUGCCCUCAUUUUAUCUUGUAUGUUUGUGACGCUGUGCUGUCCUCACCUUAUAAAUGUUUCAGGAAGAGCGAGUUAUACCAGGAAAGCCAUUCCACAUAUUUCAAUUUGUCAUGUUAAUGAAGCCAGAUUGGGUGUACAUGGGAAAUAUUAGAGGGUGGGUGGGUUGUGGAAUCUGGGUCAAGAAUGACUUGUGCAAUAGGACAUAUUUGAAUACAUUUAAAAUUGCACCACUGUAGCAUUUCUUGAAGAAUAAGAAAUAUUACAGGGAGAUUCUUCCCACAACAUGAGUAUAGGCAGUAGAGAUGGUCCAAUUCCUAUCAAUUUCCAUUCCUUAAGUUUCUUGUUUCUCCCAUCUUAAGUUAAGUUCUUUGCAUAUCUGCUGCAAUUUGUGAUUCCCGCCGCUGCCAAAAACGAUCUCAUAAAAAAUCACCAGCAAUUUACUGCAAAUGCAUUUUUGUACAUUAUCCUCACUUAAAAAUGCAUUUUUAUGUACGUUUCCUGUUAACUUAUGUAUUUUUUUCCCUACAUACUCUUUGGUAAAGAGAACCGCCUAGGAAUUUCGAAAAAGUGCAAAUUUUGAAGGAUGGCUCUGUUUUGGGUCACACGUUGGUUGAAGAAGCGAGGAACAUGUAGCUUCUCAUUGUCAGAUACAAGAAAUAUUGACUUUCUCUUCCAUCCCUGAUCGUGAAGGUCUUCCACUGUCCCUUGGGGGCUAGAGCUUCACUUUGGGGGCCUCAGCAACAAAGGCAAUUUCAAUGAAGGAGGCAAGUGGGCUACAACCACAGAUCCCAGCCAUAUUUGGGAAGAGACUCAUCCCCGCCUCUCCUUGAGCUCUUUCCUUGUAUCGCAGAACCACUUUUAUCUCCUUCCCUGGUACCCCUUGGUCAACUUGUUUCUCCCACAAUCCUCUCCCUGGAUUGCUAUUUGCACCAGCCAUGUUCCCCCAGGGUCCUACUACCCAUUACUUUCCUGAGGUAUUAUCCUUCACAUGAGUUGCUGGGAGUGCCACUUGGCAUAAAAUGUGCCAAAGCACAUCCCGAGACUUAGGUCUAAUGUGCUAGAUAAAUUGCUUCUUUAUUGCAUUUUGCUGAGGAACAAGCUAUUCCCUGGAGAUAAAAAAAAGGUGAGGUAGAUAUCUGGGAUUUCUUCCCAUUGGAAUACUGUUUUCAGCCUAGUGGUUCAAGGACUGUUGCUUACAGCCUGAGGGCCACAUCUGGUCCUGACCUCAUUUUAUGCCGUCCCUGAUAUCUCCUGGAGCUGUUCCAAACUUUUGUCCCCUCUGAGUUCCUUGCUUCAUGUUGUGUCUUCCUUAUUUUCCCCUAGCUUUUAAAAGUAGUGGAAAGGUCAGUAUUUUAUUCGAUCAGCAUACAUGGAUGUAAAAUGAGCUAUAUUGGUCUGUCAUACAAAAACAAAUUUAAAACACAUAGUGAAAAAUUAAACAUUAAAACAAACCUUCCCUAUACAAGGCAGAUGUCUUCUAAAGGUUGUGUAGGUACUUAUCUCCUCGGCUCGAGAAUCACGUAACUCCAAAAUUUUCUCAGGUGAAAAUAAAGGUAAAGGUAAAGGGACCUCCAGACGUUGCUGACUCUGGGAUUGUGGCGCUCAUCUCGCUUUAUUGGCCGAGGGAGCCGGCGUACAGCUUCCGGGUCAUGUGGCCAGCAUGACUAAGCCGUUUCUGGCGAACCAGAGCAGCGCACGGAAACGCCGUUUACCUUCCCGCCAGAGAAGGUAUUUAUCUACUUGCACUUUGACGUGCUUUCAAACUGCAAGGUUGGCAGGAGCAGGGACCGAGCAACGGGAGCUCACCCCAUCUCGGGAAUUUGAACCGCCAACCUUCUGAUCGGCAAGUCCUAGGCUCUGUGGUUUAACCCACAGCGCCACCCCCGUCCCAGGUGAAAAUAGGGACGUCCUAAAGACAGGCGGGACAUUCCAUGAUCAAAUCAGAAACUGGGGAAACUUCUUUAAAUUUGGGAUUGUCCUUGGAAAUUAGGGACACUUGGAGGGUCUGGAAUGAGGUGAAGCUGCUGAAAUAAUGAAUCCCCCCAAAUAGACAUUGCUGCCUUGUAUGCUCCUCUGUUAAUCUGGUGCUGAAGGGUGGUGGGAGUUUUGUGAGUCAGUUCACCUGCUGUUUGUAUCUCCGGCAUCACUCCCCACCUUUUUUACUCACUUCCUUGCCAUUCUUAUACUUCCAUGUAUAUCUAACUCAGUUCUUGUCUACACUUCUGCUUUCUAGGCAUGGCUCCGAGCAGUUUUGCUCUCUCCCCACCACUUUCCCUUGGAAAACCUGCUCUUUGCUGCUGAAUUGGAACAAACAUCAGUCUGGAGAAAAGCCAAUUGAUGUUUGCUCCGAUUCAGCAGUGAACAGAGGGUUUCUGUGGGGGGGGGGAGUGGAAGGGUGGAUGAGCCCUUAGGCAAAUCAGAGUUGCCAACAGGAAAUGCGUGGAGGCUGGAAUGAUUUAUGGCGCAUUUCGGAAAUAAACAAAUCCUUUCUCUCUCCUCCCUCCCUGGCCCUGUAUUAUCUCUCAUGCGUGAGAGUGAUAAGGAAAGAAACCAGCCUGCCAUCCUAAUGAUGAUGGAUAUUUUGAAUCAGCUGAUCAUGGUUCCAUGUUCUGCCAGACAUCUGACUGACAUCUCUUCAGCUUCAUAAAUUGGCCAAAUCACUUGUCGGAAUUCUUUUCUGGCUUCAACAGUGUUUCUUUUACAGACUUAAACAAAAUAUUCUCUCACCGUAAAUUGCUUCAUUGCAGACUAACGGCACCAGUGCCUAUCUCAAUAAUAAAAGCAGCCUCGCGGGAAGAAUCUGUAUUAGUGUCUAUACACUAAUAAAAAAUAAUAAUACACUGGCCAAUAGGGCAUCUGGAUAAUGACGUUCAAGACUUGCUUGCUCUUUGUGGUUGCUUCAUGCUUUUGAAAACAUCGCGGCCUGCUGUCAGGGAUAGAGGUUGGUCUGAUAUAUGGCCUGUGCCAUAAGCCCCUUGGUGAUGUCAUGGAGGGGCGUGUUUGAUCCUGAGCAAGAGUGGGAGGAGCUGGACAAUCUAGGGGAGGGUCCUAGUGGGUUGGGAGCGAUGUCUGAGUCUGAGCCAUGGGGAAACGUUUAGCUUACUUCUUCUAAACUUCCAUAGGCUACACUGUUGUGUUUUUGCAGGGUGUGUUUCUCUUUGAAUUGCCUGUGUUUUGUUCAGGAGAAGCCAGACUCAAAAGAGAAAUGCAACACUGACAUAACAAUUCCUUAGAGAGUAAAGCUCUGUUUGCGCGCGUCUUUUUUGUUUUUGUUUUUAGUGUAAUGUUCAUAUACAGUGGUACCCCGGGUUAAGUACUUAAUUCGUUCCGGAGGUCCGUUCUUAACCAGAAACUGUUCUUAACCUGAAGCACCACUUUAGCUCAUGGGGCGUCCUGCUGCUGCUGCGCCACCGCCACACGAUUUCUGUUCUCAUCCUGAAGCAAAGUUCUUAACCCGAGGUACUAUUUCUUGGUUAGCGGAGUCUGUAACCUGAAGCGUAUGUAACCUGAAGCGUCUGUAACCCGAGGUACCACUGUGUUGUGCAUAGGAUCAUAGAGUUGGAAGAGACCCUGAGGAUCACGGUACAGGAAUAUGCAGCUGCCCCAUACAGGGAUCAAACCUGCAGCCUUGGCGAUAUCAACACCUUGCUCUAGCCAACUGAGCUGAAGGACAGAAAGUGGGUGUGAAUGCACACUAGGAAACAGCCUUAUACCAAAUCAGACCAUUAGUUCACCUGGCUCUGUAUUGUCUACACUGGCUGGUAGUGGCUCUCCAGGGUUUUGCACCCGGGGCAACCACCCCUGUGCCCCCCCAUGCUACACCACUUGGUUUGCCCCCCCUUCCUGCAAACUUUGGGUGUUAUGUACUUGAGGGGUCUGCUUCUUGGGGGCGAAUAGGCCAAGCAGCGGCUUGUGGUCAGUCACGACGGUAAAGGGGCACCCAUACAAGAAAUUGUGAAAUUUCUUUACUCCCUUCACGAUUGCCAGGCCCUCUUUGUCUAUUUGCGAAUAGUUCCUCUCGGAGAGGGUCUGGGGAAAGUAAGCCACCGGCACCUCUCUUCCAUCCGGAAGUUGGUGGCCUAGUAUGGCGCCAACACCAUAGGGCGAGGCGUCGCAUGCCAGCACCACCGGCAACCUCUCGUCAAAGUGCACCAGGACCGAGUUCAAGAUGAGCAGAUCUUUGACUGCUUGGAACACGGCCUCCUGGCACUGCCCCCAUACCCACAGGGCCCGCUUGUCUAACAGUCUGUGUAGGGGCUCCGCUACCGCUGCCUUGUGGGGUAAGAAGGCAUGGUAAAAGUUUAAUAGUCCCAAGAAGACCUGGAGUUCUGCCUUAUCCUUAGGUGCCAGGGCGUCGCAAAUAGCCCACAACUGAUUGGCCUGCAGGAAAAGACCAAUCAGGCUCCAGGAGGGAAGCAGAAUCAGCCAAUCAGAUGGGACUCAUUGUGUAAAUAAUGUAUAUAAAAGCCUAGGUUUGGGGGGCAAUCCAAUCACUGAUUUACAAGCUGCAAUAAAGAGCAUGAAAUCACUACAGGACUCUGAGUAUGUUUCAUUGGGUUCCCCCUAAGCCUGCCAAUACCUCCCUGUUGUGUGUGGAUGAUGCCUAUUUGACUGCAGUAUGAUCCACACUCUGCAAAUGUGUGUACUAUUCAUGUUACAGGAUGUCUUUGAUUGCAGCCCAGUCAUGGGACAUAUGUAUCUCCCACAGUUGGACCUUUUCGGUUUGCUGAGUCUCUCUCUUCCUCUUUCCUCUCCCUGAAAUCUCAAAUGUCACCCUUGGGCAAUGCCACAUUUGUUGAGAAUUGUUUAGCACAAUUUCAACCUUGGAUUAAAUGCACCCACGCCUGCCCUUAGAAAGGUAAGCCUUUGUCAGUAAAGAAAAGGAGCUAUGAAUUCAUCAUCACUACCAGAGUGCUACAGGGUUGAGAUUAAAAAUAGCACCUCCUCCUUUGUUAUUCAUCAGUUACAAUUUGCCUGCCUGGAGGUAGGGGGGGCGGGGGGAGGGAUGCUACAGGAGAAGCAGCUGCUAAAGGGAACAGAUUUGCACAAAUGGAUUGUGCAAAGCUUCAGUUGGUGAAUAAUAAUAAUAAUAAUAAUAAUAAUAAUUAUACCCCACCCUUCUGGGUUUCCCCAGCCACUCUGGGCAGCUUACAGCAUAUUUAAAACCAUAAAACAUCAAGCGUUAAAAGCCUCCUGAUACAGGGCUGCCUUCAGAUGUCUUUUUAAAGUUGUGUAAUUCUUUAUCUCCUUGACAUAUGAAGUUAGGGUGCUCCACAGGGAGGGCGCCACUACCAAGAAGGCCUUCUGCCUGGUUCCCUGUACCUUUGCUUCUCGCAGUGAGGGAACCAACAGAAGACCCUCGAAGGAGGACCCUGGUGUCCGGGCUGAGCGAUGGGGUGGUUGUGUAUAUUGUCACUCAGCCCUGCCUCCAGCAAGCUAUUUGCCACCACUUUCAGGGUUGCUGAACUCUGCUGACCUUUGAUGCAGGACAAGCUUGGAGAAUAGGGUGGUAGUGGACGUAUCUUGUCUUUUUCUUUUCUUUUGCUGUUUGUUAUGUAUAGGGUGCUAUGGCUUGUAUCCAAUUCUAUUCUGAGCAGACCCAUUGAAAUCAAUGGAUCUAAAUUAGUUGUGUUCAUUGAUUUUGUUUUAUUUGCCUUUUUCUAGGCUUUUUUAAAAAAAAUGUUUUUACUGAAAGAUUUUAAUGGAUAACAAAGGUACGCAUAACGUCUCUUGAUUUCAAUUCGGAUGUCAAUAGCGCAUGACCUUGCGAAAGGGCAUUGCAGAAAAAGUUAAUAAAGUGGAAUGAUAUGUGGAUGGUCCGUUAUAAAUCCACCACAAAUGCAGUUGUUGCAUCAAGGGCAUGUUGCAGAGUACACUAGCCUGGUGGGGUCCUUAAAAGCAGCCACUGAUAGAGGAUGAUUGGAUGGCCAGGGCGUGGGGUAUUUAAAUGAUUCUUCCCCCAUUCCUGAAGCUGCUCUAGGCAUCAGUGGGGAGGGUGGGGGAGAGACAGGCACCUGUGCGCUAAUGAUCUUUUUCCCCCCAAUGGAGCAAACAAAAGAGACCUGGAGAGGAAGAAGAAAUCAUUUCUAGAGAAAGAGGUCUAUAGCAAAAACAACCAACAGCAACCAUGCAACUUCCCCAUUCACUUUCAUAAGCACUCGAUGAUGGGCCAUUUCAGCAGGACUGCCCAAAGCAUUUCCUACCAUACAUGUCUAGGAAAGGAAUUCACUGCCGGCCCUUUACCAUGGGUCCCAUCGCCAUUCUGCACGCGUGGGAAAAAUGCCAUUCUCAGUCCCUCUGCCACAGGCGUUCUGCUGGAACCAGCUGUGGGAGCUUGCCUGGAACUGCUACCUAGGCUCACGGUCUGAGGUUGUUCAGCUCGCCCGAGAGUGACUUGUUUGUCAGGAUAUGUUAUUCGAAAGGGAGUGGUUGGGAAAGGCUUAAAAUAAUACACAGCAGGCUGCCAAUCUGCAGAACAAGCUGGAAGUCAAAAAUAGCCCAGAGAAAAAUCCCCAAAGGUUGCAUUUAGCUUCUGCUAUUUGGCUAUCUUUCUGAGGGCACCACAGAAAGUUGUUUUCUACUGGCAGUUGAAUAUGGAAGCCCGGAAGGGUCACCCCAUUCCCACCCCACCACCAUAUAUAUAUAUAUAUAUAUAUAUUAUAUAUAUAUAUAUAUAUUGCUGGUUCAUUUUUAUACUUCUAAAUUUUCUUCCCCCUGACUUUUUAAAAAAGUCUUUUCAUUGGGCUCUGUUGAGAAAUUCUAUAGUGAAGAACAUGAAAACUUUCUGGGAAGAUGCAGAGCCUUCUCUCUGGUAGCCCCCAGACGACCAUGUAUGACCAUGACCCUUCCUCCUGGAAGAAAUGUAAAACUUAGAAACUUCAAGCCUGUCUUUUCAUGCUGUUUUCUUAUUGUGCUGUUCAUAGUAUUGGAAUGAAGUUUUUUUUUGCUGAUUGAUCAUUUCUUAGUCACCUCAAGAAUUCAUAUUUUUUUUCCAAAAAAUAAUAAUAGGAUCUAGUGAGAAAUAAGAAGACAGGAAUAAUACAGACAUGGGAAAUCUCUGCACCACAGCCAAAGUAGGCCCACAGCUAAUUUGCCCCAUGGGCCACUUUUCCCAGCCAAAGCCACCUGCCCCAGGUGUGGGGCAGGUAAACCCAUGGCUGCAAGGAACAAUUAGGAACAUUAGACUACACUCAUGAUUGUUCCUCUGCAAGUGGGGUUUGCGUUCAGCACUGAAUUUAAAUGAAGUUCUGAAUAUAAGGGCAGUGGGAUCAAUUCUGCUUGGGAACGCCCAGUCGGUACUUGCAAAGUAAACCCAUCCCAGCCGCAAGUGGGGCUGGCAUUCAGCAUCUUCGUUUGCGGACACGGCUCAAUCAAAGCUGUUCCUGCAAAGCAAGAAAGGAAAGAAUCAGGAGCACACCCCUGAUUCUUUCCUUUGAAGUUGUCACCAGUCCUCAUGGGGAUGAAAGGUGCAUGGCCCAGCCCACCUGUCAAAGCAGCCCGUGGGGCAGGAGGUGAACUCAGGAUCUGUCUCUUCAACCUGUUCCCCAACCAGGGAGUAUGAUUAAGACCGAUAAAUGAUAGCUGCGGAGAUUCUGUCACUUCUUAGUUUGAGCAUGAAACUGGCGGUGAUGUCCCACUGAGGAAAUAUGUAACUUCCAAGCAUUUCAGAGGCCUAGCAAGUUGCAAACAGCAAGCUUGUGGAUGAGAGCAUUGCUUUUUAAGGCAGGGGGUUGUGUGCCCAUUUGAAGCCAAACUGAGUACAGCUGUUGAGGAACUGUCAAAGGCGGAAACGUAUUAGCGGGUGUUAGUUACAGGGAACCAGGCAGAGGGCCUUCUUGGUAGUGGCGCCCGCCCUGUGGAACGCCCUCCCACCAGAUGUCAAAGAGAACAACAACUACCAGACUUUUAGAAGACAUCUGAAGGCAGCCCUGUUUAGGGAACCUUUUAAUGUAUGAUUCAUUACGGUAUUUUAAUAUUUUGUUGGAAGCCGCCCAGAGUGGCUGGGGAAGCCCAGGCAGAUGGGCAGGGUAUAAAUAAUAAAUUGUUGUUGUUGUUGUUGUUGUUGUUGUUGUUGUUGUUAUUCCUGAUGGCACUACAGACAAUAAGGAAGUGUUGGGGCAGGCUGAGUGCUUUCAACUUGAACCUGGGAAGCAUGAGAAUAAUAAGUCAGCAGUCUGAGCAAAAGCAUGUCCUGAGGUACCCUAAUCCAUGCCUGUAGUGAUGCAUGAGGUAAAAACAGGAAGUCAAUUUGGCAACACAUAUCACCAUGACUACUCAGCUUAGCACCACUGGGCCAAAAUCUGCCAGGCUAUAUGUGCCUUCAACAUGAAUGAGUGACGAAAUAUGAAUAAAUGGGCUGCUGUAGUGCUUAGAGAGUAUAUGAGUUAGGAACAAAGAGAGCUAUUCAAAUCCCCACUCAGGCUGACGGGAAAUGCUAACCACUGCUUCACAGUGAAGAACCUUCCUUUUUUUUAAAAAAAAAAGUUUUUCUUAUUAAAAUAAUUCAACAUUAAUACACACAUAUUGUGAAUAUACAAGCAUACAAACAUACAUUUCAUACAGUCCUUAAUAAUGUUCAAACAUACCUACACUCAAUCCCACAGAUUCUUUCCUUUUCCCAUCGCCAUCAAAAUAUUGAGUGAAGAACCUUCCAGAAUGAUUCUGCCCAGCCUAGCCAUUGGGUAGAAAGGACAUCCUGCCUCAGUGGAACUUCUCUUGAGCAACAGGUCUACCUGAGCUUAGCCUACAAUGCAGAAUGAUAAAAUCUGGUGGCAGGGGGAACAACCAUGUCCGCUGUGCUGUGCUUCUUAAGAGGAAAGGCAGAAUAUGUUGCACAGUUGACUCAUCCAGCUUAGUACUCUCUGUACCAAAUGACUCUCCAACAUCUCCUGCUGAGGCAGGGUCAGCUUCAAGUUUGAGGAGGCCUAGCCAAGGAGCCUUCUGGAGGCCCCUUCUCUAUCAGUGUCAGCCUGCCCCAGCAAUAGGCUUCCCUGGGGACAGUAGUAGUAAAUUUCCCAUAAUACCCUGCAGCACCUGGCAUAGCACUGAUGCCCACCUGAUGCCCAGGGCAAGUUCCAAUGAAUCCUGCUGGUCAUGGACUAUGGUCUUUUCCAUUCCUCCUCCUUGAAAUUAUUUCAACUGGGAAAGCAAGGAACUGUUGUGACCUCUUCUUCAAGCUAGGGAUUUGGAGUGGAUGAGAGAAUCGGCCUCUGGACCAUCCCCAAAUCUACAUAACAAAUCAGAAGCACGAGAGGAACCUGACUGUAUCAGUUCCGUUCCACCCUGGAAAUGUCACAUUGCCCUUCAUUGACUCCUAAGAACUACUGCUUAGAAACCCUGAUAGGAUCUUACUAUAGCAGGCUGGGCAUCUUCAAAUGAAGAGGCUCCUCUCGUGACAGCACCGGCUACUGAGACAGAGCUGCAUCUCCCAGUUUAAGGAUGACCUCUACUGAAACAACAUCCCAGCUCUUAUGGAACCUCCAGCCUGAGACCUGCAUGGAGCUGUCCAGGGUGCUGUUCAGCCUCAUCACACUUCAUUCUUGUACUAGAGGCUGUGACUCAAAACAGAACAGAACCUGGAAUGGUACAUGUGCAAUAGAUGGGGCGUAGCAAGGAGCUAAGACUUUCCCCACGACUCCUGUUCAACAUUCCUUCCACAGAUGCCACAGACAUCCCAGUUCAGGUCUUGACACAAAUACACAAUUGGAAUUGGGCGUGGGGAAAGAGUAGGAAUGUGCUUGUUGGUUCCACCACCUUCGUUGUGUUUGCUCAACUACAUCACCUUCUGCGGGUCAGAAGGGUAAGCCCAGAAAUGGGAUCCUGUCUAUUUGCAAAGGCUCCCUUCAUGAUUUGAACACAGCACUCUGACAUUCUAAAUUGUGCAGAGGAAGUAGAGUAGGUUCCCUUCUACAGACGUUUCCCCUCCCAGUGCCAACUUCUGGAGAGCAGUGGAAGAGAUUAGGGUAGUAUGCAUGUUCCCAUUCUCUUCAUUGUGCUAUUCUGUUUGGGGAUGGGGGAUGAAUUCCUGAGCAGUUCUAAGAUGCCAUGGACUUGGGGGUCUUCUUAUAUACAAAUUCUUCCUCAUGCACACACUCCCAAUCACAUGGACCGGAUCUUUGCUAGCAAAGCAUCAAAGCAGUUUUCAUUAUAACCCGUUUUUAAAAAAUCCAGCAUAUAAACAGUUGCAAUUCACAGCAAUAUGUGCAGUUUUGAAUUAACAGUCUGGUCUUGUAUGCAAAGCAGCCACAGACAUUAAAUAUUUAAGCACCGACAAUUAUCCACCGGAGGUUGGAAAUAGAUAUAAUUUUUGGAUGCAUCAUGGUGUAAUUAAACCAUCACAAACAAUGCUUCCAGUGCUCUGUUAUUAUUGUAUUAUUGUAUUAAAACACAGCAGCCACCUUGCAACAUGUAAAUUAAAUGCAUAGUUUGGUCCGCCAGUUGACAGACUGUCCCAAAAUAUUUGCAUGAUAUGUCGUUAAUCAUAAAAAGACCUUCAUUCCAUCCAGGCAUUUGCAGUAUUUAGAAAAUGCAGUGUUUAAGCAACUCGUUGAGGGCAGGCAUGCUUAGCAUUCAACAGUGCCUGGGCAAACACCUGUUCCUAAAGCAUUGCAUAGACAUCAGUUCUUUGCUGAGUCAAGAUAGUAAGAGGCCUGUAAAGGGCAGCUUCCAUGUGAUCAUAUCCUUUUGGCAGGCAGGUUUAGUGUGUGGACUCUCCAUGUUGGCAGCUGUAAAUUCUAGCGUGGUUUGCUCUGGAUCUUCCUGAUAAAAGUGGAGCAUUUUCCACAGUGCCAAGUUUCCUGGGGACGACAGUUGGUGGCGUGGAAGUACCCGUCACGGAUCCACAUGGCAAGCUUCUCAGAGACUUUUGUUACUUAUUUGUUUGGAUUAAUAGCUCCUGCCAGCAUAGUCUGUAAACAACUUAUAAUUAAAGUCAAGAGUGACGCACGGCGUCCUACUCUUCAUGAACUUGCUGCCAAUUAAAAGCCCAACUGAGCACCGUAAAACAAAUGUCAUUAAGGGCGAGAAGGCACAGGAAGAGCAGAACAAACUCAAGCACUUGCUUCAUCAGAUCUGCUGAAACACCAGCUCUGUGAGCCCUUCUCUCUCAACCAUUGCCUGGUAGCAGCCAGUAAGGCUGUCUACAACUCUGUCUGUGAUUCCAUCAACUCUUGUCUACAAUUCAGUUGUCAAAAGCCCAGAUGAAAUAGAAAAGUCUAGAUCAGCCUUCGCUACCCUGGUGCCUUCCAGACAUUGGACUAUGGCUUCCAUCAAAUCUAGCCAGCUGUAGUUCACACUGUGCUGCCUGGGGCUGAUGCGAGUUGUAGUCCAACAACAUCUAGAGGGCAUCAGGUUGGCGAAAGCUGGUCUAGAGUAAGAACUGCCCUGCUGGAUCAGACCAAAAGCCCUUCUAGACCAGCAUCCUGGUCCCACAGCAGCCAGCCAGAUGCCUAUGGGAGGCAGGGCCUGAGCACAACAGCACUCUCCACCUUGCAUUUCCCAGGCAUUCAGAGGCAUAUUGCCUGCUACAGUGUCGUUCAGGGCUUUAGACUGAGGCUGUUUCUGUCCCAAAGCCCCAUCAGCAUCCAGACUGAAAUGACUCCAGGAGGAUCCUGAAAAAUUCUACCCUAUUUACUCGGAUUUUAUCUUAUAAACAACAAAUGAAAAUACACAGGGCUCGCUCUCCACAAUGUGAGAAUUGCCUUUCCUAAUGAUCUUAAGCACAUCACCGACUUCUUAUUAUGUCUCUCCAGGAUUGCUUUUUUUGUAUUGCUAUUAUUAUUAUUUUCCUAUUAAUGUCUGUGCUCUGCUUCAAUAAAAUCUUAAAAGCGCAUGCACACCCACACCCACACCAUUGGGUCUGGGGUGUUGCUGCUUUUGCAGAAGUCACACAUCACCACCUCCUUCAAGGUGGACUCUCGCUCACACAGAGAUAUCCUCACCAUACCCACUUACCUUCUGACUGGGAUAGCUCAGUUGGCAGCGCAUGAGACUCUUAAUCUCAGGGUCAUGGGUUUGCACCCCACAUUGGGCAAAAGAUUCCUGCAUUUCAGGGGGAUUGGACUAGAUGACCCUCCUGAGCCCUUCCAACUUGACAAUUCUAUUAUUCUAAACCUCGCCACGUAGCUUUAGUAAGCUGCAAAGGAUAGGAGGUGGAGAGUGUGUGUGUUUGGCCACUUUGGGAGGGGAAAACUAGAUUUGACAGUGCACUGUAUUCCAUUCUUUGGUACCUCCCAGUCUGGAUCACCCUUUCAUCAUUUCUGCUAUGUUAGUUCAGCUGAGGAACAAUGGCCAGGGAAUCAAGACCAAAGUAUGACUUGAAAGCUACUUCCUUGCUGAAGCUAUGCAGGUCUUGGCCUAGUUGUGGCCUGGUUGGUAGACUGACUGAUAAUCACAUGUGCUGCUGUGUGUUCUAUGACGGAAGAAAGGAAUGUAAUGGUAAAGAAAUAAAAAUAAAUAGAUUCAAACCCAGGCCUUCCACAGUCAAAUCUAACACUCUGACCACUUCACCACACUAUUUUUGCAAUAGGUCAAAGGAUGCAUCCAUUUCAGGCCAAAUGGUUUAGAAAAACAAACCCAAGUGUCAGUAUAAUCUUGGAAAGGUGGUGGGAGUGGAAAUUCCUCCCUUCUUUUAGGGAGGACAUUUUGUAGUCUUUAUGGCUGUGUUUUCCAUUCUCUCUUUCAUUAGUUGUGGCAAAGCAAAUGAGAAAGACAGCACUCUAGUUGUCCUUGAAUCAGGACAUUUUGUACCCCAUUAAAGACAGCAAUGCCUAAAGCCUUUCUAUUCGUUCUGAGUAAUGUGAACACUCCCUUCACCUGCUUCAUAGGGAUCUCACGGAGCUAAGCUGGUAGGAUUUCAUAAGUCAAUAUCACUAACAGCAUUCAUUCAUCUUUGCCGUUUUGCUGAUGAUGAUGAGAAGAGAAUUUCCAUGUUUUAAAGGAGCAUGUUCCUAAUCGCUCGCUGUACCGGUGGCAAAUUUAAAAACUUCCAUAAUUGCCACUGAUGUUAACAGCAUAGUGGACUAGGCCCUGUAAUACAUUACCCUCCGUCUCCUAUAGGGAGGUUAGCCAGUGGGGUGGCCUUCAAAUGCUGCCAGACUAUUCGUUCCUGGAAGCCCCAGCUGGCAUGGCCAGUGACCAGGGAUGGUGCCAUUACAUCUAGAGAGUACCAUGUUGACUUCACCUAUCCUAUGGAGCCUGCCAGCAAUAUUUGCAGGAGUUAUAGAAGGUUAGCGAUGGUCAGUCCAGUCCAGUUGGCAUCCUGCAGUUGAAUAUGGGUCACAAUUCACCGCUUCUGCACAUGCAUGUGACUUCAUUUUGAGCGUCUGUGCAGGCGUGAGCGGUGAAACCCGGAAGUAACCCUUUCCGGUACUUCCGGGUCGCCGCGGGACGCAACCUGAAAAGAUUUAACCUGAAGCAAACGUAACAAGUGGUAUGACUGUACCAUCUUUUUGGUGUCAGGUUAAGCCUUUCCUAAAUGUCAGGGCAUUUUGGACAGAAUUUUUACCGGUGCUGUUUUUGUUCUUUACUUUUGUGUCUUUAUCCUGUGCUUUACUUUUGUGUUUGCUCUGUGUAUGCUUGUUUCACGGCAUGGUGGCGUACACACUGCAUGAAUUGUUUUCACUGUUUUGUACACUAUCCUGGAAUCUUCUGAUUAAAAAAUACUUUGAAUAAAUAUAUGAAUAAACAUGUACCAUUUCAAAAAUGUACCAUUUUCAGCAAGAAGUAAUACAGAUUCUUGCUGCUGUUAAUAGGUUUAUUGUUAAUUGUAAAUCCUAGAUUCAGUGUCCAGCUUUCUCGGCAUGCUCUUCAGAUGCCCCCAAAGGCAUGUUUUCUCCCAGAAAGGUAUUGUGGAACGGAGUGGAAAGUUCAGUUUUCUGUCACAUCCCCAAAGUACCAUUUGAAGGUGCUGGACAAAAUCUUAAACCUGCAUUUGGUGGCAGAUGUACAUGGUCAACUACAUUGUGCAACCUUUUCCAAUGAUUGCUAUGAGACAGUGAACCCUUUGCUAAAUCCCUUCUGAUUGCCAUUUUCAAAAUCCCUGCUGCUAAAAACAGCCAGGACGUUGGAACUCUGACUUUCCCCUGCAUGAGCAGAUUUCCAAACGUAAUCAAAACAUUGCACUUUGUCUUCAUGAGUGGUGACCAAAUCGUCUUGGCUAAUGCAGUGUGACGUUCCCCCAUAAAUAAAAUGUCCGCUCUAGUCUGUACUUAACUCUGAUUGAGCAGCUCUUUUGCUGAGACAAAUUGCUCUGUGUCCAGCCCUGAGAUUUGGAAAUGAAUGGAAUGUUUCCCUUCAGUCUUUUUUUUAAAAAAGGAGAUCUUAAGAGCAGCUUGAUGCCAAACAGCUACCUCACAUGACACAACCCCGAGCUAGAUGUGUUUUUUGAAUAAGCUGAGGCAAGAGAGAAACAAAGACAGUUUCAAAGUUCCAGGCACCUCUUCCAGACACAUCUUCUGUUUGGUUCCUAAGUCCCACUCAGCAAGCGAGGAAAGGCAAGAGAGAUGAGGUCUCAGUGGGACUGUGCGUCAUGCAUGGUGACAACACACAACAUACUCAGGGAAAGGCCAUUGUGCCAGAAGGACCCAUGCCCACUACUACCCCAUCGUUCUGCCCGGACACUGAGGUCCAGUGCCGAGGGCCUUCUGGCGGUUCCCUCGCUGUGAGAAGCCAAGUUACAGGGAGCCAGGCACAGGGCCUUCUCAGUAGUGGCACCCACCCUGUGGAAUGCCCUCCCACCAGAUGUCAAAGAGAAAAAUAACGACCAGACUUUUAGAAGACAUCUGAAGGCAGCCCUGUUUAGGGAAGCUUUUAAUGCUUAAUAGGUUAUUGUAUUUUAAUAUUCUGUUGGAAGCCGCCCAGAGUGACUGGGGAAACCCAGCCAGAUGGGCAGGGUAUAAAAAUAAAUUAUUAUUAUUGUUGUUAUUAUUAUUAUACCAGAAUACCACUGUCUCCACAGCUGAUAUGACUCAGUUGAGUGGUGGUGAUUAUGGAGGAAUGACCAGACCCAUAUGGUAAGCAUAAACUCAAUGGUGGAGCUGGCAUGAUUCAGAAACCUGCUGUCAGGAGUGAGCCGGCAGUAAAUCACACCAUGCAAGUUGGAGUUAACUCUUUCUUAGCAAGAACAUGAUUUGCACAGACUUGGCAGAGUGUCAGGUCAAAUGAGCACAGCAGCUCAUGCCCCAUGGAUCAGUUGUCGAGAAUGAAAGUUCCCAUGUCCUCACUGCUGUCUAAGUUUCCUCCACUCCAGCAACCAGAGACUGUGCCUUUGUGAAGUCAACCUCCCCUCCACCCUUUUCAUGCCUCUUCUGGUUCUGGGAGACAAGGGUGGGGAGGGAGCUUGUCACAGCAGGAGGAGGAGACACCUGUGACUCUUCACCAGCCUGACUCAUCUCUGCCUCUUGGCCUCCCUAAUCCCACUCUCCUGCUUCAGCUUUUGCCUCUGAUUCUGGACUUCCCUGUGCCACUGACUCUCCUAGCUCACUAAGCCCCUCUUCUCACUCAUCAUCAUCCCACCACCAAUCCUCAGGCUCUGAGCCUUCUUCUCUCGGUGGUUCCUCCCACCAUUCCUCUGCAUCAAACCAGUCCCUGGCAUCUGCACUAGCAAGUACAGGUCAGGUGUACAAGCCAGGAGCUCAGCUUGGCAUGUGCCUAAGGCAGGCAGGCAAGCGACCUGAUUACCAACCAAUUGAUAUGUUUCCAGGACCCACUGUUUACUUUGUGAUGUCAUUUCUUUCAACCAUAAGUUUUCAAAACUGGUUUUAAUAUUGUAUUUUAAAUUGUGGCUCAUGGUACCACUGGGGGGGACUUGUGGUCAGCUAGCCCUAAGGCCCUGCCCUCAAAACCCAGAGCUGAUUCUGUUGCAUAUCCAGCACUCAGAAAUCCAUUCAGUAUCCGCCACUACAUGCAAACAAAGAAGGGGCCUCAGUAAUGACAAUUCGCCUUUGAGUGUGCUUUCCAUUUGCAUUUACUUCCUAUGUGGUCAGUUGCACCCAUCUCCCAGUCUCUCUCACCAGCCACAAUUCCUUGGAGUGAUGGAAGUGGGAGUAUGAGACAUCUUUUGCCCUGAAACUUCCACAUUCCUCCUUCCUCUACUUCCUUUUCCCAUUCUGACUGGUUCCAAUGUGUAUUGAGAAUAGGCACCUUGCAGAUAGUCAGGGAUGUGCUUAAAAGAAAGGGAUGUGCUUUACUUCGGCUGGCAGUGGCAUAGCGUGACUGCAGAAACAUGGCAAAUAUUUUCUAGGCAAAACUGAUUGGGCUGGCAGCUAGCUGUUCCUGAGAUUCAAGGCCCAGGAGAAAAACGUUGCUUUCAGGAACAGAGGAACGGCAAACGCACAGAUCCCAACAGUCUAGGCUGCUAAAUAGCACGCUGUUCAGAACAAAGUGUUUCAGAUAAUUUGAUUUAGUAAAAAGAAAGAUUUGCAUCCGUGCAUGGCGCCAGCAGAUAAUAGAUUGCUCUGCUUUAUUUCUCACAGGCAGUUUUUGUAAAUAUCUAUAUGGUAUGCGGUAAGGUGAUUAUGUAAAUGAACUUUAGCAACUUCAUAUUGGCAUUUCUUCUGAGCAUGUUGGCAGGCAGGGUUUACCCAGCGUAAUAAUCACGUGUGGGACUUUGGUUUACUCUAUGCACCAGGUACAUCUUUGGAGGAAGCUGGACAAGGCUAUGCAGCCUACAAGCAGAAUUCUUAAUUUGGGUAGAGGUUUUAUUUAGAUUUUGUGCGUGUGCGCUCCCUCUCUGCCCUGUUGUGUCUGGAGAAGUGCACUGUGGCUAAAGCCAGUUUUAUCAGCCUCUUGGGUUAAAAAAAAGAUGCCAUGGAGGAUAAGGCUUCUUGGGUCCCCAUAGGCAUUUGAGUGGCCACUGUGAGAACAGAUUGCUGGGUUGGGGGAGAGGUUAUUUUAUUUAUUUAAUUUUACUAUAUAUUAAAUUUUUGUACUGCCUUUCAUCCAAAGAUCUCAGGGCGGUUCUCAGCAUAAAAAAUGCAAAAUAAAAAUACAUAAUAAGAAUGAAAUUAAAUAUACCUGCCCACCGACAUUUAAAAGGACCUAGAGUGUUAAUCAGCCUGAGGCCUGGUUGAAGAGGAAUGCUUUCACCUCAAGAUGUAUAAUGAAGGCACCAGGUGAGCCUCCUGGGGAAAGCAUUCUACAAGAAGGGAGCCACCACAGAAAAGACCUGCUCUCAUGUUGCUGCCCUCCGGACCUCUUGUGGAGGAGGCACAUGACGAAAGGUGUCAGAGGGUGAUCCCAGGGUUCAGGUUGGUUCAUAUGGGGAGAGGCAGUCCUAAUAAUAAUAAUAAUAAUAAUAAUAAUAAUAAUAAUUUUAUUUAUACCCCACCCUCCCCGGCCACAGAGCCAGGUUCAGGGCGGCUAACACCAGUAAAAUUACAAUAAAAACAUAAUAGGGGGCGGGGGGAGAAAGAAAACCAAUUUAAAAUAUGGGUUAAAAUACAAUUUAAAAUUCAACAUCAUUUUAAUAGUAGCCCAUGGAUCAAGACCAUAAGGGGAGGGAAACAUAAGGGUCAGACUGAGUCCAAACCAAAGGCCAGGUGGAACAGCUCUGUCUUGCAGUCCCUGUGGAAAGAUGUCAAGUCCCGCAGGGCCCUAGUCUCUUGCGACAGAGCGUUCCACCAAGUCGGGGCCAGUACUGAAAAGGCCCUGGCCCUAGUUGAGACCAAUCUAACCAACUUGCGACUUGGGACCUCCAAAGUGUUGUCAUUUGUGGACCCUAAGGUCCUCCGCGGGGCAUACCAGGAGAGGCAGUCCCGUAGGUACGUGAGUCCUAGGCCACAUAGGGCUUUAAAGGUCAAAACCAGCACCUAGAGGCAUUGUGGUCCUAAGCCAUGUAAGGCUUUAUUGGUCCAAACCAACACUUUGACUUGGGCCCAGAAACUAAUUGGCCUGAUCCAGCAGGCUCUUCUUAUGUUCUUGUGACCUCUUUUUAGCCUGCCACCUCUCUUUAAAUAAAAUAAAAAAUAAGAAGAAAUUGGGGGGGGGCAAAUGACUAAGCAACAACUGUGAAUCUAACAUCUGCAGUCUCUGCUCCAUUUUGAAAUGGUGAAGGCAAAACAAAGGAAAAUAUCUAGCACAGGAACAUAUGCAAAGCUCUUAUGCGAAGUCAGGUCCUUGGUCCAUCUAGCUCAGCAGCUGACUUGGCAGUAGCUUCCCAGGAUUUCAGGCAGGAUUGUAUCUCAGCCAUACCUGGGGAUGCCAGGGGUUAAGAUGGAUAAAACUUUAUUUGCAUUAGCUAAUGGCCAAAGCAACAGUAAAACAUUACAGUAUAUGCAGAAAAGGGAAUUUGAUAUAAGAGCACAAUUUAAAGUCCUGAAUCAGCUGUCAGUUAGUGGCCCUUAUUCUGAUUGCCCCUGCUGUGAGCCUAGCAACUUUUGCUGUUAUCUGCUCAUUUUGAUCUGAUAGAAGAAAGGCCAUUGUGGCAGUGGUUGAGCACCCUGGGAUGGUUAGUACAAGUGGGGUGAUGAUCUCGUUCCUCAGGUCUUUGUAGAGAGUACAGGACAGGAGGACGUGUGCCACUGUUUUGGUGCUACCAUCUCCACAGGGGCAAAGACGUUUCUCAGGUGGGAUCUUUUGGAAUCGACCCUCCAGUACUGCAGAUGGCAAAACAUCCAGUCUUGCAAGUGUAAAAGCACAUCUGUAUUUUGGGAUAAUAAGUUUGUGCAGAUAUGGGGCCAGAGAAUCAAAAUAGAGAGGUGGAAAAUGAACAUACCAAGGGUGAAAUUUGGGACCUUUUGUGUGCAAGGCAGAUGCUCUGCUUUUGCCAUACUGUGUAUUCAUUAUAUAUGGCCAGAUUGGGUACUUUGUACAGCUUGCCAGAAUAGUUGCAGGUUUUUAGAACUACCUCUGUUUGUUUGUUUAAAAAAGAAGUAAAUAUCUGGACCAUUUAGAUAUAGGGGGGAAAUCUACAGGCUUGUUUGUCACUGUGGCUAGUGAAUUCAACUUUCGGAUCAAUAAACUGGUUAAUAUUUUCACCUCCAACAACUUUGCCACAGAAAUAAAAGCAAGUGUGUUUUUAAGAAGUAGGGGAAAAGCAAGUGGGUGGAGGAACAGGUUCCUAAGCUCAAAAUAUGCCGAGAUUAAAGGCCAGGGAUUCUGCUCCAAAUAUUACAUAUCUAUGAACAUUUCUGUGCAAGGUGUAUAAAAAAAUUCAAGUCAAUAUUUGAGUCACAAACCCCUUAAGUAGGUGGUGAGUGGAAGCAUUCAAUGGUAGUCGGACUAUUAAUGGCUUUUUUGAACACGCCUGAGAGAUGGUGACUCAGGCUCUGUAAAAUAAAUCAUGAUCUCUCUUGACUCCGGGAGGUAUAGCAGAUCCACAAAGUGCUUCACAGGGGGAGCAGUAAGCCAAAGGAAGUCGGAAGUCUGAAAUGGAAUCAUUAGCAGCUCUAGAAAUUGCCUUCUACUGAGUCAUGCCAUCAAGCCACCUAGCUCAGUGCUAUCUCUCGUGAUAAGCAAGCUCCUUCUGAGUUUAGAAUUGGGUUGACAAUUUUGAACCUCAUUAGAAAACAUUUUUCGGAGGAGAGAAUUCCUCCCCCAGCCGUGGAGCACUGGUGGGCAGAAGGUAAACCAUCCUGGACCCUGAGAUCAUCUUCUGAGGCUCUUCUUCAUUCAUGUGCCACCUCCAUAUGAGGUCCAGAGAGUGGCAACACAAGAACAGACCUUUUCGGUAGUGGCUCCCUGCUUGUGGAAUGCUCUUCCUAAGGAAGUCCGCCUGGUGCCUUCAUUAUAUAUUUUUAGGCUCUUCAACCAAGCCUUUGGCUGAUUUAUAUUCUACAGCCUUCUAAUUGUGUCUGUGGGAAGGUUUUUGCGGUCUGUUUUGCGGUUUUGUUUUAUUUAUUUUCAUGUUUUUGUCCUGUAUUUUAUUCUGUGAACUGCCCUGAGAUCUUAUGUUGAUGAGCGAUAUAUAAAUAUAAUAAAUAAAUGCCCUGUAUAAAUAAACCACAGCAGCUUUCAGAGGGACUGAGGGUGAGCAAGGCAUUCACUGGCAAAAGAGAUUGCUCAAUGACAAGUUAAAGCAGGUUUCCAUUCCAGGAGUAUCUCAUCACAGUCGGUGCCCUUGACUGUGGAAAACCAGCCUGUACUUUGUGCAUAGAAUAAAGACCACACACUGGCCACAGAUAAGAGAUUACAAUUCAAAAAGGCAAUUGUUUUUGCUUCAGUGCUGCUUUCAGCCACCAGCAGAAUUUGCAGCGACCUUGCGCUGAAACAAAAAAGAAGAAGCCACAUUUUGCCUUUGUUUAUUGACUGAACAAAUAAUAGCUUAUUUCGGAAGAAAUGUAGUAGUAUCGUACAUAUUUAAUAUAUUUUGUUAUUGAAGCAGAACUGCAAGAUGUGUCAAUAUAAGUACGUAUAUCGAUUAAGAAUUCAAAAACAUUAAUAUACAUGAAAACCCUAUAAAUAGAAAACUGGUUUUCAUUUAUUCUUUUUAAAUCAAUCUUAUUAAGAGUUUUCAACCUAAAAUGCAAUAAAAGCCAAACUAAUCUAAAGAAGAUAAAUAGGGAAGAAGCAAAAAUAAGGAAAAAGAAGAAAAUAAAGACAUAGAAAAAGAAGAAAUAAACACAAGAGCCUCUACCCUAAUUAUGUCUUAACGCUUAUUCCACACACAAAAGAGCAAUCCCUCCGAGCUCUCACCUGGGAAUAAAUUUCAUUUAUUCAGCAUCUGUUAUAUGUGAUUUUAUUCUAUUCCAAUCCUUGUUUUUCCUAUUUAUGUAUUCAUCCAUCAGUUUUAUCAACCAUCUUUCAUCACAUAAGUCAUCCCUGGGUUGUUUCAAACAUAUAAACCAACUCAAUUAGAAAUGCAUUUAAAUAAAACAACCAAUAAGAAUUAAAACUGUACCAUAGCAAUUUGGAGACCAGUAGCAAUGGAAGAUCUCAUUGACGAACCACUACAACAAAAGGCAGGGUCUAAAUUUUCUAAAUACAGUGGUACCUCGGGUUACAUACACUUCAGGUUACAUACGCUUCAGGUUACAGACUCCGCUAACCCAGAAAUAGUGCUUCAGGUUAAGAACUUUGCUUCAGGAUGAGAACAGAAAUCGUGCUCCGGUGGCGCGGCAGCAGCAGGAGGCCCCAUUAACUAAAGUGGUGCUUCAGGUUAAGAACAGUUUCAGGUUAAGUACGGACCUCUGGAAUGAAUUAAGUACUUAACCAGAGGUACCACUGUAGAACAAAAAUAGUAUUAUGUUAGUUCAUUCAUGUUCUGUGCAUGUUAAAGCUGGCUGUGAAAUUAUUAUCUUUCUUUUCCCUGUAAAAUAGCCAGGACCGUUUUCAGCCAGUAAAUGGGGCAGGGGGCAAUGAGGAUAGACUGGCUUAAUCUCAGUCUAUUCUUCCAACAACCCUGUGAGGAAGACAAGGCUGAGAGUGACUGGCUCACGGCCAUCCAUUGAGAAUUUCAUGGCUUCGUUGUGUUUUGUUCCUAAGCCUUCAAGUUCAACAUUCUGGCUACUGGACUACAACAUUUCCCCAUUUGAAAUGGCUCUACCCCUUCCCCAUAGAUUGGAUAUCUGUCCAGGCUCUGGGAAGGAGCAAUCAACUGAUCUCAUUUCUAUAAAACCAGCCGGCUUUCAUUUGGAUUCCAUUUCGUUCCUUUAGUUCCUUCUGUUUUAUACACUCUCUCUGUGUGUGACUUCUAGUCCCAUUAUCAUACUUUUAUGAGGAGCUUUAAAUAUUUUAAACCUCUGAAGGCCAGAAUGGGAAACAAGCUCUGGAGGACUUGUCCUUAGUUUGUAUAAAGGGAGGUUGUGAUGGCCACUUUUUCUUCCUUUCCAUUUCUUGCUCCCCUCAAUCUGGCUGGCUGCCUAAUCCAAACGAGGUCAGGCGAGACGGAUGAGUCACUGGUGAAGAAGAAGUAUUAACUGGUUAUAAAUAUUACCAGCAACAGUAACCUAUCAUUUUGCUCCACUGUUUGGAAACUUCCAAAUUUAUCCCUUAACCAGAGUCAAAUUCAACACGCACAUCAGGGCCAAGUACUCCCGCAGGGAGCAGGAAGAGAAUUUAUUCAGGGUUGAAUCUCACACUGAAAUCUGUUGCAAAUGCCUGCGUUUUCUAUUCUGUUUGCAGAGUUUUGCAUAGAUUAGUGUGGCAUUGAACAUUUAAAGGUCCCAAGUUCAGUCCCUAGCCCCCCAAAAGGGGGGUGGGACUUUGGAAAUCUGUUGCCAACCAGAGUUUACAGUUAAUGGGCAAAUAGUUUGAGCUGAUAUCAUUGUUCCUAGCUUGUCUGCAUUUAGGUCAUCCCUGACAGCUAAAGUUAAAAUUUGCAGCUUCCUAUGCCAGAUGCAAUUAAUUUGACAGAGAAAGGUCCUUGAAUGCCUCAACUAAAUCUAUUGUACAGACUAGCUGCAUGUCUAGCCUGUCUCUGAGGUUUCCCUCCCUCCAAGUUCCUCUUCAGAAAUAUUAUUGUCAAAGUCAUCAACAUUUUAUGAACUCCCUCUCACCAGCCCCCUCUCACUAAAAACACACUUUUCUGCAGGGAACAGUGUUCUCAGUCAAUGCCUCUGUAGUGCACAAAAUCCACAGAAAAUAAGCACGCUGGUUGCUAUGUGCAACUCUCUCCUGUGUGUUAUCUUGUGAAUAAACGUGUGACUCAUUCAUUCGGCAUCACUCUUAAGCCGUACAGAUUGGAGAAGAAUGGCUGCUUGCGGGCAGGCUAGGGUGAUGCAUGACUGAUAAGCAUCGCUCUGUGGGUAGGAAAUAAAGAAGCAAACUCCACCACCAGAUAUGAAAAUGUUUGGUUGUCUUGCAGAAUAAAUGUUCAGCAAUCCAGCUUUGGCGGUGAGAACAAGUCACAGAGCAGCUGCUUCCAUUUCAGAUAGUUGUGUACCUGUAGCCUUCAAACCACCAUUCCCUGGUAACCCAUCGAUCUCACUUGAGGCUCUCACUUGCAGGGAGUGGGAAUUCAGGUGAUAAAUCUGCCUCAUAAAACAAGAAUGGGGGAAGUUCUGGCCCUCCAGAUGUUGUGAGACUACAGCUCCAGCAUAGGGAUAGUAGCCCUCCCCUCCUCUCAGCUGCCACCUCAGGGGGAACUGAAGGACCAUCUUGCCCUGAGAGGAAGGGAGAAGAAUCAGUAGCAGCUUUUUCUAGAGGAACAAGUUGCCCUUUUCAAUUCCUUUGUAACCUUUUCCUUCUAAUUUGAUGCUUAUUUUUUAAAUAAUGCCAUGUAAACUGCUUUGUGGGGACGCGGGUGGUGCUGUGGGUUAAACCACAGAGCCUAGGACUUGCUGAUCAGAAGGUCAAUGGUUCGAAUCCCUGCGACAGGGUGAGCUCCCGUUGCUCGGUCCCUGCUCCUUUCAACCUAGCUGUUCGAAAGCACAUCAAAGUGCAAGUAGAUAAAUAGGUACCGCUCUGUCGGGAAGGUAAAUGGCAUUUCCGUGCGCUGCUCUGGUUCGCCAGAAGCGGCUUAGUCAUGCUGGCCACAUGACCCGGAAGCUAUCUGCGGACAAACGCCGGCUCCCUCGGCCAAUAAGGCGAGGUGAGCACCGCAACCCCAGAGUUGGUCACGACUGGACCUAAUGGUCAGCGGUCCCUUUACCUUUACCUAAACUGCUGUGUGGUUGGCCUGAAAAGCAGUAUUGUUGUUGGCACCUGUCUUUCUCGUCAAACAAUGGAAGUGCACCUCUAGGAGUGAAGUCAAACUGCAUAGCUGUCAACCUUCCCUUUUUUUUGCGGGAAAUUCCCUUAUUCCAGUGCCGUUUCCCGCUGCUAUCCCAGAUUGUUAGAUAUCCUGUAGACUUUCCCCAGGACAGGUGAAGCUGCUGAUCCCUUAUUUUCAAAUCUGAAAGGUGACAGCUAUGGUCAAACUGCUAGAGAAUCACAGUACCUGCUGUGGCUACAGAGGCCAGUAACUCAAAACCGUUGCCUCCUGGGCUGUUUUUGCUGUGUUAGAAGCGCCGAAGUGACCUCCCCUAGGUGCAAGCCUGGGCAGUGUGUAUGCAGGUCCUGAGCUGCCCAGACAACAAGACCCCGCUCUCUGCCUUGCUGAUGUAUCCCAAAGGAAAGUAGAGCAAGACGUUUGGCACCAGCUUGGCUGCAGGAGUUGUCAAAAGGAGGCGUACAAGGCGCCAUCCAACCAUCUUAGGGACUCCACUUUGGAUUUGAGUAGGGUUUAAUCCUUAGUCUUUUCUUCUUCCGUUGCCUUGAGGGACAUCUUUGGGGAAAGCAGUAUAUCAACACUGUAAACAAACAAACAUGCCCAAUGGCCAGGGGUGAUGGGAGUUGGAAUCUCCUAACCUCUGGAGGGCCACAGGUCCUGACACAACUUGAACUGCUUCCUGCUUGUUGCUGGCUUAGGUUAAUUGUUAAAAACAACAACACAAUUUUGUGGUCAGCAGGAACUGGAGCCAAAGCUUCACUUUUGGAAACAACGUGUGGAACAGUCCUGUGCAGAUGAGCCACUACAGGCAGCAGGUCAGGGAUUGCAUAGUUAAAUGCACCUCUCCAUUAAACCACCUUAAACAGCAGUAGAUCAUUCCAAACCUGUUCUUUGGUGUGCAAAUGCGAGAGCAUUCAAAUAUGCAGUUCCCCACCUGCAUUCCACAGUGGUACAGUCUCAGGAGGCCUGCACUACAUCACACACCAUUUCAAGGCAAUGUAGGUCAACUCUUGCAUGCUUGAGUGAUCUAUCCAUGUUGGACCAACUGAGUUCCCACCCCUCCCGUGUGUAAGAAACUUUGGCACUCUUGAACCUCCUCCUUUCUCCUCUUGCUGCAUUCUAUCGCCUGGUUUUACUUUAGCUUGGAUAUUAUGCACAGUUAUGCUUUUGACAGUUAUGUAGGACAAGAAAAGAACGCGGCAAGCAAAAGGGCGGGGGGUUGCUCUGAACUUCGGCAAAUUUGUACACUAAACUACAGCAUACCCAGUCCAGUAUUUGUCAGACAAAAAUAGAAGUGAUUAAUUUUGCAAACAAAAAUAGCAUGCUGUGCUGGCCUAUGAUACAUUUAUUUCAAGUCUCACCCCAGUAACUGUGAAAGAGUGCAGUGGAAUACCAAAAUGUGCAUUUUGUGAGGGGGGGCGGUUAAAAUAAUGCAAAGUUCCACACAUAGAAAAGAAAAUUCACAAACUGUAGUGGAAACAGGAGCGAAUGAACAUGAAUGGAACAUUGCAAACUCACAAAUUGGUGUAGUUUAGUGGUAGAGAAACUGCGUUGCAUGUAGAAGGUGCAGUCCCUGAAAUUUUUGGGUGGAAGUGGAAAAGACCCCUGUCUGUAAGGCCAAUAUCAGCCAGUGAGGCAAUACCAUAUGGACCAAAUGGCUUGAUUCAGUAUACAGCAACUUCCUAAAUAGACAGAGCCAUCCACCCCUAAAACAGAGACAUACUUUUAAUGUUCUAAGAACAAAGCUGCUUCUCAGAAUUCUCGGAAUCUAAUAGCAUCGUUUACAGAGCAAUCUUCUGGCUGUUUGCUCAGAAUUAUCUCCCACUGAGUUCAUCGGAACUUAAUCCCAGGUAAAAUGUGCAUUGCGCUGCAUCCUUAGUCUAGUAAUUCAUCAUUUUCUCAUCUCAUCCUGCAAAUUACAGAAGAGCAGGAUGGGAUAGGGAAGGAAACAGAACCUUUUGUAGGCCACAUGAAAAACAAAUAUGCUUUUUCUUCUGGCUUCAGAAGGAGAAAAAAUAUGGCAAUGGACUCAAAAUUUGCCUUUGCAUGUGGGCUUUCCUGGGGGGGGGGGUGCGUGCGUGUUUUAAUUAAAAACAACAGCAACCUAUAAAACUCAAAACAGCUGCAAAUCUGCUGAUUGCUUGGAGAAAUUCCCUGUGUAGCCAACUCUUUUGAAAGAAGAGGAAGAGGAAGCAUCUGGGGAAAGAGAUACCCUGAAUUAUAAAAGGACUUUUAAAAAUUAAUAUACAGAAGAGAGAAGAAGGGAAGAAUGGGAGAGGGAGGGAAGAGCACGGAAAUAUUUUCUGCACUGUUUGUUGAUUGCCCCAGUGUUGAAAACAGAGUAACGUCCUUUCUUGGAUCAGACUAAAGUUCCUUUUCAUUCAGUUUCCUAUUUCCAACAGUGACCGCAAGAUGCCUUGUGAAACACACAAGCAGCAGGACAUAGAUGGGCCACUGAGAAAACAGGAUAGUGAACUAAAUGGGCCUGAUCCAGGAGAGCUCUCCUUAUGUCAUCAACCUCCCUGGUAUCUGUACAGGCAACUCCCCAUUUAAGCUGCCGUUACGUUACGAGGCACCUCACGUUUCAGUGAAUUGAUGUAUAUUUGAAACACCAUAGGAAAAGCCUGCAAACACCCUCCAAACCUCUGGAAACCCUUGGAAAACCCUUUAAAAAACAGCAGCAGAUGCCAAACUCCACCACCAUUGCUCCCUCUAAACCUCAUUGCUCAGACUCCCAAUUCUCAACGGUUGGUGCAAGGGCUCAUGGGAGUGCGCUUGCAAAGGUUUGUGGGAUUGCUAGGCACUGUUUUUGCACCUUUUUGCCCUUUCUGGGCUCUUUGAGGGCCAUUUUUGCUAUUUUAAAAGUCACGUCUGGGUUCAGAGCGACGCGCAUAGGUGCACGCCAAUUGGACGCUUGUAAAUUGGUCGCUGCUGUAGUUUAAUUGAAGUACAAGGAAAGAUACCAUGAGGCAACUCCUCCUGUGCGACUUUUUUCAGAUUCGGAAAUGUUCUUCAGAUCAGAGAAGUGAAAACAGUCCACCAGCAGCGGUGAGGUCAGCUCAGCACUGCACACACUGGAAUUACAAAGAAGGUCUAAAGAUGCCCGUCUAUGAGGCACAAAAACCACAAAGGGAAGAAAACAUAAAAGAAAUUGGAGGGGCAAUUUCAGCACAGGAGCACCCUUGACUUUCUCCUGGAGCUUGUUUUUAAGCAGAGUGUCUGCUUUUGACCCAGCAGACACAAGGGCAGCCCGCUCUGACUGACAGCCGCUCUCUCAGGGUCUUGUGUUGUAUCUGAACUUCCUGACAGCAUUGACGCAUUUUCCAGACCUUUUUCACUGUAGUUUCUUUCUUUUAAAAAGGGGGAUAUGGGAACUGUAAUGCUGAAGAAGUUCAGUUUGUUUAUAUAAAUAAAGCCUUGACUGGUAGGGAGAGCGUGGAGCAGGCUCUUGAGCAGAACCGUAAGCUGGGGGAAAUGGCAACCAGGACUGAGUCACAUCUCGGAGCCACGAGACAGGUAGAGGCAGGGAAGAGCUUCACCCUUGCUCAAAUCCCAACAGGAAUCAUGGCUGCUGGUGGAGGCAGAAGCAUUGGUGGAGCAGAAGUGGAAUCGGAGCGAUGGAACGCUGGCCAAGUCGGCGCUUCCAUUAGGCAAACUGAAGCAACUGCCUCAGGCGGCAGCCACAGAGGGUGGCACAUUGGUCUUGCCCCCUGCUAGACCUGCUGCUUCCCUCUGCUGGGUUACUGUCCUAGGGUGAGGGGCUCUAUGUCUCCCCCCUGCCUGCCUCACUCUAGCAAGAGUUAAGGGGGCCCUCAGAGCAAAGCAUUCUGGGUAGGGUGGCCAUGAAAGCACCUGCACCACAACUGUGGUUUGCUUUGGUGGCUAAUGGAGCCUAAAAUUAGGGGGGGGGAGUAAUAAUGUGAGAGGGGUAGCAGAGACAGGAUAAGAGGAAGAGGAGUGUGGACAGCAGCUCAGGCAGACCAUUUUCUUGCACUAGCCCUAAAUGCUGGGGAAAAGUAGAAUGAAAUGGAUCGUGCAACUGCCCAAUGGUUGUUGGCAUGCAAUAUUUGGGAUGGGGAAUUUGGACAGUUUGGGUUUCUUUUGGUUUCCCAUUUUUCCUUCCUGCAGAUCAGUUCUCCACAUUUCCACAUCAGUUUGCAAUUCUUUAUUAUUAUUAUUUUUUUUUAAAAAAAGAAGCCUGAUGAGAAUCCACGCCCAUCCUAAUGCAAAAUUAUCCUAUCAUUUCAUUCUAGGCAAUUUUGCCUAAUGUGCACAUUUUCGCAAAUCGAUUUCCCCCAAUGUAUUGCAUUUUCCCAUGCAUUUUUGCUCCUGUAUGCAUUGCGAUGCACACCUUAAAUUCGGCAUAUGCAUCGUUAAGGCACGUUGCUUGAAUGGAGACCUGCAUUGCAAAAUUCGGAUGAGUCGGGGUUUCUAAGGAGGCUUGUUUGAGAUAGUGCAAACUGGGCAGAGUCACCUUUAAAUGUAAACAGAGCUGAGUUUCUCCCCCAUCUCUACUCCAUACACAAAGUGGUGUCCUUUUUAACCAGCUCUGAAGUCGGACCACCUCUCCUUACUUUGCUCCGCCUCUCCGGUUCUUCUUCCAUGCCUCCCGCAACUCUUACGGUUUCUGUGGUGUGCAGUGAGUUGUUGAUCUUUAGAAAGGGCGGGCAAUUAACCUGCUCUGCCACCCACGCACAUUGCUGGCUAAGUCAAGCUGAGGAAGGGCAGAAGCCAGACGUUUGUACACAGCAGCAAAUAUUAUUAACGGGGAAGGGGUUGGUGGCCACAGGCUUUAGCCUCUGCCUGCAGCAUGUCUGCUAAUUCUUCUUAGGAGGCUGACGAGAUAAAGAGCAAGCACUAAAAGAGAAGAGUGAGGCAGACUCAGCAGGAAAAGAUGCUUCUUGCAAUGCAUAAAUGGCUUUGCAUAACUUCACAGAUUAUACUGACACAGACAAAUCCCCACAAAUUUCAAGUAUGAUAUAUUAUCUAGAGCUCACUCACUGAAUGCAGUUGGACCACCAGGUGUUGCUCUAUUUGUUUUCUUGCUUGCUUGUUUCAGAAAAAUUUAAACACUGCUUGAUUGUAAGGGGAAAGAAACCUCAAAGCGAAUUACAAAAUAUAAAACAGUAAAAUCAAGAAAGAAUUACUUUCAAACAUACAAAAGUUAAAAUGCUAAAAGAGAUUAAAAUCACCCCAACUUUCCAUUUUGAACUCCAUUUUCCGAGUCCAUGAAAAGCCUACCUGCUGCAUUUCUGAAGAUGUUAAUUUCAGUUACAAACUCGAAUAUCAUGCUCAAAUUUGCACUGCACCAUGGAUUAGGUUGGUCUAUCUAUCCAGUUUCGGAUAAGGUCUUUAGAUCAGGUAUGGCCUAGGCAGCUUUUGAUUCCAAAAGCUGCAUAGAUGGUAAUUUUUAUUUAAGGUUGGUUGUACCCAACUACAUUAGACUCAGAGUAAACCCAUUGAAAUGAAUAAUCCUAAAUUAGUCAUCUCGAAUACCAUAACUGGGUCGAUUCUGAGUGGGAUGCAGCCCUGUGUGUUUAUAGGUGAUGGACUGGAUCAAAAGAGGCUAGAGAAUACAGAGUGUCUGUUGCCUUGGUGCAAUACACAUCAGAGCACUUUCUGCCUGAGCAGAUAAUUGACAAACAAUUCAGAAGUCAUUAAGUCACCCUGCAUUUAAAUCAUUAAGUCACCCUGCUAUUGGAGGACACUUAGAUUCUUUAAGGGUAUGCCAAAGAUAGCUGGCAGAAGUCAUGAAGUUGCCCUCUUUUCAUUUCUCUCUUUUGCAGCAUAAAAGCAGCACAGCAGUUAGGAGAGAAAGCUGGGACAAUUAUCUAAGGUGUUGAUUUGUGUGGUAAGAUCCGAGAGCAAUGUUAUGUACCAGAAGGGGUCGAAACUGCCAUAGUUAGUGCUGGGGGUUGCUAUUUGAUCCAGAUUGCCUUGAUUGAUGAACCUACCUACUUUCUUUUUAAAGAUCUUUAUUUUGCACCUUGAACGUUCAGUAAAUAAUAAACUAAGACAAAAUAGCAUACCUUACUAUGAACCAAAUCAUGUGCAAGGUUGUAUAUUUCCUAGAGGUAUGUUGCUCAAAAGCAACACAGCAACAAUAUUUAGCAUUUUCUGAUCCCAAAACAGCCAUCCUUUGCAACUGGCAAUUGUUUACAUUUCACAGAGCAAUCUGUUGGUGAAUAAUAGAGUACAAAAAUGCAUUAUACAAGGCGAAAUUGUUUGCAGAAAUGUGUAUAGUAAGCAAAACUGCAUACAAAAAUACAGUGGUACCUCGGGUUAAGUACUUAAUUCAUUCCGGAGGUCCGUUCUUAACCUGAAAUCGUUCUUAACCUGAGGUACCACUUUAGCUAAUGAGGCCUCCCGCUGCCACUGCUGCACGAUUUCUGUUCUCAUCCUGAAGCAAAGUUCUUGACCUGAGGUACUAUUUCUGGGUUAGCGGAGUCUGUAACCUGAAGCGUCUGUAACCCGAGGUAUCACUGUAUGUGUACAAGGAGAAAUUAGCACUAAAAUACUAAUGAAUUUUCAUGAGGACUAGUUUCUAAGAAAAGCAAGGCUGACGUGGAAAUGUGGAGGACAGAGCCUAAGAGCAGGAAAGUGAAAGACUGAGAGGAACCACAAUUGUCAGACUUGCCCAUUCCCAGCCCCGGGAUAAUUAUAAUUUAGUGUCUAACACAAGUUACUUGGAAAACGUCUUACAUCAAAAAGUGAGAUAGAGAUAAAAUUAAAGUUGUGCAGGCCCAGGAUAGAAGAAUCCUCUUGGCUGUCAAGAGGUUAAAAACCUUUAUGUUGUAUUAAUUCUCCCUGAUCCUAAAACUCCCAAUAAGCUGUUGGUUUUACAACAUCCAUUAUGUAUAGCUGUAGGUUUUAUUCAACAGCACUGAAAUUUAUGAGGGGGGAGGGACACAAACAAUAAUCCUCCAAGCAACAUUUUGCUAUAUUAAUCAAAAUAUUGCGCCUAGAUAAAAAAUAAUCUUUCACUUAACUGGCCUUGCAAGAUGAAAGCAGAAUUCAAGGUACAUGAGAAGAAACUUCAGGAAAAGGGUUAAAAAGAGCAAGGCUGGUAGAUUUCAAAUUUUGCCCCACUGAUCCUCUCCAGGGUCAAGAAAGAAAUGCUCUGAGCUUCACCAGUUGUAACAAAACAAAACAAAAAAUCAGUUCGCUGGGGAAAAAGAACUCAUUGCAUUGGCUUCAGACCCAUCAGGCAGCAAUCAAAAUGGCAGCCAGCUAUCUAAUGAGAAAACUGUACUUCUUUACCCCAUCGAUAUGCACACAAAACAAGGGAGGGAAUUCAAUGGAGAUUUCUCCACCCCAGCUAACUUUUGCCUUGGCCAAUAGAUUUUAUGGUGCUUUUCCCUUGAUAGAUUGGAUGUUUGAUUCCGAUUUGGUUCGGUUCCAGUUGAGUAUUUAAAACUUACUUGAGAAUAUAUUGGUUUCUGGAAUUUUAGUGACAAUAAAUUGAUGGAGUGGGGAAUAACUUUUGUCUCUGGGAGAGUGAUAAAAUAGAUAUAUGCCAAAGAAUAUUGAUGCACAAUAUCCUGCAAAAUAGGAUUUGGAAAAGGGAACAACAGUGUAAACUCAGCUGAUGCUGGAAUCAGAAAUCUCUGUAUGAAGAUUAUAGAAAGGAAAUCUGAGACGUUGGAUAAAGAGAAUAUUGGUGAUAGGAUAACAUGUUACAGAAACUUUAUUGUGUGCACUUUAUUUCAGUUGUAUUUGCAGUUUAUUUUUUAAGAAAGCAGUUGUAUUGGCUGUUAUAUGACCACCCACACUUACACACUUUGAGAACCUUGCUCUUUCAACCAUUGGGUCCAGUUGUGGAAGGCUGGUGGUUUUUCAGGUAAUCCCUCCAUGCUUUUUGAUAGACUACAACUCUCAUUACCCCUGACCGUUGACCAUUCUGCCUGGGACUGGCGAUGUCAGGGAGGGCUGCACUGAGGAGGAAAGGUGGGAGCCUUCCCCUCCCCCUGCUCCCGAUCAAGAUCCUGAAUCUUCCCAGGAGCAGGAGGACAGUAUAGAUUUGGAACAGUGGUUUGCAGAGGGACAUAGUUUAGAAGGCAGAAGCUGGGAAAUACUGGGUGGAGAAGCACUGGGAGAGAGAGUGUUAACAGAUUCACUGCCUCUGGAAAGCCUUCAUCCGCUCAGCCCAAGGUCAAGAAGAGCUGAUAAGGUGGCAGCACAAAAAGCACAGUGGUUGCGAGAUCAAGUUACAAGACACAGUAGUGACGUGGGUGACUAGGGAGGAAGUGGGUGGAACCCUUAAUUGGGAGCACCGCCAUUCCUAGGAAAUGGAUUCUUUAUUCUCUCACUGUGAUCAUUAAAGUUUCUAGCUGGUAAGAAGACUCCUUUUCCUUUGUUCUGCUUAUCUACUGCCAAAGGGGGAAGAAGCUGAUUCCCUGAAGCCUGACAGACGUGAGUUGUAGUCCAAAACAUCUUAAAGGUGGUAGGCAUUACUUAAAAGUAAGCCCUACAUAGUGUCUUGUCCAGGUUACAUUCCAGAUCUGGAGAUGUGGCUGAUAGGCUGCAGAGAGCCUCACACCCCUGCCAGGAACUGUGUGGCGUUUAACAAAAGUCACCUUGGCCAUCUCAUCAUAUUCAGGCAGGGGUUGCUAUAAUGGGACCUAUCAGAGGUUGCUAGAUUCCAACUUCCAUCUGCCCCAGCUCGUAUAGCCAAUGGUCAUGGAUUAUGGGAGCUGCAGUUAAGCAAUAUCUGGAAGGCACCACACUGGUCACCCCGAAUGAAAAUAACCCAUGCCUCCCACCCAACACACUCAAAGAUUCCUAUGAACUUCACCCAUGGCCCCUUGAAAGCAGCUGAAAAUCUGCUUUCCCUGCAGACAAAUGGCCCUCCCACAGUGGAGAGUGGUUCAGAAUACCUUUAGCACGUAUUCCCUGAAUGCAUGAGCCUUAACUUCAUUGGGGUGUUCAACCUGUGACUGGGGUGUGCGGCCUUCAGAGAGGGGUUCUCAUGCGACUGAAUGUUUCCUCGUUCCAAAAAAGAAUAUCCCUUCACAUAGAAAACUAGGGGCCACAUUCAACUAAGUCAUUGAACUAACAGAAGCCGGCAAAAUGAGUCCCACUAGCACCAUGGGACUUUCCCCCACUCUCUGCCGCACACCCCAUGUCCUCCCCAAAUCUGCUUAGGAGAGUUGGGAGAACCACACAGGAGGAGGAGAGGGGAGAUCAUCCUUGUGCAGAGACACUUGUGCUGACAGAGUGAUCACCUUAGUGUGAAGUUGAAUUCCACCCUAGAUAUCCAGGGGAAGACUUCUGGGCUAGUGCUUUGCUCUGGUGUGUUGUUUUUAGGAAGGAACGUUCUGUUUUGCGCAUCAUUACCUGCUGUUUGAAUUGACAUCACCCAGACACAGAUUUACCACCACACUGAGAACUAGACCUAAAUGGAGAUUAACAUCUGGGGGCAAAGCCUUUCCUGUGCUUAUGUUAGUCCGCAGCAUACCAUGUACACAGAUGGCAAUAUCUAAAUAGUAAUAAAAUUUGUGGCCUAUAUUUCAAGUGGGAUUUGGUUGUGUUCUUUAAGCAUCGCUAAGGAGUGUGGUGUUCAACAGCUGAUGGGGAGAAGCUGGAAAGCCCUGUUGUAUCCCUUGGUGGUCUUCAAAGGCCAGAAGCCAUGUUCCUUUACGAAUGCCAUCCACUCUGCUUAGUGAAAAAGAUCUGGCAUCGGCCUAUCAGGGUUGCAUCUAUUCUAGAUUUUUAUUUUAUUUAUUUCAGUGGGACUAAUUGAAGGGUUGUGAUUUAAUGGGGUUGCAAAAUAGGCUCUCUGUGUGUAUGUGUGACAAUAAAAUAUGUUUACUGUAGAAAUAGCUAUUUUAUAGACAGCAGAUUUUCAGACGCUAGGUGAUAAACAAACAGAUGUCUUGAUUAUAAACAUGAGUAAACAUAUAUGCAAAAGAUGGGAGAUUUAGGCACAAUGUGCAUUAUUUUAGGAAAAAAAAGUUUUACCAGGAUUUAACCUAAUGCACUGAUGAGUAUAUUUAUCAGCAAUGAUUACUGUUAUUUAGAGCUUUAUUCCUUCCUUUUGUGAUGCUUUCGUCACCUUCCCUGUUCUGACCUUCUGUCCCAUCACAGCUUCAGUAAUGUCAUCUGUUAUGUACUGAGUUAAAUAGGAUCCAAAUUGCAGCAGUCUGAUUGGUCCUAGAACAAUAGGAUUCAGAAUGCAGCAGUCUGAUUGGUCCUAGAACAAUAGGAUCCAGAAUGCAGCAGCCUGGUUGGUCCACAGGAGCCACCCAAUCCAACUCCAGGUGGAAGUGAAUCUGCAACUUGAUUGGCCUACAGGAGAAUCCUGGAAUUAGCCAAUCACGUGGGGCCCAUUGUGUAAAUAAUGUAUAUAAAGCAGACAUUUUGGGGGAACUUCCAUUCCUCCUCACUACUAUGAGCUGAAUAAAGAGCAUGAAAUCCACACUUGACUCCAAGUAUAUUUCAUCAUCCUUACAGAAAAGAGGGGUUCAAAUGCCCUCCAUUAUUUAAAAGAAAAUACAGAGAUGUUGUGAGGGCACAUGCAGUUCCUCGGGUGUCUGAACUAAAGAUACAUAAGUACAGAAAGGUCCAUUAACACGGUCGCCAUGCUAGCUAACGCAUAAAACCGACACUGUCUUCCCCUGAUUCUCACAGAUUCAGAGUCAGACCCUGUCCCACAGAGAGUGCAGCAUCAAAAUUUGCAGCAGGGCUUAAUGCAAGCAAUAUCCAUCUCUACGUUCCUGGACCAGUGGGAGGAGGAAUAACUCAGCAAGUCAUAGGCCUUGCUAGUGUUGCUGUGGUAACCCAGAGCACUUAUCUCUUAUCUCAGAACAUCCAGACCUGGGGGAUGUGCUUCUCAAGACUUGAGACCAAGCACUGUGUAAUAUAACCCAUUGUCUGAAUUACAGCAACAGAUAUUCAUCAAGUUGCGAACCUCAGUGAAUUAUAGAUUCGGAGAUGGAUGAUUACUCAGGUUCUGCUUAUGGGUUUUGCAUGGACCUCUGGUUGGCAGCUGUAAGAAAAAAGCAGAACUAGAUGGACUAGCAGGUUCUUCUUAUCUUUGUAUGCCUCAAAAAAGGACUCCCAUGUAGUAAGGCAAUAAGUAUGCACGUUUAGGAAAUUGCGGAACAACAGGCAAAGAUUCAUUUUUGAAAAUUGUUCAAGAAGGGAGGAAGCGGGUGGAGAUCUGGAGCCUUGCGAAAAGGACCUGGGACUUAGGCUUCCUGGGUACUUCCUAACCACCCCUGACUAAUCUCCCAUCAUUCCUGACCAUUCGCCAUGCUAGCAGAGACUGAUGGGAGCCAGCGUCCAACAGCAUCUGCAGAGCACAGUGUUGGCUAUACCUACUGUAAAUAGCAAUGAGGGAGAAAUUUGAUUCAGUUUGCACCAAAGGCAAAGUUACUUUUAUCACACGUUUUGAUACAGUGCAUGAGCUGAAAUACAGCCAUCCUUAAAAUCUGCAUUUAACCAAAAUUUUGCAGUGCAGAUCUCCAGCAAAGCACUGUGUACAAAAAUGCCUAUACGUACUAUACUAAAAUGUGUGUAUAUUAGUGAAGAUAAUGUACAAACUUGCAUUGUUUUAGGGAAAGUUGCUUUGCCAAAAGGUUUAUAUUUGACAAAGUUGCACGCACCAUGGAUGUCUUACGAGAAAUUCACAUAAAAAUACUGGUGAAUUUUCAUGUGAAUUCCUUUUUUAAAAAAAAUCACAAACUGCUGAGUAAAUGCGGAGAACUAAAUUUAAGUUUAGAAAAAAGAUUAGAAACUGAGAGAAACCAAAAUUGACAUAUUCUCUCAUCUCUAGCUAUAAGUAACCCUGCCUGUGAGGUGGGGUUAAAUAGGCACCUCAAGUGGCAGAAGCCAAAAAGUUGGCACCCCACCUGCCCCACUGGCAGAGCUGCAGUUCCACUUUCCACCCACAGGGGCACUGCCUCUUUGGCUCCCCAGGUAAGGGCAGGGGGGGGAGAGCAAGGCAGCAGGGUGGCACAUUCCCCUUUCGCCUCAGGCGGCAAAACAGGAUGUGCCACCCUGGCUGUAAGGCAGGCAUCCCCAACCUGCGGCCCUCCAGAUGUUUUGGCCUACAACUCCCAUGAUCCCUAGCUAACAGGACCAGUGGUCAGGGAUUGUGGGAAUUGUAGUCCAAAACAUCUGGAGGGCCAAAGGUUGGGGAUGCCUGCUGUAAAGGCAGUUGCCUGGGCCCAUUUUACAUCUUGCGAUUGAGGAGAAAGAAGGCACCCUCUACAGUGGUACCUCGGGUUAAGAACUUAAUUCGUUCUGGAGGUCUGUUCUUAACCUGAAACUGUUCUUAACCUGAAGCACCACUUUAACUAAUGGGGCCUCCCACUGCCACCACAUGAUUUCUGUUCUCAUCCUGAAGCAAAGUUAACCUGAAGUACUAUUUCUGGGUUAGCGGAGUCUGUAACCUGAAACAUCUGUAACCUGAAGUGUCUGUAACCCGAGGUACCACUGUACUUCAAAAAUGCCUUUGAGGACAUUUUCAGAAAGCCAUAUGUCCAGCACAUGUUUAUAUAACCUCCAUCCAUAUUCCUGUUAACUAAGGAAGUGUAAGAGGAAAUGGCCCAAGCAUGCAGCUAGAUGCAGCCGGUUUCCAAAAUGCUUUUUAAAUGUAUCUUCCAUAUACACUAUUAAGGAAGAGAGAGAAGGACUUGCCAAGUGCCCCCAUUUGGAGAUCAGAGGAAUGGAAAGGUCACAAUACAGAACAAAAUGUGGAUCCUAAACUUAACAUUUUGUCCAUCUCCUUAUUGCCAUGGCGUUUAGCUGGAGCGCUACAGAAACCACAGCAUGUUGGGAGGUUUGAUGUACACCGAAUUAUAACGUCAAGGGUGUUUACCGGAACUUCUCCAGACUUCCGAUCCAUUCAGCGAAGCAGAUGUUCUCACAAGAUUUAACAGCCCAUCCUGCUAAUGGAUGGGUAGUUUAUACCACAAGGAAAAACAUUUUUCUUAAGAGUUUUGUGGUUGUGCCUCUGAUUCUCGCCAAACACAGAAAGCAAAUAUGUGUCUUUUAAAAAAAACAACGAUAAUGAUGAACCAUUGCAAAUAGCUAAUAAAAAGUUAUGUUAGCCUUUGUUUCAUAAAACCUUUCAUGUGUACUCCAUGGCACCGUGUAAAUCAAAUUGGUUUUUAUGGAAACACAUUGCAGAAAAUAACUAAGGAUUCUUCCAAACUUUAGCAAUCCCUCAGCCCAGAUAACUCUGGGAAUUGUAGCUCUGUUAGGGGAACAGGGGGCUCAUAACUCUCAGCAUCCUGAACAAACUACAGUUCCCAGGAUUCUUUGGGGAAACCAUGACUGUUAGUGGUAUAAGAGUGCUUUAAACAUAUGUAAAAGAAUAUGGAAAAAUUGGAUUUUCAAUAGGUCAAAACUUAAUGCUAUAAUAUAUUAAGAUUAAAGAUUAGGAUAAAAUAAGGAGGGAAAGGAAUUGCUGAACUAAUAAAUUGAACUGGAAUACAAAAAAGGGAGGCAUGAGGAGGUCCGGGAAACAAGUAAAUGAAAGAUAAGGGAUGAAAAGAUGGAAUUGUUUUUAAUUGGUUUUUUUUGCAUUUUGUAUUUUUCUUUUCUCUAUUUUUCUUUUUCUUAUCAAUGUAAUCUUUUUUUGAAACUUUAAUAAAUAUCAUUUAAAAAAAAAGAGUGCUUUAAACAUAUGGUACAGGUGUGGCUAUGAACUAUCGUUCUUCCUUGUAUGCUGAACAGACAGAGGAGGAUCCAAAUGUUGCUGGUCUUUCAACAUUUUGAAGCUUGGGUGAACAUAGAAAACUCAAAAAGCAGCAUGUUAAAUAAAAAAAACUCUUGGUUGUUAAUUGAAUUAAAAAAUACAUUGCUACACUGAUUUCUUUAAAAGCUUUUUUUAAAAAGACUUCACUUAAAUAAAUAACUCUGAACAGCUGUUCAGCUAGGCAGACAGCAGACAACCUCCCCACCUUCUUGGACUUGCAGGAACGCUCAGAUGGGAAUGACAUGCAUAUUUCAGGAAAGACAAGCACCAGGAUGGUUGCAGAGUGCAGCCCUCCAGAGAAAUGAUUUGCUGAAUGCAAAAAAUGGCACACCCCUUGACCCCCCUUGAAUGCAAAGUUAAUACAACAAAACACUGCAUCAUACCCAUGAGAAUAUCACUAAUUUUAUUUUUCUUCUCCCUUUGGACAUUUUUUUUCUGUAUUCCAUUUCUCUUUUCAUUAAUUGAUGGAGCCUGGUUGAAAAAAAAUGCAGAUUUGUUGUGUAGUAGAAGUGUGUAUGUGUGUAUAAAAAAAACCCUGACUUUUGCCUCUGAUCACACCACUGGGGUGUGGCCCCUGAAUGGAUCCCCAUGAUGCAAUGUGGCCCUCAGAAUGACUGAAUUUAUUUCCCCAGAUUACACUCACUGCAGACACAUGCUGCAGUCAAAGAUCAGUAUUUGAGCACUAUCUGUACUUAGGGCACCUGAUGUUACAUGACAGUAAAUAAUGAAGAAUUGCUGCUUGAAUGUCCCCAUCCUACGAGUCUCUUGUACAGAGCUGCAGUGUUGUAGCUAAGAGACUGAGGCCCCCUUAUAUGCUGAAUUCAGUGUGGAAUCCAUUCAUGCCAAAUUCUCAACAUGCUAGUUUGGUUGUGUGAAUCUGCUCUGCCUUGCAAGAGAGACUGCCCAGGUCAAUAAGGUUUUUAUUGUGCCAUACAGCCCUCAAAAACAGCAGCUGUCUCAAAUAUGGAUGAGGAACCUGUGGCCUUUUCCAAAUAUUGUCAGUGGUGAAGGACGAUGGAAGUUGUAGCCCAGUAGCACCCAGAAGGGGCCGGCUCUUCACCUAGAGAAUGUCCCUGAACAAAAGAUUUGUACUCCUCUGAAUCUAACUUCAUUUGUUUCUUUCUCCAUAGCUCUUGUGGUGCGUUUUCUGACCAAACGGUUCAUAUGGGAGUACGAUCCUACUCUUGGUAAGUUCUAUUCCAGGCAUGGGCAAACUUGGCACUCCCGAUGUUUUUGGGACUACAACUCCCAUCAUCCCUGAUGACUGGUCCUGUAAGCUAGGGAUGAUGGGAGUUGUAGUCCCCAAACAUCUGGAGGGCCGAGUUUGCCUAUGCCUGUUCUAUUCUGUUGCCUGUAACCAUGGAAUGCCGCAGAGCCGGUUGGAAAGACGAUUUAUAGUACUUGACUGAUUUAUAGUACCUCUCCCACUCCACAACCUUCUAACGUCCAGUCACUUUCAAGAUCAGCAAGGGAACAAUCCUAGCAUUGUUAUUGCAGUGAUAACCCCCCCUCCAAAAAAAACCCCAAUGGUCAUUGAUCCAAUGCACCAGGUAGGGCAUACUCUUGAUGUAAUCUUUACCCUUAGUGAUAUGAGGGCUGAAGCCAAGUUUUUGGGGGUGCAAUACAUUCCCUUGUCAUGGUCAGACCAUUUUUGGUAAAGUUUGAACUGGAACUUUCUGCCUAUUGACAUCAGGCAGGUUCCUUCACUGCAAGUUUUUCAGCACCUGAAACAUUUUUGCUUAGGCAGGUUUAUCCAGACCCAUCAAUGUCUAUGCAUUUCACUAUUACAGUGGUACCUCUAGUUACGAACUUAAUUUGUUCCAGAGGUCCAUUCUUAACCUGAAACUGUUCUUAACUAGAGGUGUUGCUUUCGCUAAUGGGGCCUCUUGCUGCCACUGCGCCGCCGGCACACGAUUUCCGUUCUCAUCCUGGGGCAAAGUUCUCAACUUGAGGUAACUCUUCCAGGUUAGCAGAGUUGGUAACCUGAAGCGUUUGUAACUCGAGGUACCACUGUAAUUAAAAAUGUUUUUAUUGACGAUUUUGAUAUUUCUCGCAAGCCCCUUGGAAGUUCUACUGCAAGCAAGCGAUAUACAUAUUUCGCUAAAUGAAGUAAAAGAUAAAUAAAAGCCUUCUUUUAGGAAUUUGAACAGCCCCCCCCCCCAAAAGCAAUUCCCUCUCUAUUUUUGCAGGUGGUGGCAGAAUGGUCCUACAAAAAUGGAGUGGGAGAUUCAGCCCACCCCUAGUUUAUGCAAACGUGGGUGUGUUUAUAUAAAUUGUGAAGAAUUUGGCAUUUGUUGACAUGGUUUUCGAGUUGGCUUGGCACAGGGUUUUGCUCAUUUCCCCCCUAAAGAGUAGAGUAUACAAACGUCCAAAGGUCACGACACCAGCAGUACCUCAGGCUGAAGGUGUAAUGAAAACCGCUCUGAUAGCUGUGCAGAAUAGCCAAGCCAGGCGCUGUUAAGAGCACUCUUCUCUGCCAAUUCACCAGGCAAUAAGACUUGGAUCUGAUUCAACCCCCAACAAGGCAAUUAAAGUUAGAUUUGGAGCACGAUACAAAACCAGUCCAUUAAGCAUUCCCAAGGUUUUUUGGGGGGUGGGGAGAAUCUUGGCUUCUUGAAAGGUCUUUUCUUGAUGAUUCAAAUUCUCCAAGCUAUUCUAAAAAAACCCAAAUGAUCUGGCCUUCCCAUUGUGGUCUGCUCCAAAUGUGGAGCAUUCAUGCAAAGUCAGAAUUUGUGCGAUCCCUUUUCUGGCAACCCGUUUCGACUUGAGCAUAUGGCAUUGCAGUCGCAUACUCUGCAGACCAAGGACAAUUUAAAUGAUCUGUGGACGGCUGCCAGGUCCUCUAAAAACAAACCCGUGCAAAAUCAAAUAAAUGGCUCUCUUGCCAAUGAAGCUGUUCAUUCUUAACAGUGCUUUUGGAACAUCUUUCUCCCCACCACUACUACCUUCUAAAUGCUCCCUUGUGGCCUUUGAGCAGUUAUGUGAGGCAAUGAGGUACACAGAAUGGGUAUGACUUGUGGUGUUGGGGGGAAAAGAUGUUUGGGGCUCUUGCCAGCGCAGAUGACUUGGACAUUUUAUUUCUAAAAACCACUGGAGGGGAAAGGAAUAGGCGGUCUGGCUUUUAAACAUAGGAUAGUUCUCAAAACUCUUUUACGCCAGUGUGUAAGUAUGGAGUAAGUAUGGAGUUACUUGCCAUAAUGCUUAGCUCAAUGACCUUUCAAAAAUAGAUAGGUCACAUGAACAUUAAUGGCUCUUACACGCACUAUGUGUUUAAAGUAGCAUCAUACCAAUUUAAACAGCCAUGUCUCCUGCCCCCCUGCCCCAAAGAAUCCUGGGAGCUGUAGUUCAUUAAGCAUGCUGAAAGUUGUUAGGAGACCCCUAUUCCCCUCACAGAACUACAAAUCCUAGAGUGGUUUAACAGUUAAUGCCAUUUCCCAAGCUCUGUUUGUGAGGAAGGUGCUGUUUACUGAGCUUUCAUUGCGUUUAGUUCGUGGAGAGGUUAUAUAUUAUCCCAAGCAAUCCUUAUCCUGCUCUUUCCAGUGCAUUUUCCCCUUUCAAUUUCCUUACUGAACUAAGUCCACAAGGUUUUUUGGGGAGUGGGGUAUUGUUUUUAUAAUGAAAGUUUGUUGUGCAAGAGUGCCUGAUCCACUUCUUCAACUGCACAAAUUGCAUUUGCUGGUCUGCAGUUGAUUCCCACCUGCAAAAUAGCGCCUGUCUAGAAGCAGCAACCUUGUGCAAAAUGAGCUCAUCAAAACUUGCUGAUGCUCUUUGAGGGGGAUAGAGAAGAAAGGUGGCGUUGCUAUUCUCCCAAGGAGAAGGUGGCACUGGAUUCUGUAUCAGAGUUCUGUAGUCUGUCCCCUGUUUAAUUAGUGGCAUGCCUUGUUUGGGGAGCUGUUUUCUUAUCCAGAUUUUCACAGCUAAAGAGCAUCAUAGUGUGUUACCAUUCUCAAGGCUACCUUGACAGGUACCUGCCCCGCAAAGACAUUAUUUCCAGUUGCCAAAACGGAGAGCGGAAUAUUCAAGUCGCUCAACUUCAUACAAAUUUAAUACACCUUCUGUUGCCAGCUCCCUUCUCUCCUCUCCACUGACGUGGAUGGACUCUUUGGGCUCUUCUUCCACAUCAUUUGUGCAGCAGAACUAAAACUUGGGCUCCCAGAUGGAUUUUCCCAUCCAUCCUAUAUCCCCAAGUGCCAUGCAGGACUAAAUAAUGCAAGGCAGUGCACUGCAAUAUGUUGAGCCAUGGUUUGUGCCCCAAGCAAUUAAAUAAAAAUGAAUUUUAUUGUGGGGCAGGGGGUUUCCUGCUCUUUUUUGUCUGAAAUUUCCAGUGAGUGGUGUCCACAGUACAUGGUUUCCUACAGGGGUGUGGAGGAAACUUCUUUCCUAGGGAGGGCCAGUGACUCUCAGGAAAAGUCAGUGAAGGGGCGGAGCCAAUGGUGGGUGGAGCCACAACCCAUGUGGGCAGAACUACCACUUCUCCCUCUCCCUUGUUCUCUCCCACAGCUCUGCCCACCUCUAGCGAGCCCCCAUAGGAGACUCCACCACCAAAGUGUUAGGUAGGGUAGUGUACCUUUUCCUCCUGGGCAACCUUUUGGGGGCCACAUGAAAGUGGUGGGUAGGGCCAGAGGCAACAGUGGGCAGAGUAAUGUAUGUGUCAGGAGUGAGCCAGCAAUAAAUCACACGGGGUAAGUGAAGUUAACUCUUUAUUAGAAGAAACAAGGUCUGCUCAAGAGUCCCUGGCUUAAUGAGCAAAGCAACUGUCCUGUGGUAGGUUUUGGUCUUAGGAAGCAGUUGCUGAGACUGAAGGUCCCUGCCUUCCCGCAGCUGCCUAAGUCUCUUAUUAUUCUGGGUCAUUCCCAAGCAAUCUGAGGGUAAGCCGACACACCUGCUUUUGCUUCUCCUUCUUCAUACCUCUCCUGGUCAUAGGAGAUCCAGGGGAGGGGAGAUUGUUGCAGCAGGAGGGGGAGAAACCAUGGCUUCUUCACCAGCCUGAUUCAUCUCUGCUUCUUGGCCUUCUUUCUGAUUCUGAUUCUGGACUUCUCUUUCCCACAGACUCCCCCAGCUCGCUAAGCUCUUUUACCUCCACAGCUUCUGACACUUCCCCCCCAGUUUUCUCCCUCUGACCUCACAUCGCCAUCCCACCACCAAUUCCCGGACCCUGAGCCUUCUUCACUUGGGGGUUCCCCAGCUGGUGCCCCCGCAUUCCUCUGCAUCCAGCCAGUCCACGACAGUAUGUAAAUUUUACUUCUGAAUAGUAGGCUUAGUUUCUACACACACAUCUCACACGUCCUUCUCUGUCCUCCACGCAGGCAAGCAAGAGGCACCAACAGAGUUCAAGGACACAUCACAGUGCGAUAAAAACACUCAGGGAGGGUGCAAAGCAAGGCUGGUGAGGGAUAUGGCCUGGGGAGAAGGGGUGUGGUCUGGGAAGAGUCCUGAGGGCCAGUCAGAAAAGCCUUUGGCCCCCCAAGCCUUUCCCAUUCCUGAGUUAGGAGUUUGUGUAGUGGGUAUAUGAGUUCCACCUAACACCAGAGACUCUACAUUCUGAUUCCAUGUUUUCUAGCGUACUCAUUAACUCUGUGGCACAAAUCAGCCCAGGGGAGUUUUUUCCCAAUCUGCUUUCUCUUUUUUUUCCUUCCCACUACAUCUCCUUUAUAAGAACUUUGUGUCUCUGGCAAUUUAAAAGUAAAUUGAAUUGAGCAACAUGGGAAGGAAUGAAAGUGCCUGGCUCUGCCAAUAUUCCGUAGACCCCAUUGUUGUUGUUUUUAAAUGAAAGCUGAACCAAACUAAUAUCUCAGGCAUGGAUCUAAAUAUUUAAAGCGUGAGUUUUACAUAUCUCAAAAUCUUGGCUUUCGAUCCGGUCAGGGAACAGAACAUGACAGGAGGGAGAGCCAAAUAACAAACCAGCCAUCGGAUUAAUGACGGUGGGAAAGGAUCCAAGGUUAUGCCAGUAGCAUGUAAAAUGGAUUAACAUCAUGUUUUGUGGCUAUGAAUUUUUACAUCUAUAUUCUGCCCUUUCUCCCAGGCAUUGGGUGAUGUUACAUUCCUCUUGCUCCUUCCUUUUAACCUUACAACAUCCCUGUGAGGAAGGUUACAUGAAGAGAUUGUACCUGGACCGAAGUUACCUGGUGAACUUCUCAUGGCUGAGUGUGGACUUAAAAUAUGGGUUGCCCUAGCCUUAAGUCUGUUGCUCUUAAACAUGGCAGACAUUCAGUCUCCCAGCUCACAGAGGAGCCAUGAGGGCAGGGAGACAAAAGACAGAGCUAGCAUGCUGGUCCUCUGCUCUCCUCCUCCAAUCGUGUGAAGGAUCUUGUCAGGUGCCGAUGUGGUUGCUCGGGAGCAAACAGGCAAGACUCCAACCUGUAUUUUCCAGGCUUUAUUAUCUGUACAAACUAUUUACAGUGCAGAGCGUCACAAAUCCAUGUCUGCUCAGUCGCUAGCAGAAUCUGGGAGUGGGCGGUCCUUAUACCUCCCCCAGCAUAACAGUCGUGUGACCCCCAUCCUUCUCCUCCCCUCUCUGCGCCCAAACCUACUGCGCAGAGUGGGCGCUGGCAAAGGGGGACUUGCCUCCCCUCCGCUUUGCUCAGGCUCAGUGUUGAGGCUCUCCCUAGCAUCUUCUGAUCCUUGCACCCCCUCCCCACUGGAGGUGUGGCUUCCCUCCUCGCCAGAGGAAGAACUACUUCGCAAGAUCUUCGGAGGCUCCCUGUAACACAACUGCCCUUCCAGCUCUCACCUCUGAGCUGAUGGCAGUUUCCUGACAGAUCUGAAUUCUCAAAAUGGUGGAAAGGUCUGGUACUCAGCUGAGACCUUUUAUCCUUCUUGAGCCAGGCCAUCCCUCCCAAGCUCCACCCUCUUUCUGAAGAGUGGAGACUCUUAAAGGGGUAGACCAGUUGCCUGGAGCAUAACACCCCAUCAGCUCCCCACUUUAUGCAUUGCCUGUGUUGGUGAACAGAUGUUGGGAGCAGUGAGACCCCUGGUAUAUAGCAGGCUGGUUUGUCAGGAGAACCUGACUCAGGGGGAGGGGAGGGUUGCCGUCUUCUGAAACCCAGUUUGGGGGUCUCUGGCUCAAGGGGAUUUGACCGACAGACUCCAGCUCAGGUUUAGAGCCAGAGUCUAGGUUCAGAGCAUCCAUGACUUCUUGAUCCAGCUUUCGUAGUUAUUAUUAGAUCUCUAGUUCACCUUUCCUCCAAGGAGCAAAAAGGGGCAUACGGUAUAUGGUUCUCCCCUCCUCACAAGGUAGAUUAGGCUGAGAGAAGGUGACCAUUCUUACUUCAACAAUCUAGCCAGUACACCACACUGUCUCACACUGGUUAGGAUCAUAGCACAUGUUCUGUUGGAAUAGAGAGGGGGAGGAGGGGUCCUGAGGCCCAAACAGAUAUAUAGAGAUGUGUUGUGAGCGGCUGCACCCAAAACUGUUUGCCUUUUGAGUUUUAAUUUAAUUUUCAUUCUCUCUCUCUCUCUCAUGUUUCUUUUAAGAGUCCACUUACCGUCAUCAGGCCACAAUUGACGAUGAAGUUGUUUCUAUGGAAAUACUAGACACAGCUGGGCAGGUGAGUCAGAACUCUACAGAUCCCUACAAUAGAAACCAAAUGCCAGAGAACUGUAAGUAACUUCAGAGGAAGGUUGUGAAGCAUUGCUAAGCUGAACAAUAGACGUUAAAAGCAUUCAAGAGGCAAAAGGGGACAUGCCAAAAGACAGUGGGCCAAAUGGGUAGGGAGGUAACAUCUUAUUUUCCUUGCCUGUAAUUGUAUUAUUAUUAUUAUUAUUAUUAUUAUUAUUAUUAUUAUUAUUAAAUUUGUAUACUGCCCUUCCUCUGAUGAUCACAGGGCAGUUCACAACAUAAAAUUGCAAAAUGAAAACACAAAAUACAUAAUAAAAACAAGAACAAACCAAUAACCCUACUCCCACAAACAUAUUUAAAGGACGUAGAACAUUCAUCAGACAAAAAGGCCUGGUUGAAGAGAAAUGUUUUUGCCUGGUGCCUAAAGAUAUGUAAUGAAGGUGCCUGGUGAGUCUCAAUGGGGAGAGCAUUCCACAAACAGGGAACCACCACAGAAAAGGCCCAUUCUUGUCUUACCACCCUCUGUACCUCUCCUGGAGGAGGCACACGAAGAAGGGCCACAGCUGAUGAUCGCAGCAUCCAGCACAGUCCAUAUUUCACUGGGUGUGUUGUUGUUGUUGUUGUUUUGGUCAGAAGAGGUCAGAACCUUUUGCAAUCCAAGCCCCUCUUCUCAUCUGCACCCCUGGCUUCUUUUGUAGUGGAGAAUCCCCCCCCCCAUCCUUCUCUCCCUUUUUCUCUCUACCCAAGAGCAUCUCGUUCCUACAACACCCAACAUAACUUCUUUUCCUCUAUCAAACAAAGAAGAAAAAAACCUGUGCUUAUUACACAGCAACUUGUUGAACGAAGCUAACAGAGUCCAUGAGUUUUGAGGCAUGCGCAGAGUCCUAGCUGAACCAAGCACCUUGGUUACAAAGGGGCGGGCGAGGUUUAUGUUCCUGGUGCCUAUGGUUGUUACAUUUAUAUCCCACUUUUCCUCCAGUCUGUACAAGGUGGCAGACAUGGCUCUCCUGCUCCCCAUUUUGUCCACAAUGACCUUGUGAUGUAGGUUAGGCUGAGAGACAGCAAUUGGCCCAAGAAUACCCUGUGAGCUUUAUGGCUGGGUUGGUGAGUUGAAUCUGUGUGUCUUUGCCACACUGGUUCUCCUUAGCAUCAUCUGAGAUCAAUGUCAUCAUAAGGUAAAGGUAAAGGACCCCUGAAGUUGAGUCCAGUCGCGAACGACUCUGGAGUUGCGGUGCUCAUCUCGCUUUACAGGCUGAGGGAGCUGGCGUUUGUCUGCUCCACAGUUUUUCCGGGUCAUGUGACCAGCAUGACUAAGCCACUUCUGGUAAACCAGAGCAGCGCACAGAAAUGUCGUUUACCUUCCGGCCAGAGCGGUACCUAUUUAUCUACUUGCACUUUUUGGGGUGCUUUCAAAUUGCUAGGUUGACAGGAGCUGGGACCGGGCAACGGGAGCUCACCCCGUCGUGGGGAUUUGAAUCGCCGCCCUCCUGAUCGGGAAGCCCAAGAGACUUAGUGGUUUAGACCACAGCGCCACUCGUGUCCCCUCAAUGUCAUCAUACUAAAGCUUAAAGAAAGGUCCCCAUUGCAUAACAGGGCAUUUAGAGUGAUCUAAAUGGACCAGAAAUCAGGACACACAGGGUUAGAAGUCCCUGUUUUACUACUGCUCCUAUUUUUCAUGCUGCCUUGUCCAUUUGAACGUAGCAUCAAGGUACCAUAAAACCACUGAAGGAAUGCAGGGUAAUAAUGCUUUCUGCUAGUGUUGCUGCGCUAGUGCUUGCACAUUUCGUGCCUGGCCCUGGAGAAUGGACACUUUUUAUAGAUCGUAAACAAAAGCCAUAGCACAGCAACACUAAAUCAGAACAGAGUCCUCUGCGGUCGAAAAUACGGACACCCCCUUGAUACCUAUUUGUGUCUUUUGACCAUACCCGUUCCUCCUGCCUCUUUCUUUCAAAACAGGAGGAUGCCAUUCAGAAGGAAGGCCAUGUGCGAUGGGGCGAGGGCUUUGUGCUGGUCUAUGACAUCACCGACAGAGGGAGCUUUGAAGAAGUCCUGCCACUUAAGAACUUGCUAGACGAAGUUAAGAAACCCAAGAAUGUUACCUUGAUCCUAGUUGGAAACAAAGCAGACCUGGACCACUCGAGGCAGGUCAGCACCGAAGAAGGGGAAAAGCUGGCCACCGAUCUAGCCUGUGCAUUUUACGAGUGCUCUGCUUGUACAGGGGAAGGCAACAUCAUGGAGGCCUUUUAUGAGCUUUGCCGGGAAGUGCGGCGUCGUAAGAUGGUCCAGGGCAAGACCCGGAGACGGAGCUCCACCACUCACGUCAAGCAAGCAAUCAACAAGAUGCUCACCAAAAUCAGCAGCUAAAAUAUUUCGCUUGUUUCGUUAAUAUAGAACAUCUCAACUGAGGUGGGGUGAGAAGGCCGGAUUGUAGGCAAUCAACAAGAUGGUGAAAGCUUUGCUCUUCCCUAAACCCCCCAAACCAUCACAUUACUCUUCCUGAAAUUAAGAGACGCAAAGCAGGUUUCUGGAGUUAGAGCAAUUACCAAAUUGAAUAUUUUUUUAAAUAAUAAAUUCACAGGGUCACUUAGAGAAUGUACCAGAUCGGUUACUGCUUCCCCUACAAUACAGCAUGUUCACCUCUCACUAUUAUUUGAUGACUUAUCACUGACCAAUAGGUAAAUGAGUCUCCAGUCCAGUUUUACUGGGUGAUAUAUUCUUUUAUUGGGUCUUUUACCACUGGCAACUUAGGCUGUGUACACACAACAUUUUAUUCUAGAAUCAAAGGAGUAUGAAUGCAGUAUUUGGUUUUUUUCCUACGUAGUCCACACACACAGGCUAGAUCUAGUGCAUUUUUAUUUAUUUUAUGGCCCCUCAAAAGUGCUUCUUGAGAAACUGUUUCAUUCAGAAAAUAAAAGCUCCUUGCAAGUUGAUUCUGCAUUGCCCCCAUUUGAAAGCAGAUGUAGGUGGUCCCAACAGUGGGGGUUGCAUCCACACCUACUCAAUGGCUUUGAUGAAGGAUGUAUAAUGAGAAGGGAAUCAUCCCUUCCUCCUUCAUUCACCUUGGUGGAUGUGCAGGGAGGAAAAGGUGUGGCUAACCUAAUCGAGGGGAGGGUUUUUCAAAUCUGUACUGAGUAACCACACCCACUCUUGUGGACAGCAGGCUCUAGAAUCAGUCUAGUUUGAAGGCAUGUUGAGAAUGAGCGAGAAUUUGAGCAUAUUGAGGAUGAGCAAGAAUGAGAAGUGGAGACAACAUCAAUACUGAUUUCCAGCAAGAUCUUGCUGAAGUCUGGCAAGAUCUCAUGAGAUUUUGAUCAGGUCUCGCAAUACCUUGCUGGAAAUCGGCACUGAGGCCAGAGUUUCUCCACCAGGGGCAGAGAUGGUAGGACUUCACCUCAUCUCAUGGGUGGGCCAGGCCUGGUUAGUGUGUACACAGUGUUAAUCUGCAUGUUGCUGAUUCAUAUAGCAUUGAUCAAGAACAUCCACCCUUUCUGCCAGAUGUCUAAACCCCAUCCAUAAUCUAAGAAAGCAGAGGAAUUGUCACCUAAUUCCUCCAUGUACUUACUGGCCUAUUGCAAGUGGGCAGCUUAGCAAGUGACUGCAUCAGCCUUCCCUCCAUCAGGAUGUUUUGGAUCACAACUCUCAGCAGCCCCAAACAGUACCUGGUUGGAGAAGGUGGUCUAACUUGCUCAUUGUGGGCAAAGUGGCCUGUUGCUAUCUACAUAUCUACAUAACACAGAAGGCAGUCUCUGGGUUAGGAGAACACUAUGUAUCUGGCUGUCAACCUAUGGAGGGUAUGAGAUGGAUUUCACACGUUUCACGACACUAUAUUAAUGCAUGGUCAAUUUUUCUUAAGAACAAAACUGCCUCUUUCCUUGUGUCACUUUUCCUGAACCUUUAUAAUGCCUACAUUUUAGUAGGAUAUCUUUGUAAACUCAGCUAGCGGAAACUCUUCAACGAGUUGGUAGGCUCAACUGGAUUUGUUACGUUAUGUUAAAAGUUUAUUUUUAUGCCGCUUUUUGGUUCCUAAAGCCUCCCCAAAGUAGUACAGAAAAGUGAAAAUGCAAAAAAUAAAAUAUCAGUUACCAAGAGAUUGUAUGAAAAUGACACACUAUACGCUUGGCUGUGUAUCUAUGUUUGUAAGCCCUGCAGAGUUAGACAGGAAAUAAUACUCAUUUCUUUCACAAAGGUUUGGCUUUUUUCUUGUUCUGCUUCCUAACUGGUGGAUCCAUUUCUACUUUAAUUGGAACGGGCUAUAAAGAAAUCUCUUUGGCAGGUCACAACUGAUAGUGGCGCACCUUAGCUCCUACUUAUUAUUACUUAUUGACAAGCCCCAUUUGUGCUGAUCAAAAGCUGUAUUUGUCUACAAUAUGAGCUUGGUACUGGAGCUGAUUCCAGAUUGGGUGGAGCUUGAUUUGUGCAUAUACGAGCAUCUGAAUUUCCUUCUAGAACGGUUCCAAUACAUUUUUCUGCUGGCUAGUCGAGGCACCAAGUACCCAAGGGUGAUCAAGUUGCUUUGGUGCCUGAGGCAGAAAAUAUCCCAAGUGCCUGUCCCUGUCCCUGACAAUAAAAGCACAACAGUAACCAAUUAAAUGAAUAAAAGUGUGCUGUCCUUUCGUGGGGCACCCCAAAUCUGCUGCCUUGAGGCAACUGCCUCAGAUAUGGGGAAUCUCAGGCCUGGAGGUCAAAUGUGGCCCUUCAGGCCCCUUCAUCUGGCCCUUGGGGUUCUCACAAGGUCACGCACACCCUUUCCAGCUGCCCCUCUUACCAGCCUGGCUUUGCACCCACCUUCAGUGGGGAAAAGCAGAAGUUGAUGUAGUGAAGGGAGAAGGAGCAGGGAAAAGCCGUAUCCAAGCAAACAGUUCAGAUCAGCUGCAUGAGGGUGGGGCGGGGGGAGAGAGAAAGGGGUGUCAGCAAGAGAAAAGGGGGGAUAAAGUCCUUUACAUUAAAAAAGCUCCCAGUCUGUGAUGUAGAGGAAGUUCUGAAAGCUCUGAUCCCCCCGCCCCGUAUCUCUCCCAAGUUUAUUAGGUACCCAAGAAGUUUAUGGUGUGACCAACACAGAGGCCUCUAUAGGAAUCAGCACACUUGAGCUCCCCAACAAGUCUGGCUAUUGCUAUCAUAAAUGGUCAAGAUUUCAGGAGGUUAUUUCCCACUGUGCUGUUAAAAUAAUAAUAAUCUGAAAAGAUGGGUUUUGUUCCCUUUAGCCUGGCGAUUCAGUCGUCAAAAGUGUUACAGCCGACUCUUUUAUUGCAAUGUGCUCCUGCCUAGAGCCCAGAGUACCGCUUUCGAAAAGUGUUGAAGUAUAUUAAAGCUUUGCUUCCAGAAGUCUUUCAGUUUUGGCAGCUGUGUUGAAAGGAGCCAAUGUAACAUGACCCCCUUUCAACUGGGUUUCCAGCAGCAGAAAGUAGCAGGGUUGAAAUAGCCCCUAUUACUUCCCUUACAUUGAGUUCUUUCUUCCAUCACCACUGCUCCAAUUCCCCAGCUUUGCUCUCAUGCUUUCUGCCAUAUUCUGCUGGGACAUCCCUUAGUUUCAGGCCUGGAGCCUGCACCCAACAUCCUGGGCUGACCCCUUGCCUGGCUGACUCACCUCUGUGCCGCCUCACCUGCUGCCCCCUGGUGGUUGUGCUGCCACCACCUUCCCACCCUGUUUUCAAGCGUGCUUAAAGGUAAAGGGACCCCUGACCAUUAGGUCCAGUCAUAGCCGACUCUGGGGUUGCGGCGCUCAUCUCGCUUUAUUGGCCAAGGGAGCCGGUGUACAGCUUCCAGGUCAUGUGGUUCAAGCGUGCUUACCUGGCAACAAUGAGCUUGUUCCACUGACAUAAUUUUAUUGUUGAUUUUAUGCCAUUCACUGCCGUGAACUAUUUUUAAAAAUAUCAGUGGUAUAUAAAAUAAUGUAAGCCCGCUUGCACGUGCAAAAGGAAGGCUGACAGCUACUCCCAACAACCUACUGCUGCUUAUCUAACAGCUUCCGUAUGCUGAAUGGCUCCUGGCCCAUGAAAGGACCACCGCCAGGUAAGUCCACGAGCAAGCAUGGAGCUAGGUGAGCUCAGAAGCAUGUGGUGGAGGUGGUGAGCAUGCUAAAGGCUGAAGAACCACCACUACUGGGGUCCCAGUCAGUCCUGAGAGGGGACUGAGGGCAGCUUGCACAGAGCCCCUCAAAAUCCAAAGCUGAUGCCAUUUACCAUAUUAGCCAUCUGAUUGACAUAUGCAUGUUUUGCUGCACUAAGUGGAGGCAGUGAGUGUAGUAGCGUCUGUGGUUGAGUUGUACAGAGGCCUACAGUGGGCAUUGUUUGGCUAAAAUUGGUGAGAGGUUGUCAAGUCAGGGAACAUGGAUUCCAUUAAACACAGAGUUCCAUGCUCUCCAACAUAUCUUCAAUGAAAAUAGGGCUAUUAUUAUUAUUAUUAUUAUACUCCACCCAUCUGACUAGGUUGCCCCAGCCAUCCUGGGUGGCUUCCAACAUAACUAAACAUUAAACAUUGAAAAAUUUCCCCAUACGAUGCUGCUUUCAGGUGGCUCAGGGGUCAGAUAACUCCAUACCCUCCAAUGUUUCUUGAAUGAAAAUAGUGAUGUCCUAAUGAAAAGUGGUGUGAAACCAGAAACUGGGAUGGCUUCUGUAAAUCUGGGACUGUUCCUGGAAAAUAGAGACACCUGGAGGGUCUGGAGUUCUGCCAGGGUUGCAUUAGCUAAUGGGAAGGAUAUGCAGCAGCAACAGCUCGAUCUUACGCACAUUUAUUUAUAAAUGGGUGCCAAAUCUUGAAGUUUAAAAAAGUCUGGUUCUUGAAUCCGGGAGGUACAACCCAGAGCAGGUUAAGGAGGUUGCCCGGCUAAGGCAGCGAUUCUCAACGUUUGUUCACAGACCGCUUGAAAAUGACUGGCGGCCUCAGCAGACCACUUAAAGAACUUUCACAGCACAGGCAUAACUCAUAUUUUAAUAACAUCUUUCCUCCAGUGGCAGCAUCGCAAAAGCCAGCAUUGUAUUAUGUUAAUCGUGGGCUCUAGCCUAGGUGCCUUGGGAAGAUCCCCUUAAACUGGUAAUUGUUUUUGGGAGAAUUUGGUAGACUGCACCAGUACAAUACUGUAUUAAGAAAACCACAGGCCCAGUUGUUGUGACCCUGUUUGAUUACUUGGCCUUGGUUGGAAGAGGAAAAAAACAUCAUUACCAACAAGAAAAAGUGCAGGGCCAAGCACAGAUGUUCUCAAGUGUUCUGCAACAUUUCUGCAGACCAGCUGAAUCUGAAUGGAGGAAGCGGACUGCUAGAGGUCUGCAUGCCAUAUUUUGAGACCCUCUUAUGUGUAGUAGCUGUGUAAUAGAGCAUCUACGUGGAAAAAGUCCCAGAUUCGACCCCAAGUAUCUCCAGGUAGCUCUGGGAAAGUCCCCGUCUUAACACAGACGAAUGGUCUAAAUUGGUAGAAGACUGCUUCCGACGUGUGUCCUGGUUUUUGGCCUGGACCUGUUGGAGGCCAUGCUGAUGGAGAUGUUGCAGGAGGGAGACAGGAGUGUAUCAUCUCACUUUUUCCAGGCGGGAACAUUCCAGGUCUGAAUGUACCCUUUGUACUCAGAUUCCCAAACCAGCACUUCAGGGAGGUUCCUGGGCCUGCCUGCAACAUGAUGUGCUGACUUUGUAACUAAUAGUGGCAUGAGGGCUUUUUCAAACAAGCAAACUGCAGGCAGAAAUUUAUUUGAAGUGGUGCAGAUGGUACCUUGUGCUCUGCUCACCAUUUGGUUCUGUUCCAAGUCAAUACACAAUCGGUCAUAUUUUCAACGGUUUGGCAUUACACAAAACUUGUGGAAGGCAGCCAGAAAGGAAAUGUCUUUGAAACCCCUAUUAUUCAUAUUUUGUUCUAUCAAUGAUUAGCCUCAACUCCAAUCUUUUCUUUUCUUGAUUUGACGGCGGGGUGGGCAUCAUUUCAACAUGCAUUUUCUGUAAUACUUUGUACUGGAGGAGAAGGGACCUAAAUGAUUUUUGCCAGAUGGACAUUGAGUUUGGCUGGUUUUUGUCCCCAACCUCAAUUAUUUUGUUUUUAAUGGCUUGAGGUAUUCGCAUAUCUUUUCAGAAAGGAAACGAAAUAUAGAGGCUUUUGUGAAAUAUAGAGGCUUUAACUGAAC